GCCUCGGGUGGAGGGAUUGCGAGGAGGGAAAGCAAAACUACACGGCCUCUCUCUGUGUAGUUUUGUUUUUGUCAGGGAAUAUUUCGAGGCUCGACUGUUCUCACCUUGGAUUUUUCUGCACACACCGUUCUGGAUAAGGGGGCUUCUGCCCGUUAGUAAGUCGGGCUCCGUCCCAUCACUUCCAGGCACUCUUGUGGAAACAAGGUGCCGACCACCAUGUCAACACAAGCGCCAACGUUUACACAGCCGCUACAGAGCGUCGUGGCACUGGAGGGUAGUGCCGCUUCGUUCGAGGCUCAAGUUAGUGGUUUUCCAGUUCCUGAGGUGAGCUGGUUCCGUGAUGGCCAGGUUCUUUCCGCUGCAGCUCUGCCCGGCGUCCAGAUCUCGUUCAGCGAUGGCCGCGCUGUUCUGAGGAUCCCCGCUGUGACCGCCGCACACAGCGGACGCUUUUCUGUCAGAGCCACCAACGGCGCUGGACAAGCCACAAGCACCGCCGAGCUCCUGGUUACAGCGGAGACAGCGCCUCCCACCUUCCUUCAGAGGCUGCAGACCUCCACAGUGAGGCAGGGCAGCCAGGUGAGGCUGAAUGUCAGAGUCACUGGCAUCCCCACACCUGUGGUCAAGUUCUACAGGGAGGGAGCCGAGAUCCAGAGCUCUGCCGACUUUCGGAUCCUGCAGGACAAAGACCUGUACAGUCUGCUGAUUGCAGAGGCCUUCCCAGAGGACUCUGGGACGUAUUCUGCAACAGCCACCAACAGCAGUGGACGGGCCACGUCCACCUGCGAGCUGCUGGUUCAAGGAGAAGAACCAGUUCCAGCAAAGAAAACCAAGACAGUAAUUUCAACCGCUCAGAUUUCACAGACCAGAACCACAAGAGUGGAAAAGAAGAUGGAGUUUGAACUGACUCAGACACUUGGUCACAAGACUCCACCCAGAGUUCCACCCAAACCUUCGUCAAAGUCCCCCACCCAGCCCUCGCUGGUCUCCAAGGUGACCGGGGGCCGCCAACAGUCACCGUCACCUGUCAGACACGUGAAGGCACCCACACCCACAGCUGUCAGGCCGGUAAAGUCUCCCGUCACCACGAGGAAGCAGCCUGCCCCCGCUGCUGAAGUCCCCCCACCAUGGAAGAGGGGAGAUGAUGACAUGAAACCAGUGCAUCUACCAGUCACAGACUCCAAAGAGGCUGAGGGAGGGACAAAAGCUGGGGCGGUGGCCAAAGUAGUGGCCGCCGUUGACCUGGCUCGUAUUCGCCAACCCGUGCAUGUCGAAGGCGGUCGAGCUGAAGAGGUGGAGACUGUAGAGGCAGAAAUGAGGCAGCAGACAGUUGCUAUGUCUGCCGAUCAACAGUAUCAAAUUGGCUGGAUGUCAACGAGAAUGCAGGCUGGUCAAAUGCUCACUGCUGCUCAGGAGUUCACAUCUGACCUGCAGUCUCAGAUUCAGAGAGGAACAGAAAUCUCCUCCAGAGUGGAAACUGGUCUCACUCCAUCUCCAGUUCCACAAUUCAUGGUUUCUAAAGUUUCUGUCCCCAAACCAGAGUCUGUUGGGGAGGUGUCCAUCGCCGGCUCAGCUAUCGCCACUCUGCAGAAAGAGUUAUCCUCAUCUUCUUCUAGAAAGAUCAUCAAACCGGUCAAGUCUCCCAGUCCGUCUCUUAAAGUUGUUAGGACCAGUGAGAUGCUGGAGUCCAUCCCACCGCCGUUCAAAGAAUCCAUUGAGUCAUAUCGCUCUGGCGCCCAGAUUCAGACGGGGGUCGCGUACUUGGUGGGGAUGGACAGAGUUUAUGAGGACUGGAGAGCCAAGGUGCCAGAGGCAGCAGCCGUACCGUCUGCAGGUGGCGCUGUUGUCCCACCCACUUUGGUUUCUGGCUUGAAAAACACAAACGUGACAGAGGGCGAGUCGGUGACUCUGGAGUGUCAGAUCAGCGGUCAGCCUGCCCCCGUCAUAAUGUGGUUCAGGGAGGACUACAAGAUCGAGAGCUCCAUUGAUUUCCAGAUCAGCUACGCGAGCGGAUUUGCUCGGCUGGUGAUACGUGAGGCUUUCGCUGAAGACAGCGGACGCUUCACUUGCACCGCCACCAACGAGGCCGGAACCAUCAGCACCUCCUGCUACCUGCUCGUCCAGGUGUCUGAGGACAUCGAGGGCAAGCAGGAGGUGAUUUCCUCCGAAGUUACUCAAGUUACAGUAGAAGCUAAAGACGAGACCGAAGUGAGUGCGGUUGAGCCGGGUUCCCCUGCUGCUGCUCCCGUCUUCAUUAAGACACCGGUUGUUCAGAAGCUGGUGGAAGGAGGAAGCGUUGUGUUUCAGUGUCAGGUGGGCGGAAACCCCAAGCCUCAAAUUGUCUGGAAGAAGAGUGGCGUGCCGCUCACCACCGGAUACAGGUAUAAAGUUGUCUACAAGAAAGAGACCGGAGAGUGUAGAUUGGAGAUCUCGAUGACCUUUGCAGACGAUGCAGGAGAAUAUUCUGUCUUUGCCAAGAAUCAACUUGGAGAAGUCUCAGCCUCCGUCAGUCUUCUGGAGGAAGAGGAAUAUGAAGUGUACAUGAAGAAACAGGAAGUGACAGCUCCAGUGCAGGAGCCCAAACCUGGAGACAUUCCCCCUAUCACAGUGGAUACAAUGACCACCGUUAUCUCCGGACAGGAAUUCCAUUUGUCUGCCAUGGAGCUGAGAAUCAUUCAGGAGAUCGAGCUCACCAUCAUGAAGAUCACCUACAGAGAGAUUGUAACUGAGGACGGAGAGUUGAUGGUGACCACCACUGCCACUGAGGCGGUGCAGCCAGCCUUCGACACUCCGGUCAAAAACUACAGAAUCAUGGAGGGAAUGAGCGUCACCUUCCACUGCAAGAUGUCUGGAACGCCGCUCCCCAAGAUUUCUUGGUUCAAAAAUGGCCAGCGCAUCAGGCCCAGUGACCGCUACCAGAUGGAGGUUCUCCAGGAUGGACGAGCCAGCCUCCGCCUAUCUAUGGUGCAACCAGAAGAUGAAGGCGUGUACACUGCCUUCGCCACCAACAUGAAAGGAAAUGCUGUCUGCUCAGGGAAGCUUUAUGUGGAGUCAUCUGCAGCCGCUCCUCAGAGAUACACACCACAACCUGCAGUGCAGAGGAUCAGAUCCACAUCACCUCGUUCUCUGAGCCGCUCUCCUGGCCGUUCACCUAGCCGUUCACCCGGACGAUCUCCUGCUCGUCGUCUUGAUGAGACUGACGAACAGCAGCUGGAAAGACUUUACAAACCCGUAUUUGUCAUGAAACCUACUGCAUGUAAAUGCCCUGAGGGACAAACUGCCAGAUUUGACCUGAAAGUUGUUGGCCGACCAAUGCCUGACACUUAUUGGUUCCACAAUGGACAACAAAUUGUUAGUGACCAUACCCAUAAGAUUGUGGUUAAAGAAGAUGGGACUCAGUCCCUGAUCAUUGUCCCAGCCAUGCCCCAUGACUCUGGAGAAUGGACAGUGGUGGCUCAGAACAGAGCUGGGCGCUCAUCCAUCUCCGUCACUCUCACUGUUGAUGCUAAGGAAACCUUGGUCCGUCCCCAGUUUACUGAGAAACUGAGGAACAUCAGUGUGAAAGAGGGUACUCUAGUUGAACUGGCGGUUAAAGCCAUUGGAAACCCACUGCCUGACAUCGUCUGGCUGAAAAACAGCGACAUAAUCACCCCACACAAGCACCCGCACAUUAAGAUUGAAGGAACCAAAGGAGAGGCCAAAUUCCAAAUCCCCUCAGCAGGCGGACCAGACAGUGCAUGGUACACCGCCACUGCCAUCAACAAGGCUGGCAGAGACACCACCCGCUGCAGAGUCAAUGUUGAGAUUGAAUAUGUUGAGCCUGAACCAGAGAGGAAGCUCAUUAUUCCCAAAGGAACCUACAAAGCCAAAGAGAUCACCGCACCAGAGCUGGAGCCUCUCCACCUCCGUUAUGGCCAAGAGCAGUGGGAGGAAGGCGACCUUUAUGACAAGGAGAAGCAGCAGAAACCAUUGUUUAAGAAGAAGCUCACAUCUGUCCGAAUGAAGCGUUUUGGUCCAGCCCACUUUGAGUGCAGGCUGACUCCAAUUGGAGACCCCACCAUGGUGGUGGAGUGGCUGCAUGAUGGCAAGCCUCUGGCUGCUGCUAACAGGCUGCGUAUGGUCAAUGAGUUUGGCUACUGCAGCCUGGACUAUGAGGUUGCUUAUGCAAGAGACAGUGGUGUGAUCACCUGCAGAGCAACCAACAAGUUUGGAGUCGACCAGACCUCGGCUACCCUGAUCGUCAAGGACGAGAAGGGCCUUGUUGAGGAAUCUCAGCUUCCUGAAGGAAGAAAGGGAGUUCAACGAAUUGAUGAAAUGGAACGACAGGCUCAUGAAGGUGGACCUUAUGGAGUAACUGCUGAAGAAGAAACAGAGAAAAUGAAACCUGAGAUUGUCCUUCUCCCUGAGCCUGUCAGGGUUAUGGAAGGUGACACAGCCAGAUUCCGCUGCAGAGUGACCGGCUACCCUUCUCCAAAGGUUAACUGGUACCUUAACGGACAACUCAUCCGCAAAAGCAAGAGAUACAGACUUCGCUACGAUGGCAUUUACUACCUGGAGAUUACAGAUAUCAAAUCCUAUGAUUCAGGAGAGGUAAAAGUUAUAGCAGAUAACAACCUGGGUUCAGCUGAAUAUGUUGUGAAGUUGGAGAUUCAACAGAAGGAAGACUUCAGAACUCAUCUGCGCCAUGCUGCUGAGGGUAAAGCAAGUGAAGCUCCUGCUGAGUCAGGGAGAGUAUCAUUUGAGGUGGUGAAGGCUGAGCAACCCACUGAGGACACUCAGCUGAAGGAGGUGGUCAAGCUUAAGAAAGCCCAGAGAAUUGUCCACGAAAAAGCCGUAGAAGAGUCUGAGGAACUGAGGAGCAAAUUUAAGCGCAGGACAGAGGAAGGCUAUUAUGAGUCCAUCACCGCUGUUGAGCUCAAGUCACGUAGGAGAGAUGAUUCUUAUGAAGAUCUGCUACGAAAGACAAAAGAGGAGCUUCUUCACCAUGCAAAGGAAAAGGAGGAGGCUGAGAAGAAGAAGGAGGAAGAGCGCCUCAAACUCACUGCAAAACCUCUGAAACCAGAAAGGAUCAAGCUUUCACCCAGCAUGGAAGCUCCUAAGAUCCUGGAGCGCAUCACCAGCCAGACAGUUGCACUGGGAGAUGAAGUCAAAUUCAGAGUCAGAGUUGUUGGUAGACCAGAUCCUGAGUGCCAGUGGUUCAAGAAUGGUGUUCAGUUGGAAAAAUCAGACCGUAUUUACUGGUUCUGGCCCGAAGACCAUGUGUGUGAACUUGUGAUCAGAAACGUGUCAGCUGAGGAUUCAGCUAGCAUCAUGGUUAAGGCAACCAACAAGGCUGGAGAGACAUCCAGCCAUGCUUUCCUGCUGGUGCAAGCAAAACAAGUCAUCACUUUUACACAGAAGCUUGAGGACCUCAAUGCCAAAGAGAAGGACACCAUGGCUACAUUUGAGUGUGAAACUAAUGAGCCUUUUUUUAAGGUUAAAUGGCUCAAGAAUAACAUGGAGAUCUUCUCAGGAGAUAAGUACAGGAUGCACUCAGACAGAAAGGUCCACUUCCUGUCUGUGCUGACUCUUGAAAUGAGGGAUGCCGCAGAAUAUUCAUGCGUGGUUGUAGAUGAUGAGAACAUCAGAACCAGCGCCAAGCUCAAUGUUGAAGGAGCUCCUCUGGAGAUGGUGAAGCAGCUGGAGAACACAGAGGUGCCUGAAACAUACUCUGGAGAAUUUGAAUGUGUUGUAACCCGUGAAGAUGCUGAAGGCACCUGGUACUUUGAGGACAAGCUGCUCUCUCCCAGUGGUAAAUACGUCAUGACCUCCCGCCGUGGAAGACACAGUCUGUCUGUGAAAGAUGUCAAGAAAGAAGACCAGGGCAAAUAUACCUUCAAAGUGGGUGAAUUCACAACAACUGCCUCACUAAAGAUGAAAUUGCGUCCCGUCACCUUGGUUCAGCCUUUGACGGACCUAACUGUUUGCGAGGGUGAUAUUGCCCAGCUCGAGGUCAAGUUCUCACAAGAAAAUGUUGAAGGCAGCUGGAAGAAGAAUGGACAACCAAUUACAGCUUCUGACCGUGUGCACAUCGUUAUUGAUAAACAAGUCCACAAACUCCUGAUUGAAGAUGCUACCAAGGAUGACUUUGGAUCAUAUUCAUUUGUGGCUCCUGAUCAUGAUAUCACAACCACUGCAAAGCUGUUGAUUCAGAGUAUUGGCAUCCUUGUUCCAUUAAAGGAUGCAUCUACCAUUGAAGGCACCAAAGCUGUCCUGGAGGCCAAGAUCUCUGCUCAGGAUAUUAGCUCUGUCAAGUGGUACCACAAUGACAAUUUGUUGGUGCCCAGUGACCGGGUCUGUAUGGUGGCAAAGGGAACCAAGCAGCGUUUGGUUUUCAGCAGGACCUACGCUUCUGAUGAGGGUCGCUACAAACUAGUUGUUGGCCGAGUGGACACCAGCUGCAAACUCUCUGUUGAGUCUGUGCAGAUCCUGAAGCCAAUGAAGGACAUGGAGUGCUCUGAAUCUGAGAACGUCUCCUUCGAAGUUGAGGUUUCCCACCCAGGCAUCGACCCCUAUUGGACCUUCAAGAACCAGCCACUCAAAGCCAGCGGCAGCCACAAGAUGGAAACCAAGAAUAAGCACCACAUCCUUACAGUCAUCAACGCAAUGAAGGAUGAAGAGGGCGAGUACAUGUUCGCUGCUGGUGAGAAGACGUGCAGAGCUUCACUUACUGUGACAGGUGGUGCCAUCAAGAAACCUUUGCAAGAUCUGGUUGUAGCUGACUCCCAGACUGCUGUGCUGGAGUGUCAAGUCGCAAACCCAUCUGCUGAAGGAAAGUGGCUGAAGGAUGGACAGCCUGUCGAUUUCAGUGAGAAUGUGCUGAGUGAGGUGAACGGUGCCGUGAGGCGUCUUGUCAUUGUUAUCACAAAAGCCACGGAUAUCGGAGAGUACACAUAUCAAGUGGCCACCUCCAAGACCACCGCCAGUCUGAAAGUUGAAGCUGUAAAGAUCAAGAAGACCCUGAAGAACCUGAAUGUGGUUGAGACUCAGGAGGGUGUAUUCAGUCUUGAGCUGACCCAUGAGAACGUCAGGGGAGCACAGUGGAUCAAGAAUGGUGUUGAGAUCCAGUCCAGUGAUAAAUUUGAGAUCAGUAUGGAGGGCACAGUUCACACACUGAAGAUCAACAACUGCUCCACACAAGAUGAAUCAGUUUACUCCUUCAAACUUGGAAAGCUGUCUGCAAACGCCAGACUUAAUGUUGAAACUCUUAAGAUCCUGAAGAAGCCAAAGGAUGUGACAUCACUGCUGGGUGCAACUGCUAUGUUUGAAGUGGGCAUCUCUGAAGACAACAUCCCAGUUAAAUGGAUGUUCAAGAACACUGAGCUGAAGUCAAACGAGCACUACACCUUGCUUUCUGAGAAAAGGACUCACAAAUUAGUUAUCCAGGAUGUGGACAGCAGCAAAGAGGGCGAAUACACUGCAGUGAUUGGUCACCUGCACUGCAGUGCUCACCUAAGUGUUGAGUCUCUGCGGGUAACCAAACCCCUAAAGAACGUAGAGGUCCCUGAAACCCAGGUGGCCAAUUUCGAGUGUGAAGUUUCUCACUUCAACGUGCCGUCCACCUGGCUAAAGAACGGUGUCGAGAUUGAGAUGAGUGAGAAGUUCAGGAUUGUGGUUCAGGGGAAACUCCACCAGCUGAAGAUCAUGAACACCAGCAGGGAAGACUCUGCAGAGUACACCUUCGUCUGUGGGAAUGACCGAGUGUCAGCGACGCUCACUGUCAACCCUAUUCUGAUCACAACAAUGCUGGAGGACCUGAAUGCUCAGGAGAAAGACACCGUCACAUUUGAGGUGAACGUCAACUACGAGGGAAUCACUUACAAAUGGCUCAAGAACGGUGUGGAGAUCAAAUCCACAGACAGAUGCCAGGCUCGCUGCAAACAAUUCAAUCACACUCUGAGCUUCAGGAACGUCCACUUUGGAGACAGCGCUGAGUACACCUUCACAGCCGGGUCCGCAGCUACUAAAGCUAAACUCUAUGUGGAGGCUCGUGUGAUUGAAUUCACUAAACACCUGAAGGACCUGAAGAUCACAGAGAAGAAAAGGGCGACGUUUGAGUGUGAAGUAUCUGAGCCGAACGUCCAGGUGAUGUGGAUGAAGGACGGCCAGGAGCUGGAGAUGUCUGACAGGUACAAAAUGUCCUCAGACAACUUUGUGCAUCGUCUGGUUCUGCCGUCUGUCCACAUGUCUGAUGCCGGCGAGUACACAGCUGUAGCCGGGUCGAGCAUAUCUGUUGGACAUCUGGGAGUUGAGGGACGAGAUGUUAAAAUCUCUGAACCUGAAAGCAGAGACAUUACAGUGGUGGAGAAACAAAGAGCAACCUUUGAGUUUGAGGUAAAUGAGGAUGAAGUGGAGGGUCACUGGCUGAGGAAUGGAGCAGAGAUUCACUUUGCAGAGGAAGAGAGGUUCAACUACGCCACCAUCAGGAAACUGCAUCGCCUCACUAUCUCUGAGACAUUCAGGAGCGAUGCUGGAGAGUACACCUUCAUCGCUGGCAAAAACCGCAGCACCAUGAACCUUCAUGUGAGAUUGCCAGAGCCGCCUCAGAUCGUACGCCACAUGCAGGCCCAGACGGUGAUGUCGGGUCGGUCUGUGCGCUUUUCAGCGCAGGUGAGCGGCCUUCCUCAGCCUCAGGUGACCUGGUACAAAGACUCCCAGCUUCUGUCCGCAAGUUACAAAUGCAAAUUCCUCCACGAUGGAGAUGAGCACACACUACUUCUGCUGGAGGUCUUCCCUGAGGAUGCAGCCGUCUACAGCUGCGAGGCCAAGAACGACUACGGAGAGGCAACAAGCUCCGCCCCUCUCAGUGUGGAAGUUCCUGAGGUGAUUGAAACCGUUCGGAUUUCUCCUCCGGUUCUGAUCACUCCUAUGAGGGACGUUCUGGUCUCAGUGGGACAGCCUGCCCAGCUGAAUUGCAUCGUCUCUGGGGAAGAUCUGCAGAUUUCUUGGUUCUGUAAUGAUAAAGAGAUCCGGCAGUCUGACAUCUUCAGAAUGUCUCAUUUGGAUGAAACCUGCCUGCUGGAGAUUUCCAGAGUCCUCCCUUCACAUGAGGGAGAGUAUUCGUGCAUUGCCACAAACAUAGCAGGAAUGGUCACAUGUUCUGCCACUUUGAACCUUGAUGUAACCGAAGUGGAGAAGGAACCAGUGGUAAAGGAGGAAGUUAAAGCCUUUUCUAGCUCAACGAUCAGAGUGGAAGAGGAAACCCAGGAGUCAUACUACACUGGCUUAAAAUUAGCCGACAAAACCAGAACACUUGAACUCAAACCAGAAACUAAGCGCUUCUCCAGCUCUUUGGAGAGGAAAAAAGAAAAACCUGUUUUCCUUAGCAAACUUUCUUCAGCAGCUGCAGUUGUUGGAGAAACUUUUGCCUUUACUGUCAAAGUGUCCGGAUUCCCAAAGCCCACUGUUCAAUGGUUCCACAAUGGGCAGAUAAUAACCAGUUCAUCAGUUUAUACAUUUAUUCAUGAACAAGAGGAGUACAGUUUAGUUAUUAACAAAGUUCAAAGAGAAUUUGAGGGAGAGUACUCCUGCACAGUCAGCAACAGAUUUGGCCAGUCAACUUGCUCUUCUUAUCUUCAUGUUCAGGUAAAGGAGCCAGAACAAGAGAAAAGGGUUGAUGACAAAGCAACUGCAGCAACUGGUCAACCUCCAAAGUUCAUGAAAGCUAUAGAGUCAGUUCAGCUAUCAGAGGGUGGUCAGUGUUUUUUCAGGUAUAUGCUGACUGGAGAACCACUCCCUGAUGUUCAGUGGUUAAAAGGAAGCAUCCAUAUUGAGCCUGCUGCAUUUAACAUGAUGGUGAACAACCCAGAUGGAUCAGGCUUUUUCAGUAUCGUGAGUGUUAAACAAGAACAUAGUGGUAUCUACACAUGUAAGGCAUUCAACCCAUAUGGGGAAGACUCUUGUAGUGCUGAGUUGUUGGUAUUCAAUGAAAAAUCUCAAGAAGAGCACAAGUUCAUUCAAAAAACUAAAGGCUUGAAGAUAUCACUAACCGAGCAAAGCACAGAGUCUCAGGUGUACUAUGAAAGAAGCCGUUCUGAUCAGAUGAUUUAUACCAUUAGCACUGAAGACCGGCAGAUUAUUCCUAGCGAGGAGGUGGAAACCCUCCAAGAGCUGAAUGUCUCUGCUGCUACUCUUCAAAAAGAGCAACUGACCCACCAAGCUGCCCUUUUGCAGUCUCAUGAAAUUCAUGAGAGUGUUUCCUUGACCCCAGCUCAUCCCUUGGAAGUCUUGGCUGUUCCUGCAAAGCAACUUCCCAAAGCCUCUUUCUUAUCUUCAGUCCAGGAGAGACAAAAGAUAACAGAGCAGCACUCAGAGAGAAUCCUGAGUCCUGAGGUAGUGGAACUGGAGUUCUCAAAAGAACAACAAUCUAAAAUCAUGUCAGCUACAUCUGAGGAGGUCAUUUCCCUCACCACUGUGAGAGCUGAGCCUUUGACGGACCGGACGCCAGAGCACAUGCAGACCACAACUGAGCCCAAGCAGGUUGUCAGCAGUUACCAAGUGGAAUCUGCUUUACCUAUUCUUGCUGAUGUGUCAGAUGCUGUGGAAAGACCAGAGGAGGAGAGAGGUUUUAGAGUUCAAGAGGGGGUUAAGAUUUUAUACUCUGCUCAAUCUGCUCAGCAGUUGUUGCUUACAGAAACACACUCUGAGGCUCUGCUAGCUUUAGACCCUGCCGUUAAACCACAAAUUGAAAAAGAACAAUCUAAACCAGUGCUUGCUCCAGUGAGUGAAACUAGGGUGACUCUAUCUAAAGAGCAGAAAUAUGAAACAAAGACACCGGAGCAAGAAAGCAUCCAGCCAAGUAAAGAUAAGAUAUGUAAAUCUGCCAUAGUAACUGAGGAGAAAUAUCAGAUUCAGGGUGAACAGACAGUACAGGUGGCACCUCUAGAGACUCCGACAUGUCUGCAGACUAGUUGCGAGGAUAAACAAGUUUUAAAUUUGCAAGUUAUCACUGAUCAGGGUGUUUUAGAGUCUGAGGGAAGACUCAGCAGUGAAAAGCCCCCAAUGGAGCUGGCAGACAUGGCUAAGAAUCCAGCUUUGCUGUAUUCAGUGACUCAAGACGAACAGAGGACUGUGGUAUGUGAGGCAACUUCAGAGUUCACAGCAGAACCCGACUAUGCAUCUGUUCAGCCAAAGAAAGAGCAACCACAACCAAAAUACCUCCAAUCGAGCCAUUCUGUAUCAGUUUUACCAAAGGAAGGCAUCAUUGCCUUUACUAAACUUGAUCAGCAUGUGGCAUUACCAAAACAGGAGCGGGCUAGAAGCCAUGCUGCGUCCUCAGAGACACAAAGAGAGAUCAUAGCAGAGUAUCAUAAAGACCUCAAUGUUUCUGUGGAAGGGAUUAAGGCACAGAAUCAGACUGAAUCUAGACCUCCAAACAUUCUUGGUGUGUCCUCCCAGCCCCUGCGCCUUCCAAAGGAGACCCCUUUCACUGAAAGCUUCAGAGAGCAGCGAGCUUUAGUUCAGAGAGAGGAUCAGUGGAAUAUUAUGCAAUCUUUGAACGUCACAGACACUCAGGUUUUAGAGGAAGGUCACACUGCCAGUCUUCACACUGACGAGAAAUUCAAGCCUGAAUCAAAAGUUGAACCCAAGAUCCCAAAGAGACCUGUAUUCAUAGAAGAAAAGGCAGUUGCAACUGAAAGGUGCACCAUCUUAGAGGCUGCUGAGCAGGAUUUUGCGGUGCAGAUCCAGGAGGGACAAUCAGUCCGGCAAUCGGUGCUGUUAGAAGAAAAGCGGGUCCUCCUGGUCGAACAAUCAAGCGAGAUUCAUAAACCAGAAGCUUCCACUGUCAGUGUUAAGACACAACCUAAAGGUGUUGUUUUUAUUCAUGAGUCUCAGGGUGCUCAUGCUCUACCUAAAGAACUCAACUUUGUUCUGAAUAUCCCAAAAUCAACAAGAAUGACUAUUCGGCGUCAGUUGAGAGAAGCUCUUCAGUCUGCUGUGGCCAGUGAUCAACCAGUCUUACUAGCAGAAGUGGUGGGAAAGUUAGAAACAGUGGAGAUACAGGAGGUCAAAGUUCAACGAGAACCCAGAUGGACCACAUUCACAUAUCUGAUCACAUCGCCUGGUGUCCCACUGGAGAUCACACUGUCCUUCCAAGGAGAAUAUCCUCAGAAAGCUGAUCUUAAGUCUGAGCUGCAGGUAGCUCUACGGGCGAUGGUUUUCCAGGAGCAGCAAAGUCUUUCGUCAGGACAGCAAGCCAUAUUGCCAAUUGACAUACCUCAGAAGGCUCAGGUCAGCUCAAUACCCUCUAAAGAGAUGUUGUCAACCAUGAUGGACUCAGUGGUGGUGGCAGAGAGUGUUGUUGGGUUUCCUCCAGAGGCAUCUCAUUCUGCAGAAGUCAGAACUGAAUUGAUGCGUUCUUUCCAAAGUGCAACAAUUCAGAGCCAUGCUGAGGAAUCCAGGAAAGUGAGUCGGACAGAAUUUACAUCAGAGAGGGACAUCACUGAAGUAACCACCUUGUCAGCUGUAGAGAACGUUCCCGCAGUACAUGUGGACACUUUAGUUCACAGAGAAACCAGAGAGGAGUAUCUUUCAGAGGCCAUCCUAAUCAGUGAGUCCUCUGACAGCCUUAUUGAUCAUCCUGUUAUUAUUGAGUCUCUAGAGGAUGUUUGUGCUGAAAUAAAUGAUAAAGCUGUUUUUACCACUACUAUCAAGUAUGCCACCAAGGUUAACUGGUUUUUCAAUGGCCAGCUAGUGAAAUCUGGUAAAGAGUUCAAGUGUUCUGAAGACCAUGACACAUACACACUAAUUGUCAACAAAGUUGUCAAGGAGAGGCAUCAAGGAGAAUAUGUCUGUGAGGCUGAAAAUGAAGUCGGCAGGACUACAACAUCUUCAAGGCUCACUGUGGUCUCAAAAGUGAAACCUGUGUUCAAACACAGAAUUGUUCCUCUGGAGAUCAACAUCGGCAAUUCUGCCAGGUUUGAAUGUGAUACAGAGGAUGCUCCAAAUGUGAACUUCAAGUGGUUCAAAGAUGGUCACCCCAUCAAAGAUGGUGAUAAGUACAGGAUUAUCAGUCGCUUCUCUGCUUCCUCUCUGGAAAUUCUGAGCUCUUCAAAGGAUGACAGUGGAGAGUAUACCUGUAAGGCAUCCAAUCAACAUGGCAGUGAUGAAUGCUCUGCUUCUCUCGGUGUGACAGAGAAACUUCCUCCAGUUUUUCAAACUAAACCUGACAACCAGACUGUGUAUGUUGGAAAGAGGGCACUCAUACAGUGUAUGAUAGCAGGAUCUGCUCCUCUAAAUGUUGUGUGGCUAAAAGACCACCAGCUUGUGCCCUCUAUGUCAGAACACUACCAAACCUUUUGUGAAAAGAAUAAGCACACUCUUGAGAUCAAAACGCUUGAGGCAGCCGACCAUGGGCUGUAUGUGUGCAGGGCAUCUAAUAACGUUGGGAUGGCUGAGUGCAGCAUGGAACUGCGUGUUGUUGAUAAGCCCAACUUUGUAAAGCCCCUGGGUUCGGUUGCUGCAGUGGUGGGAGCUCCUCUUCACCUGGAAUGUCAGGUGGAUGAGGACACAGGAGUAACUGUUACCUGGACCAGAGAUGGUAGGAAAGUCCACCAAUCUCCAGACUGUAAACUGUCUUUUGAGAAUAAGACAGUAAACCUUGAUAUACUAAAAACCACACUGAAAGAUUGUGGGAAUUAUGUGUGUACGGUGGCAAAUGAUGCCGGAAGUGCUUCUUGCUCCACUUCUGUCAAAGUACAAGAGCCACCAGUCUUUGUAAAGAGACUGGAGGGUACAACAGUUUGGAAGCGAGGCAGCACAGCUCGGCUGCAGUGCACCGUCAAAGGAUCCCCCGAGCUUCACACCACCUGGUUCUUCAAUAACAGUGAGCUGUCCAGUGGUGGCAAAUACGCUGCCAGCUUUAAGGAUGGUGUCGCCACUCUUGAGAUAAACAAUGUCAUGUUGAGUGACAGCGGGAGCUACAGCUGUGAGGUUCUGAACGAGUCAGGUUGUGAGAGCUGCAGCACCAAAGUGACAGUCAAAGAACCUCCAUCAUUUAUUAAGGAUGCACCCUUCAUAGAAGCAGUGAGAGGAUCAACAGCUGUGAUGGAUUGCGAGAUUGCAGGUUCUGCACCAUUUGAAGUAACUUGGAAAAAGAACAAGAAACGCUUAUCCUCAGAUAAAAAGUACAGAGUAGUGUCACAAGGAUCACUGGCCUCUCUGGAGAUCCACACAUUUGAGAGCACUGAUGCCGGCGAAUAUGAAUGUGUUGUUUCAAAUGAGGUUGGUUCAGUGACCUCUACCUCGGUGGUUAAACAGAAAGAGCCACCUAUCUUCUCAAAGAGAAUUGAGAGUUCUACAGUGUUGUUGGGAAAUGCAGUGAAGCUCCAAGGAGUAGUGAAAGGCUCCGCUCCAAUUUCUAUAAAAUGGCUGAAAGACUCUAAGCUGCUAAUAGAUGAUGAUUCCAGUGUCACAACAAUAUUUGAGAACAACAUUCCUUGCAUUUCCUUCACUUCCGUUGGGAUAAAGCAUGGUGGCAAGUAUACGUGCAUUGCUGAAAACGAGGCAGGGCAGCAGAAAUGCGAGGCUGUUCUCACCAUUCAAGAACCGGCUAAGAUCAUAGAGAAAGCAGCGUCCAUCAGUGUUACAGUUGGUGAAACGGCUACGCUUGGGUGCACCAUCUCUGGAAGCCCUGAGCUCAAAGUCAGAUGGUUCAAAGAUGGCAAAGAGAUGAUUAGCGGUCGUAAAUAUAAGAUGACUCUGAAGGAAAACACCGCUGUUCUAAAGAUACUUUCAGCAGAUAGAGGAGACACUUCAGAGUACAAGAUGGAGGUGUCCAACAAAGUUGGAAAAGACGAGUGCACAUGCUCAGUCACAGUAAUAGAUCGUGCAGUUCCACCAUCCUUCACUAAAACUCUAAAAAAGAUUGAUGGAAGUAUUGGUAGUAAUGCUACCUUGGAGUGCAGAGUUGCUGGAUCACAGCCAAUGGUUGUUUCUUGGUUUAAAGACAACAAAGAAAUUCACAGUGAUGAUAAAUACAAGCUUGAUUUCAGUGAAAGUGCAGCCUCUGUGACAAUUACACAUCUUGAUCAAAGCGAUGGAGGAGUUUAUACGUGCCGGGCUUCAAACAAGGCCGGAGAAAAUGAGACCAGUGGAACACUGACAAUAAAAGAACCUCCAGCUUUCACAGUAAAACCUGAGUCGCAGGAUGUUCCACCAGGAACCAACAUUGUGAUAAAAGCAGCCUUCACUGGGUCUGCUCCACUGGUGGUUAAAUGGUUCAGAGAGGAGAAAGAGAUUUUCUCUGCAGGAAAGUGUGUCAUAAAAAAGGAUGUCUCCUCAAGCUCUUUAGAGCUUUAUUCUGUAAAACCCAGUGAAUCUGCUAAAUAUACCUGCCAAAUAUCAAAUGAUGCCGGAAAAGUGGAUUGCACUGCCAUCCUCUUCGUGAAAGAAGCUCCCACGUUCACAAUGAAGCUUGAGCCUUCACGGCUCCUAAAAGCUGGACAGCCUCUGAAGCUGUCCUGUAAAGUACAGGGAACCCCUGUAAUUUCCAUCACAUGGAUGAAAAAUGGGUCUGAAAUCAUUUCUGACCACAGACACUUGAUGUCCUUUGAGAGCUCAGUAGCCUCUCUGGAGGUGGAGAACUGCUGUAUAGAAGAUAGUGGGGAAUAUAUGUGUUUGGCUUCUAGUGAGGCCGGGAGAGAUCAAUGCAGCUGCUCAGUGACCGUCAAAGAGCCUCCAGUGUUUGUAAAGCCUUUUGAAUCAGCUGAGUUUGUGAAAGGAUCUGACAUUGUCCUAACAGGAACCGUUUCAGGUUCCCCACCAUUUGAAAUAAGUUGCUUCCUCAAUGAUAAGCUGAUCAGAAGCAGCAAAAAACAUCAGAUCCAUGUUCAAAAAGGCACAGUCACUCUUCAGAUAUCUGACUGUGACAGCAGGGAUGAUGGGACGUACCGCUGCACUGUUGCAAAUGAUGCUGGGGAAACUACUUGUUCUUGCCAGGUUUCUUUGAAAGAACCACCCUCAUUUAUUGAAAGACCACAGGACAUGUCCUGCAUGGUGGGCUCUGAAAUCUCUAUGAAAUGCAUGUGUUCGGGAGCACUUCCCAUGACAUUCCGAUGGAACAAGGAUGAUCACGAGCUCACUGAAGACGAGCAUGUUAAGAUGUCCUAUGAAACCAACAGUGCUGAGUUGAAUUUGAAAAAUGCCCAGUUAUCCCACAGUGGGAAAUAUGUGUGUGAGGCUGAGAACAAAGUUGGAACUCAGAGAUGUACCGCCAUGGUCACGGUGACAGAACGUAAAGUACCUCCAAACUUCACUAAGAGGCCGUCUGAGUCCAUCGUGGAUUCAGCUGGUAAGGUAGUAAAGAUGGAGGCUCGGGUCUCCGGUUCCCAGCCGCUGACCAUCACCUGGUACAAGGACAACCAAGAGAUCUAUGCCUCUGGAAAAUAUGACAUCAGCUUCAAGAACAAUAUGGCUGUGCUGUGUAUCAGAGACUCUGCGGUUUCUGACAGCAGUAUCUACACCUGUCAGGCUUCAAACGAAGCAGGGAAAGUUUCCUGUCAAGUGUCCCUCACAGUUUCAGAAACUGGUCAGCCUCCUAAAUUUGACGUCCCUCUGGAACCGGUCACAGUGAACGAGGGGGAGAAGCUGAGCCUCAAAUGCCAUGUUAGAGGCACCUCUCCUCUGACCAUCCAGUGGAUGAAGGACAGGAGGGAGCUGAAGUCCAGUGAUACAACCAAAAUCACAUUUGUUGGUGGGACGGCCUCCCUUGAGAUCAGCUCUGCAUCAAAGGCAGAUGCAGGGGAUUAUCUGUGCAAAGCCAGCAAUGCAAUUGGUAGUGACUUCUGCAAGUCCAAGGUCACUGUGAAGGAGAAAGAAGCCAAGCCUUCACCCACUGAGGCACCGACCCCUGCUGCAGCUGCCCCAGUCAAAAGGCUUGACAACCUUUUCUUCAUUGAAGAACCCAAAAACAUUUCAGUCACAGAGAAGGGCACUGCAACCUUCAUCGCCAAGAUUGGAGGUGAUCCAAUCCCCAGCGUGAAGUGGAUGAAGGGCAAAUGGAGACAGAUCACCCCUGGUGGUCGUAUCUCCAUCGAGCACAAGGGCCAGGAUGUCAAACUGGAGAUCAAAGAGGUGACCAAGUCCGACUCUGGUCUCUACAGGUGUGUAGCCACUAACAAACAUGGAGAGAUCGAGUCCAGCGCUGACAUGGAAGUCACCAAAAAGGAAGAAGGGGAAGGAAUUGGAGAUAUCAGAACAAAACUCAAGAGAACUCCCUCCAAGCAAAAGAGCCCAAAGAAACUUGAAAACAUCAGUAUUGUUGACUUGCUCAGAGGUCAUGACCCUAAGGACUAUGAGAGGAUCCUCCGGGAACAUGGAAUCCAUGACUACAGGGCCAUCCUGCAGGCUGUGGAGCUCCUGAAGAGGGAGAAGGAGAUGGAAACUGGAAAAGCGGAGGUGGAACAUGGUGGUCGGGUUGAAGAGGAGGACAUGGCCAGGCUAAUCCAGCAGCUGGAGGGACGUGUCGACACGGAGCCUGUGUCUGUGAUGGAAGACAUCUCUGACCAGACAGCCAUCGAGAACCAAACAGCAACGUUUGAGUGCGAGAUCCAGAUCAACUACCCAGAGAUCUCUCUGACCUGGUACAAGGGAACGCAGAAACUGGAGAACAGUGAUAAAUACGAGAUCAGCAGUGUGGGCGACCGCCACUAUCUGAGGAUUAAGAACUGCCAGGUCAAAGAUGAGGGAAACUUCCGUGUGGUGUGUGGUCCUCACAUCUCCAACGCCAAACUCACCGUAACAGGAGCUGAUUACAAACCAGCCGACCAAAUUCAGUUUACUAAACGCAUCCGAAACAUCGAAGUCAGCGAACGUCACUCCGCCACCUUCGAGUGUGAGUUGUCCUUUGACAACGCAACCGUUACGUGGUACAAAGACUCGUGGGAGCUCAAAGAAAGCCCCAAAUAUAACUUCAGGACAGAAGGCCAACGGCACUUUAUGACGAUCCACAACGUGACAGCAGAGGACGAAGGCGUUUACUCCGUGAUCGCUCGCCUGGAGCCAAUGGGAGAAGCUCGAAGCACCGCCGAGCUUUACCUCUCAGGCAAAGAAGUUGUAUUAGGAAAGGUUCCUCAGGACAUCCCAGAUUCAUCAGUUCAGCUCCCAGACAUGGGAUCCAUGAUCAUUUCCCAAGAAUCCUCCGAAUUUUAUCACCACAAGGAACAAUUUGAAGUCAAAGAGUUUAAGAGUCUGACGGUUGAAGAAGAAACGGUUUCGGUUCGGUACGCCUCCGUCUCAGAAGAGAAAAAAGCUGCGGAAGAAUACAUUGGCCGUACUGAAGUCAGAGAGGAAAUCACUUCAGUUCACGAGAUUUACAGGAAGCCAGAAGAGAAACCAUCUGAGCGUGAAGCUCUACACCCACCUGCUGUCACAGAACCUGAGGUAAAGAAGCCACGGCCUGAUACUUUCACAACUCCUCAGCGAGAAGAACCGACAGUAUCACAAGUAUUCACCGAACCAAAGCCUGAACCCAAGCCAAAAGAACCAGAAAAGGUUCCUCCACAACCAAAACGACAGCUUCAGAAGCCAGAGGUACCUGAACCUAAAGUGACUGAAGCACCAGAAGUAAAACCUGCCAAGAAAACUCCUGCAGUUUCUGAACCAAGAGUCCCAGCUGUAACCAAACCAGUGGAGGCCAAAGACCAUCCAGUCGCUGAGAGAAUCGCUCCUCCUAAGCCUGAGGAGAUCUUACCAAGAGCACCAGUGGUACCAAAGGCAGAAGAACCUUUAGUCCAGCCAUCAGCAGCUGUGGUUGCACCAUCAGCACCAGAACGCCGACCAGCUGAAGUAAAAGAUGUAACCAGACCAGAGAAAGCAGUGGUCCAAACACCUGAAUCUAAAAUCCUUCCACUCUGGACUGAAGCUGCUCCAGUUAAAGUUGCCUCAGAAAGAAAGGAGCUUGACGUUACUGGAAAACCAUCCCCAUUGGUUGCCAGGAGUGAGCCAGAGGUUCUGAAGUUCACCCCUGAAAUACAAGAAGAGCCAAAGUUUGGAGAAAAAAAUAAGAAGGCUUUUGAAGAAGUGGAGAAGGUCAUCAAGUUUCCUAAAACGUUUGAUGAAGCCAAAAUGCCAAGAGAAAUGGAGAGGGUCCCUGAUGCAACAAAAAUGGUUCCAGAAACACAGACAAAGAUUACAGAAAAAACAACGAUGGUUAUUGAAACACCAAAGGUGGUUUCUGAAGCACCAGCCAAGGUUUCAGAAAAGUCAGAAGGGGAAAUAAAAAGGCAUCAAGAGGUUCCCAAAAAGGUUCCAGAAACACAGACAAAGGUUCCAGAAAAAAUGAAGACGAUUACUGAAUCACCAAAGAUGGUUUCUGAAGCACCAUCCAAGGUCCCAGAAAAGGCAGAAGAGGAGAUAAUAUGGGGUCAAGAGCUUCCCAAAAGGUUCCCUGAAACACAAAAGAUGAUUCCAGAAAAACCAAAAGAAAAGAAAGUUUUACAGGAACCAGAGAAGAUUUUGAUUGUUUCCAAAAAAGUUCCAGAAACACCAAAGAAGGUUAUAGAGGAAAUGAAGGUUAAGGAGCCACCAUCAGACCUAAAGAGUAAAACAGAAGCUCCACAGGUUGAAAUAGUGAAGACCCCUCCAGGUUACAGAGCCCCACAGCAACAUGACAAGGCUGAAAAACCUCAGCAACAAGUUCGUCUGGAGAAUGACCUAAAACAACAAACAGUUGUGGUUGAAGACAUUAAGAGGUUUGUUCCUGAAGAAAGUUUGACUCCAACAACUGUUGAACUCAAGCAAGAAGCUCAAAGAUCUGAAAGAAGAUUAAAACACGAGGAGUCAGUUGUAAGAGAUGACAGAACUUUAUACCAGAGGGGAAAACAAAUGGAGAAAACCGAAGUUCCUACAAGGUUCAGAAAAGAUCAUGAAGUGACAGAGUCUAAAUAUUUGAGAUACACUGAAGAAUAUGAGUAUGAAAAACUAGAAGACAUUAAAGUUUUGAGGGAAAUGAAAAUUGAAUCUGUGAUCUCAGUUUCCCCACCUCUAAGUGAAACUGAGCUUUUAUCAAAAGAGCCCAGAACGCAACCUGCAGUUAGUCCAACAAACAUAGACGUUUCUCUAGUUAAAGAUAAGAAAGACUCUUUCAUUAAAACUCAAGACAAAAAAGAACAGAAGUCUAGUUUUUAUUCAGCUACAGAGCAUAGAACAGAUACUUUAGUUUCAGCAAAGCAUCUAGAAACCAAGGAAGAAAUUACAAAGAAGUAUGAUGAAUCUCUUUCCGAAACUGCUGCUGACUCUAAAGAGAAAGUACCAACAGAAACCGUGAUCCAACCUGAGAAAUCUCAAGCUGGACCGCUGAAGACAUCUCGAGUCCCUGAGCAUCAAAGUGUUUCAUCUACAAAGCCAUCACAUCCAAAAUCAAAAGAAAUCUUCUUUGAGACUGAUUAUUCAGAUGGAGCUACAACCACUGAAAGAAAAUCUCAAAGAAGAGAAGAUAUGAAAGAGGAAACCCUUACAUUGAAGACUCUGCAAACUCUUGAGAAAGUGUCUCCUCCUGAAGUGAAGAAACCUUCUGCACCAGCACCAAAGCCUUCAUAUCCUCCAAAAGUUACUCCUCCUGCAGAGGAGAAGAAACCUUCUGAACCAGAACUAAAGCCUACACAACCUCCUGCUCCUCCUAAAGUUACUGCUCCAGCAGAGGAGAGGAAACUUUCUGCACCAGAACCAAAGCCUUCACCUCCUCCUCCUAAAGUUACUCCUCCUAUAGAGGAGAAGAAACCUUCUGCACCAGGACAAAAGCCCUCACCUCCUUCUCCUCCUAAAGUUACUCCUCCUACAGAAGAGAAGAAACCUUCUGCACCAGAAGCAAAGCCUUCACUUCCUACAACUCAGAAAAUUACUCCUUCUACAGAGGACAAGAAACCUUCUGCACCAGAAGCAAAGCCGUCACCUCCUGCUCCACCUCAGAAAGUUACUCCUUCUGCAGAGAAGAAAGCAGCACCAGAACCAAAGCCUUCACCACCCACUCCUGCUCCUCCUCCUCCUCUUCCUCAGAAAGUUACUCCAGCAGAAGGGAAGAAACCAUCACCAGAGCCAAAGCCCUCAGUUCCUCCUCAAAAGGUUUCUCCUCCUGCAGAGGAGAAGAAACCAUCUGUAUCUGUAUCAGCAGCUACUUCACCCAAAGUUGCUCCUCCUGCAGUGUCUCCUCCAGAAGAAAAGAAACCCUCUCCACUAUCAAGAGAACAACCAGCAGAAAAAGUAGUUUCUCCAGAAGCUCCAGUUGCAGUGGAGAAGAAACCUUCUGAGCCCAGUGUAAAGGCUGAACCUACCACCAUUUCCGAAAGGAUUUCUCCACCUGAAGACAAGGAACCAGUUUCAGCUCCUGGACCAACUAAAGUGCCAACUCUUAAGCAAAAGGGUAAAAUUCCCAUUGAGGAGGAGAAAACAACUGUGGUUCCUAAACUAAAGAGUAAAAUGGCCAUAAAACCCAAAGAGAAAGAGCCAGAAAUUGAGACCAUUCAGCUGAAGAAGGUUCCAGUAAAACCUCCAGAGCCUGAGAAACAGGUUGUAACUCAUAAAGCAGAAGUGAUAAGACAUCAUGAUCCAGAACUAUCAGUGAGGGGACUUUUUGAUAGAGAAGAGCGGGAGAUCAUAACCCUUGGAAGAACUGAACGAGUCUUUACAGCAGAACAGGAAACAAUUCAACUGAGUCAAAUUGAGGAGACUGGAACAAUUAAAAUUGUCCAAACAACAGAGAAAGAAGGUUGGACAAGAACCACAAAACCCAAGAAAGAAGAGGAACCCGAGGUUCCCAGUGUAGAUAAGAAGAAAAUAAAGAAACUACCGAAGACAGAGGAGCAACAAGAAUCUGUGAAACUAAAACCAUUUGAAAAGCCUGGAAAGUUAGAACAAGAGCAAGAGCAGAUCAAACUAAAACAGGUUCCAAGUAAGCCUAAAGAACUUGAAAAGGAAAUUUCAAAGGAUAAAACUGAAAUGACGAAACAACAUGACAGAGAACUGAGAGCCCAGAAGACUCAAGAGAGAGAAGAUCGAGAGGUAAUCCCACUUGGAAAACCUGAAAGAGUUUCCGUUCCUGCCGAGGAGCCAUCUAAAGCUGGUCAAACAGAAAAACCUGAACAGCCAGAGGAAGAAGAGAAAUCUAAGUGGACCAGAACCACAAAGGCACCAAAGGAAGGAGAUGCUGAGCCAGAUUUAUCGAAGAAGAAAAUCAAGAAAUUACCAAAGAAAGAUGAAGAACCAGAAGUUGUGACAUUGAAACCUUUUGAGAAACCCACCAAAAAAGAAGCAUCCGAACAAGCAAAGACUGAAGAUGAAGGUCGGGCAAAGACAGAUACUGAGCGCUCUCCUUUUAAAUUGGGUGAGAUGUUGCUCAAAGAUCAACCUACAUCAGCUCUAAAAAACAAAGAAGACGAAGAUGUUUCUUUGACAAGUUCUGACACAAGUCCGGAUAUUACCAAAUCCCAACCAGAACUACCACAAAAGAAAAAGGAUGAUCAAGUACCUAAGGAUGAAGAAACAACAGCAACUGAUAAACCUAAAGUUAAACCUAAACUCAUUCCCAAACCAAAGGAAAAGGAAGAGCAGGUUGUUUUGAAGCCUUUCACCAAAGUCACUAAGCCAGAAAAAGUCCCUGAUGAACAGAUAAAGAAGCCUGUGGACACAAAGGUGCCAGACAAGACAACCAAAGACAUAAAAGAUACAGAGAAACAGAAACCUGUGAAGAAGGAGGAACCGUUUGUUCCAGCCAAGAAACCAAGUCCUACAGGUCUUAAAGAGAAGAUCUCAUCUACUGAAGCAGAGAAGUUCCCAGCAAAACCAUCUGAUGUGUUAAAGAAGGAUGUUGAACUCAAAAAGACUCCUUCUCCCAUGGUCAGUACAGAGAAAGCAGAAGACAAAAAGCCCACAAAGCCUGUUGAGGAGCCGAAGAAGAUUGAGCUAAAAAAGAUUCCACCGUCUAAGGUGGAGAAGCAGAAAGACUUGGAGAAAGUUCCAGCUGAGAGAAAGCCAAGUUCUGAAAAAGUCAAAGAAAUCCCAAAAGCUGUUUCCCCCAAAGACUCAGUUGAAGCCAUAACACUCAAAAAGGUUCCCAAGAAGCCAUCAGUGAAAGAGGUCUCAGAAUCAGAAAAGCCUGAUAAAGAUCGGAUCCCCCUUUUGAAGGAGAUUUCUCCUGGAGCUGUGCAAAUGAAGAGGGUGACAACUCAGCCUGAGGAGGAGGUCUUUGAAAAUGAGCCUGAAGAAGGUGAGGUUGAGGAGGAAUCCUGGGGCUGGGAUCUUGUUCCAUCAGAGGACUGGGAAGGUGAAGAGGUGGAUGGGGCCCUUGAGACUCCGGGUAUGCCUGGUGCCAGACGAGAUGGAAAACCAAGUGACGAACCUUCGAAAGGAAGAGGCAGAGGAUUUGGGGCAAGACAAACUCCCUCUCCUGGUGAUGGGGGAAGGGGUCGGGGUAUGAAACCCGGUGGAAAAGGUCCAACACCACCAGAGGAACCAUUUGCAGGCUUCAAGCUCAAACCUGUAGCUUUGAAGUUUGUGAAGAAGAUUCAAGACAUUGUGCUGCAAGAGGCUGAAUCCAUCGGCUCAUCGGCUGUGUUUGAGUGUGAGGUUACACCCUCUACGGCCGUCACAUCCUGGAUGAAGGAUGACAGCAACCUGCGUGAGAGUCCCAAGCACAAGUUCAUCUCUGAUGGCAAAGAUCGGAAGCUGCACAUCAUUGAUGUCCAGCUGUCCGACACUGGAGACUAUACCUGUGUGGCCAAAAAUGCUGGAAAGGAGAUUACCUGCACUGCUAAGCUCAUAGUUGAGGAGCUCCCUGUAAAAUGGCUGAAGGAGUUGGAACCUGAGACCUCAUGCAUGAAAGGUCAACCAAUGUACCUGAUCUGUGAGCUGAACAAAGAAAGAGACGUGGUGUGGAAGCGGAACGGAGAGCUUCUGAAGAAAAAGGCUGGAAAAGUAGCCAUUAAUGUGAUUGGUAUGCAGCACGCUGUGACCAUCCAGAACGCCACUGAUGAGGAUGCAGGCCUCUACACCUGUGAAGUAGAUGGUCAGGCAGACGUCAAAACUUCAACCGCCGUCAAAGUGAUUGAAAUCAUCAAAGACUGGCUGGUAAAGCCUCUGAGGGACCAGCAUGUGAAACCAAAGUCCAAGGCCACAUUCAAAUGCGAGCUGUUCAAAGACACUCCCAAUUGGAAAUGGUACAAAGGCGAGAACGAACUCGCUCCUUCUGACAAAGUUGAGAUCAACAAAGACGGAAAGGACAUGAAGCUCACCAUCAACAACUGCCAACCUGACGAUGUAUCAGAUUACACCAUCGAAGUUGAAAAUCGAAGAUACACAGCCAAACUCACACUGGGAGAGCGUGAAGCUGACAUCCUGAAGCCUCUUGCCAGUGUUGAGGUGGUUGAGAAGGAAGAAGCUCACUUCGAUACUGAAAUAUCUGAGCAUGAUAUUCCUGGUGAAUGGAAACUCAGAGGCCAGGUGUUGACCAGGUCUCCGACUUGUGACAUUAAAGCAGAGGCCGGAAAGCGGUUCCUUACACUGAAGAAUGUGCAGCUGGAUCAGGCUGGAGAAGUGUCGUACCAGGCUCUGAAUGCUGUCACCAGUGCCAUGCUCACUGUUAAAGAGAUCGAAAUGGGCUUUGUUGAAACGCUGAAGGAUGUGUCUGUGCCCGAAAAGAAACAGGCUAAGUUUGAAUGCACCAUCACUAAGGAUAUACCAAAGGUCAUGUGGUUUAAGGGGGUUGAAAUCAUCACCCCCAGCCCUAAAUAUGAAAUAAUUGAUGAUGGAAAGAAACACAUGCUGAUUGUAAACAGCUGUGAGUUUGAUGAUGAGUCUCAGUAUUCGAUAGAGGUAUUGGACAAAAGGUCAACGGCUCAGCUGACGGUGGAAGGCAUGAGGCUCAAAUUUGUGCAGCAACUUAAGAACCAAACAAUCAAAGAAGGUAACUCGGUGCGCUUUGAUAUCGAGUUGACUCACGAGAACGUGCCGGUGGUUUGGUACCGAAACGAAGUCAAACUCCACGUGAGUCGAACGGUGCUCAUGCACGUGGAAGGAAGGAGACACACUCUAGAAAUGAGGAGUUUGAGUCUAGAUGAUACCUGCCAGAUAAAGGCAGAAGCCAAAGGAAUUUACUCCUCAGCCAAACUGACAGUCAUAGAGGGAGAUGCCAUCUUCCUGGUGAAGCUGCGGGAUUACACCGCCACCGAGAAAGACGAGGUGUCACUGGACUGCGAGCUCAGCAAAGACGUUCCUGUGGUCUGGUAUCACAAUGAGAAGGAAGUCAUUACCUCCAAGUUGUUGGUCAUGAAGUCAGAAGGCACCCGCAGAUCUCUGGUCCUGAAGAAAGUGGCGCAAAAUGAUCAAGGGAAAUACGUAUGUGACUGUGGAACAGACAAAACAUCGGCCAACAUAAUGAUUGAAGCACGUGACGUCAAGGUUGUGCGGCCAAUUUACGGCGUGGAGCUGUUUGAUGGUGAGACGGCUCGUUUUGAGGUUGAGAUCUCUGAGGACGACAUGCACGGGCAGUGGAAGCUGAACGGAGAAGUGCUCAACCCUUCCUCUGAUGUGGACAUCAUAGAGGAAGGAGGCAAACACACUCUGAUCCUGUACAACUGUAAGGUGUCCAUGACCGGAGAGGUGUCUUAUGCUGCAGCCAAUGCCAAAUGCUCUGCCAACUUGAAGGUCAAAGAACUUCCUCUGAACUUCCUCACACCCCUGAGCGACGUCCAGGUGUAUGAGAAGGAUGAGGCCCGGUUCGAGGUGGAGGUGUCGAGACCUCCAAAGAGCUUCCGCUGGCUCAAAGGCUCCCAGGAGCUGACAGGCGACGACAAGUACGAGAUGAUCCAGGAGGGCAAUAUGUACGUUCUGGUGAUCCGAUCGGUGGCCUUUGACGAUGAGGCCAAGUACAUGUUUGAGGCCGAGGACAAGAGGACCGCCGGCAAACUUGUUAUUCAGGGUAUUCGUCUGGAGUUCGUCAAACCCAUUAAGGACGUAACGGUGAAAGAGAGAGAAACAGCAGAGUUCAGCGUUGAACUGUCUCAUGAAAACAUCCCAGUGUUUUGGUACAAAAACGACGUCCGGCUGCUUCCCAGUAAGGUGGUCCAUAUGUCGGAUCAUGGAAAAGUCCACACUCUGGCCUUCAAGGAGGUGACGAUCGACGACACCUCUAUGAUCAAGGUGGAGGGCAUGGACAAGAGCAUGACAGCCAUGCUCACUGUUAUCGAAGGUGACUUGUACUUCACCGCCAAGCUGCAGAACUACACUGCUGUGGAGAAGGACGAAGUGAAGCUGGUCUGUGAACUUAGCAAGGCCGUCGCUGAUGUGAAAUGGUUUAAGGACGGAAAGGAGAUCACUCCGUCCAAGAACAUCGCCAUCAGCACCGAUGGAAAGAAGAGAAUCCUGAUGGUCCGGAAGGCAGAGAAGGCCAACAUCGGAGAGUAUACCUGCGACUGUGGCUCAGACAAAACUACAGCAAACCUCAACAUUGAAGAGCGUGAUAUCAAGGUUGUCCGUCCCCUGUACAGCGUGGAGGUCACUGAGACAGAGACAGCCAGGUUUGAAACUGAGAUUUCCGAGGAGGAUGUCCAUGGAAACUGGAAACUGAAGGGAGAAGCUCUGCACCAGUCUGCGGACGUGGAGAUUAAAGAGGAAGGAACCAAACACAUGCUGAUCCUCUAUAAUGUCCAUAUGGACAUGGCCGGAGCUAUUGACUUCUCUGCAGCCAAUGCCAAAUCCAACGCUCAGCUCAGGGUCAAAGCUCGCUCCAUCACGCUGACGCGUCCACUGAAGGAUGUAACAGUGACAGCCGGAGAGACAGCGACCUUCGAGUGUGAGCUCUCAUAUGAAGGCAUUGAAGUGGAGUGGUUCGUUGGAGGACAGAAGAUGGAAGCCAGCGACCGGGUAAAGACUCGGGUGGUAGGAAGAGUUCACACUCUGACUGUCCGAGAUGUGAAACUGUCAGAGGCUGGGGAGGUCAAAGUGACUGCCAAAGAUUUCCUGACACAAGCUCAGCUCUUUGUUGGAGAGCCACCAGUAGAGUUCACAAAGCCUCUGGAAGACCAGACAGUGGAAGAAGAGGCCACUGCCACGCUGGAGUGUGAAGUCUCAAGAGAGAACGCCGAAGUGCACUGGUUCAGGGAGGGUCAGGAAAUCAGAAAGACCAAGAAGUAUGACACCAUUGCUGAUGGACGCAAGAGAGCACUUAUCAUCCAUGACUGCUCUCCAGAUGAUGCCAAAAUGUACACGUGUGAUGCUAAAGAGUUCAAAACUUCCUGCUUCCUGGAGGUUACACCUCCUUAUGUGGAGUUUACAAAACCACUACAGGAUGUGGAAGUCAGAGAGAAAGAUUCAGCCAGGUUUGAAUGUGAAGUCUCCCGCGAGUCUGCCAAGGUUCGCUGGUUUAAGGACGGCAACGAGAUCAGGAAGGGAAAGAAGUAUGAAAUCAUCGCUAAAGGAGUGCAGAGAAUCCUCAUCAUCCACAAGUCAAUGUUUGACGAUGAGGCAGAGUACGAAUGUGAUGCCAGAACCUUCAAGACGUCUGGCAUGCUCACUGUCAUUGAGGAAGCAGCCACAUUCACCAAGAACCUGUCCAAUGUGGAGGGAACUGAGACAGACAGCGUAAAGAUGAUCUGUGAAGUUUCUAAGGCCAAUGCUGAGGUUACCUGGUACAAAGGAGAUGAAGAACUGCCAGAGGGCGGACGCUACGAUCAGAUCAUGGACGGUCGCAGGAGGAUCUUGACCAUCCAGGACUUGAGGAUGGAAGAUGCUGGAGAGUACAACUGCAGACUGAGCCCGACUGUCAGAACAUCCGCUACCCUAAAACUCAAUGAACUGGCAGCAGAGUUCAUCUCUCGUCCUCAGAACCAGGAAGUGGUAGAGGGUGAGCAGGCUGAGUUCUCCUGCACAGUGUCCAAAGACACCUAUGAGGUGAAGUGGUUCAGAGGUGAACGAGAGAUCCAAGCUGGAGACAAAUACGCAAUCAUCAGUGAAGGAAAGAGAAGGGCUCUGAUUGUGAAAAAAUGUGACCUGAAGGAUGAGGGUGGUUAUGUUGCUCACAUCGGCAGCGUUAGAGCUUCUGCUGAUCUCUGUGUGAUAGAAAAACUGAGGAUCGUUACACCAAUUAAAGACACAGAAGUGAAGGAAGGAAGCGAGAUUGUGUUCAACUGUGAGACCAAUACUGAGGGAGGCAAGGCCAAGUGGCUAAAGAAUGAGGAGACCAUUUUUGAAAGCAGCAAGUACAUGAUGGUUCAGAGAGACAACGUCUUCUCUCUGAGGAUCAAAGAUGCCCAGAAGGCAGAUGAGGCCACCUAUACUAUCUCUCUGACUAACAAUAGAGGAGAACAGGCCAAGUGCUCUGCCAGUGCUAAAGUUGCAGAGGAAAAACUCAAAUUCCUGGAGCCCAUUGAAGACAUUGAGACUCAGGAGAAGAAGACUAUUAGCUUUGUUUGUAAAGUGAACCGGUCUGAGGUGACUGUAAGAUGGAUGAAGGCCGGCCAGGAGGUGACACUCAGCAAACGCAUUGUCUACAGAGCUGAUGGACUCAAACACACCCUGACUAUCAAAGACUGUGCCAUGGAAGAUGAGGGCGAGUACACUGCCAUGGUCGGAGAAGACAAGUGUGCUGCGGAGCUGAUUAUUAGCGAGGCUCCAACUGACUUCACAGGACAGCUCAGAGAUCAGACUAUUACUGAGUUUGAGGAUGCAGAGUUCACUUGCAAGCUGAGCAAGGAGAAGGCUGCUGUCAAGUGGUACAAGAAUGGACGAGAGAUCCGAGAAGGACCGAGAUAUCAUAUGGAAAAAGAAGGCAAAACAUGCAGAUUGAUCAUCAAGGUGUGCAGACCAGAUGACGAGUGUGAAUAUGCCUGUGGUGUGGAUGAGAGAAGGACCAGAGCCAGGCUUUUUGUUGAAGAGACCCCAGUGGAGAUCAUCAGGCCACCACAGGACAUGUUUGAACCUCCAGGCUCAGAUGUUGUGUUUGAGGUUGAGCUCAACAAGGACAGAGUGGAGGUUAAGUGGAUGAGAAACAACAUGAUCAUUGUGCAGGGGGACAAGUACCAGAUGAUCAGUGAGGGGAAGAUCCACAGAUUACAAGUCUGUGAGAUCAGACCCAGAGACCAAGGAGAGUACCGCAUCGUGGCCAAAGACAAGGAUGCCCGGGCCAAACUGGAGCUGGCAGCUAUUCCAAAGAUCAAGACCACUGACCAGAAUCUGGUGACGGAUGCUGGAAAACCCUUCAUCAUGAUGGUUCCUUACGAUGCCUACCCUCGUGCUGAUGCAGAGUGGUUCUUUGAUGGCCAAAGCUUACCUGUUCAAAACAUUGAUACUUCACUCGACAAAACCGAGUACCGUCUUAAGAGCCCUACCAAGGAGGACCAGGGCCGGUACAGAGUGGUAAUCAAAAACAAACAUGGUGAGGGUGAGGCUUUCAUCAACCUGGAUGUGAUUGAUGUCCCUGGACCUAUUAAGAACCUAAGGGUGGUUGACACUGCUGAUGGUGAGGUCAGCUUAGCCUGGGAGGAGCCUGAGAGUGAUGGUGGCAGCAAGAUCAUCGCUUAUGUGGUAGAACGACGCGAUGUAAAGCGGAAGACCUGGACUCUUGCUACAGACCGGGCUGAUACUCCAGAAUACUGUGUCAGUGGUCUCCAGCAGGACUCCCUGUACCUGUUCAGAGUCUGUGCUCGUAACAGAGUUGGUCCCGGUCCUAUUGUUGCCACUGAUGAUGCCGUUCAGGCCAAGAACAAGUUUGAUGUUCCAGAUGCUCCAGAAAAUGUUGGCCUUGGUGUGGUGAACAGGUUUGGAGCCACUGUCAACUGGGAGCCUCCAAAGUUUGAUGGGGGCUCAGAGAUUACUGCAUAUGUGAUUGAGCUCCGUGACAGAACCUCUGUGAAAUGGGAGGCGGCCCUGGUGUGUGGAGCCAGUGAUCGAUCGGCUACACUGAAUGACGUAGUGGAGCACAAGGAGUACAUCUUCAGAGUUCGAGCGGAAAACAAGGCCGGAAUUGGAAGGCCUAGUGCUGCAACCAACCCAGUGAAGAUUAUGGACCCCAUUGAGAGGCCAAGUCCUCCUCUGAACCUGAACUACAAUGACCAAAUCAACACCGCUGUCACUCUGACCUGGGAAACCCCAUUAAGCAACGGUGGCAGCAUGAUCACCGGCUACAUUAUCGAGAAAUGCGAUGAAGGCUCAGACAAGUGGUUGCGCUGCAACGCCAGACUAUGUCCUGACCUCUCCUACCGGGUUUCUGGACUAAAGCCUGGUCAGAAGUACCUGUACAGAGUGUGUGCUGAGAAUGCUGCUGGUGUCUCAGAUCCAGCAGAGCAGCUUGGGCCACUGCUUGCCGACGACCCACAUGUUGGUCCAACCUUUGAUCUAAGUGGCUUUAGGAAUGGCCUGGAAGUAAUUGUCCCUCAGCCACUCACCAUCAGGGUCCCCAUUACCGGAUACCCCACUCCCAAAGCUAAGUGGAACUUUGGAGAAAAGGAACUGACCACAGCAGAGGAGCGUGUCUCCAUGGUAACAAAGCCAACAUUUACAGAGCUGACAAUCUCUCCAAGUGUCCGUCCUGAUAAAGGCACAUACACCCUGCACCUGGAGAAUGAUGUCACAUCUGUCUCUGGAGAGAUUGAGGUCAAUGUCAUCGCAUGUCCAAGUGCACCCAAAGACUUUAAAGUAGCGGAGGUAACUCGGCACCAUGUCCACCUGAUGUGGGAGCCACCAGAACACGAUGGAGGAAGUCCAGUUACCCACUAUCAGAUAGAAAAGAGAGAGGUUUCCCGCAAGACCUGGGCCAAGGUUGCUACUGGUGUCAUGGAUAUGGAGCACACAGUAACAGAUGUGAUUGAGGGUAAAGAAUAUCUGUUUAGCGUUAUUGCCUGCAACAAGUGUGGUCCUGGAGAACCAGCAUACAUAGAUGAGCCCGUAAACGUCUCCUCACCUGCUACCAUUCCUGAUCCUCCUGAGAACCUAAAGUGGCGUGAUAAGAGUGGCAAGAGCAUCUUCCUUUCCUGGGAACCUCCAAAGUAUGAUGGUGGUGCUCCGAUUAAAGGUUACGUGGUUGAUAAGUGUCAACGUGGGACAGACAAGUGGGAACCCUGUGGUGACCCCAUGCCUGAACUCAAGUUCCAGGUGACAGGGCUGAUCGAGGGCCAGUGGUACGCCUAUAGAAUCAGAGCAGUGAACAAGUUGGGGGCCAGCAGACCCUGCAGGGCCACUGAUGAGAUUCAGGCUGUAGAUGCUCGAGAACCUCCAGAGAUCCAGCUGGAUGUGAAGCUGCUGGCAGGCCUGACUGCCAGAGCAGGCACCAAGAUUGAGCUUCCUGCAGACGUCAAAGGACAGCCUGAUCCCCGUGUAAAAUGGACCAAGGCUGACUUAGUCCUCCGGGCUGAUGACCGUAUAACCAUUGAGACCCAGCCGGGACACUCCAAAGUUUCCAUCGGCAACACCACCAGAGAAGACACAGCCACUUACAUCAUAGAGGCAGUCAACAUCUGUGGACGUGCCACUGCCACCAUUGAUGUCAACAUCCUAGAUAAACCGGGCCCUCCAGCUGCCUUUGAUAUCUCAGAAAUCACCAACGAGUCCUGCGUUUUAGCGUGGAACCCUCCCAGAGAUGAUGGUGGCUCACCCAUCACCAACUACAUUGUUGAAGCUCGUCAGACAGACAAAGAGGAGUGGGUCAAAUUGUCAGCCACUGUGAAGGAUACCACCUUCAAGGCCUGCAAGCUUAUUGCUAUGAAGGAGUAUAUCUUCAGAAUUAGUGCUGAGAACCAGUAUGGCAUUGGCAUACCUACAGAGCACACACCAAUCAUUGCAAAGUACUCUUUUGAUCCGCCUGGUCCUCCAACCAGAGUCACUCCUUCUGACAUUGCUAAGGAUGCAGUGACACUGACCUGGUUUGAGCCAGAUGAGGAUGGUGGCAGCCCCAUCACUGGAUACUGGAUCGAGAAGUUUGAUCAAGAAAGCGACAAGUGGAUACGUUGCAACAAACUGCCCAUAAAGGACACAACUUUCAGGGUAAAAGGUCUUCCCACCAAGAAGAAGUACAGCUUCCGUGUUUUGGCAGAGAAUCUAGCUGGACCUGGAAAACCAAGUGCAGAGACAGAUCCUGUGCUUAUCAAAGAUCCCAUUGAUCCUCCAUGGGCACCUGGAAAACCUGUUGUCAGGGAAGUUGGCAAGACCACUGUCUUGUUGGCCUGGACACGACCGGAGCACGACGGUGGGGCAAAGAUCGAAGGUUACAUCAUUGAGUUCCAGAAGACUGGAAGCGAGGAAUGGAUCCGUAUUGCAGAGGAUGUUCCUCAGACAGAGCACCAGCUGCAGGGUCUGAUGGAGAAGCAGGAAUACUCAUUCAGAGUUAAAGCUGUCAAUAAGGCCGGUGAGAGUGAACCCAGCGACCCCAGUGACCCUGUGGUCUGCAAGGAGAGACUCUACCCUCCAUCUGCACCUCAGUGGCUGGAGGUCACCAACAUCACCAAGAUCAGCGCUGAUCUAAAAUGGCAGGCUCCAAGCAGUGAUGGAGGUUCACCCAUCACAAACUAUGUGGUGGAAAAGAGAGAUGUGAGGCGGAAGGCCUGGCAGACUGUUGACACUACCAUCAAGGAGCUCAAAUACUCAGUGACUCCCCUCAAUGAAGGAUCCCUCUACGUGUUCAGAGUGGCUGCUGAGAAUGCCGUUGGGAUGGGAGAGUUCUGCGAGCUGGAGGAUGCAGUUCUCGCCAAGGAUACAUUCACAACUCCUGGACCUCCAUACGCCCUAACAGUGAUGGAAGUCACUAAGAGACAUGUGGAGCUCAAGUGGGAACCUCCAAAGAGCAAUGGUGGAAGACCUAUAACCAAGUAUGUGAUUGAAAAGAAAGAAAAGGUUGGAACUCGAUGGCUGAAGUGCUGCAAGACUCCAGAUAAACAGACGCAGUUCAAGGUGACAGAUGUUGAUGAAGGAUCAGAGGUUCAGUUCCAGGUCAGAGCUGAGAAUGAGGCAGGAGUGGGAGAUCCAAGUGAGCCCACUGUCAUCCUCACCAUCGAGGAUCCAACAAGUCCUCCGUCUCCUCCUCUGGAUGUGGCCAUUGUUGAUGCCAGCAGGGAACACAUCAACGUCACCUGGAAACCACCAGCCAAAGAUGGCGGCUGUCCAAUAACUGGAUACCAUGUUGAGGUGGCAGAGGCUCGUCCAGAACUCAAGUGGCUAAGGGUAAAUGCCCGGCCCAUUAAAGAGCUGAAGUUUAGGAUUGAUGAUGGAAUCAAACCAGAGAAAAAGUAUGUGAUUAGAGUUCGUGCCAUCAACUCUAUUGGUGUAAGUGAUCCCUCUGAAAUCUCCGACAAAGUUGCUACCAAUGAUCCUGACUGUGCUCCAACCAUGGAUCUGGAUGCACAGGAUGUGAUUGUGGUUGAAGGUGAGAAGCUGCAUCUGAACAUCCCCUACAAAGCAAUCCCAACUCCCAAAAUGGUUUGGCAGAAAGACACAGUAGAGUGUAAAGCUGACGACCGGCUCUCCAUGACCGUUGAGAUGAACAGCGCUCACCUGGAGAUGCUGAAGUGCCAGCGUGCUGAUGCUGGUGCCUACACCAUCACUCUGGAGAACAGUCUGGGAACUGCUACUGGAACCAUCAAUGUCAAAGUUAUCGGGCUCCCUGGUCAGUGUAAAGAUAUCACCUCCAGUGAUGUCACUAAGAAUUCCUGCACGAUCAGCUGGGAAGCUCCUGAAGACGAUGGAGGCACACCGAUUGUCAGCUACACUCUGGAGCGCCGAGAAGCAUCCAAGAAAACCUACAUGCCCAUCAUGUCAGGGGAAAAUGUCCUCACCUACAACACUAAAGACCUUUAUAUCAACUGUGAGUACUACUUCAGAGUGAAGGCUGUCAACAAGGUCGGAGCAGGAGAAUAUUUGGAGCUACGCAAUCCAGUUCUCACAGAGGAAAUCAAACAGAAACCAGACCCUCCCAUCCAAGUUGAGGGUCAUGACCCCACAUCCAAGUCCAUCACAGUCACCUGGAAGGCUCCAGACUACGAUGGCGGCUGCCCCAUACAGGGUUACAUAGUAGAGAAGAUAGAGAAAGAUGGUGACCGCUACGAGAAGGUCACCCCAAGUCUGGUUCCUGGUUUCUCCUAUGUAGUGACUGGCCUGAAAGAAGACAUGGAGUAUCAGUUCAGAGUGCGAGCAGAAAAUGCCGCUGGAGUCAGUGAGCCUUCCCGCAGCACACCACUUAUAAAGGCUGCAGACCCUGUUGAUAAACCAACAGUCACACUGCAUGCACGUGUGCAGUCUGGGCUCUGCAUUAAGAAGGGUGAGGAAAUCCGCAUUGAUGCUUACAUCUCUGGCUCUCCAUAUCCCAAAGUCACCUGGCUGAAAAAUGAGGAGGAUGUGACCAAGGAGCCUCCCAAAAAGAUUGUUCCUGUGCUAAAAAAGAAGAAGACCAAAGCCAAUGUUCCAGAACCAGAGGAGGAAUUUGUGACUCCUCUGCGUGAACGUCUUGGUCUGGAUAAAACCACAAAAGGCCAAUCUGCUCUGAUGAUCCGUGACUCUGUCAGGGUUGACCACGGCAACUACACAAUCAGGGUGGAAAACACGCAUGGUGUUGCUUCUGCCACCUGCUACGUCAAUGUCCUGGACAAGCCUGGCCCUCCAAUAAACUUCACCUUUGAUGAGAUCAGGAACAUCUCUGUCAUCUGUAACUGGGAGCCUCCGGAGGAUGAUGGAGGCAGCGAGAUUCUGAACUACAUCCUUGAGAAGAAGGACAACAAGAAUGAUGAAAUUGGCUGGAUCACUAUCACCUCCACACUGAAGGGCACCAGUUUCCCUGUCACCAAACUCAUCGAAGGGAAGGAAUACAUCUUCAGAGUAACAGCUGAGAACAAAUAUGGCUGUGGUUUGCCAUGCAUCUCUGAGCCACUUGUCGCCAAGAACCAAUUCAAUCCUCCUGAUGCUCCCAACACUCCCAGAGUGCAUGAGGUGACAGCAAACUCCGCUCACAUCUCCUGGCAUGAACCAAAGGACAACGGCAGCCCGAUCCUUGGCUACUGGAUCGAGAGGAAGGAGGUGAACAGCAAACACUGGACCAGAGUUAACCGGGCCCUCCUCAACUCUCUAGAUGUGAAGAUCACUGGACUGAUGGAGGGACUCACCUAUAUCUUCAGAGUAUGUGCAGAAAACCUGGCUGGCCCUGGGCCUUUCAGUGAGCCCACUGAGCGCAUUGUGGCCAUGGAUGCCAUCCUUCCUCCUGGGCCCCCCACUCCACGGGUUGUGGACACUGGCAAUGAUUCUGUCAUCUUGGCCUGGAAGCCACCAUUGUACAAUGGUGGAGGCGAGAUCCUGGGAUACCACAUUGAGAAGGUUUUGGUUGGAGAGAAAGACUGGAGUCGCUGCACAGAAUUCAGGUGUAAAGAAUUAACAUACACAGUGACAGGCCUCACUGAAGGAGCAGACUAUUACUUCCGGGUCCUUGCAAUUAAUGAUGCUGGCCCUGGAGCUCCAGGUCUCACUGAACCUGUAACUGUCAAAGAGCCCCAAGAAACUCCUGUUGUGGAAUUUGAUGACUCUGUGAAGAACGGCGUCAUGAUCAAGGCCGGUGACUCACUGAGGCUUCCUGCAGUGGUGACGGGCCGACCUCAGCCAGAGGUAAAAUGGGCCAAAGACGAGGCAGAAAUUGACAAAGAGAGAAUGAUUGUGGAGACAGAGGGCAAGAAGAGCACUCUGUUCAUGAAGAAGGCUGUGAGGGCCGAUCAUGGAAAAUACCAGAUCACCGGCACCAACAGCAGUGGCACCAAGACCGCAGAAACCAGAGUGGACGUUAUGGAUGUCCCAGGACCGGUGGUUGACUUGAAGACUGUCCUGGUGACGAAGAAGAACAUUGUUCUCACCUGGUCAGACCCUCUGGACAAUGGAGGCAGUGACAUCAUUGGCUAUGAAGUGCUGAGGAAAGACACCAAGAUGAAACUGUUCCGUCAGCCCAUUGAGAUAGCGUCCUGUAAAUGUGACGUUCAGGGCUUGCUGGCUGGUGAGGAAUAUGACUUCAGAGUCAUCGCCAGAAACAAGUACGGUGAUGGCGCACCAGCAGAUUUGGGACCCAUCCUAGCUGAGGAUCCUAAAGGAACUCCAUCUGCUCCUGAGAAACUGCACUACACUGACCGAAGCAAGUCAACUAUUACUCUGGCUUGGCAGCCCCCUCGCACUGAUGGCGGCAGCCCCAUUAGAGGAUACUACGUUGAGAAGAUGAGAUCAGAUAGCACAGAGUACGAGGUGGCCAAUCGUAAGAUCUUUACAGAGUGCUGUGGGACUAUUGAGAACCUCUCUGAGAACCAGGAGUACCACUUCCGUGUUAAAGCUGUAAAUGAAGUUGGAGAAGGUGAUCCUUCCAAACCAAUAACUGCCAAGAUCCAGGAUGAUGAAAUUGCUCCAGUUAUUUCAAUUCUGAAGUUUUUCAAGAGCAAUGCCAUCAUUGUGAGGAAAGGAGCAGCCAUAGACAUCCCAGCAGAGGUGAUUGGACUGCCUUUGCCAACAUUCCAGUGGAUGAAGGAUGAUGUGGUGAUUGAGACUCCUGAUGAGGAGAAGAUGACCAUGGAGACAGAGGAGGUGAACAGGACAACAAUAAAGACAAAGAUAGCUAUCCCAGUGACUGUCCGACAAGACAAAGGAAACUACAAGCUGGUAGCUGAAAACUGUCAUGGCGUAGCUCAGCAUGUGAUCAGAGUUGAAAUCCUCGACCGCCCCCUUCCACCAAGGAAUGUUGUUGUGUCAGACAUCAAAGCAGACUCUUGCUACCUGACUUGGGAUGCUCCGGAGGACAAUGGAGGCAGUGAGAUAACCAACUACAUUGUGGAGCGGAGAGAUGCCAGCAAGAAGAAAUCAGACUUUGACGUUCUGACCAUCAAUCUGAUUGACAGAAGAUAUGGGGUCUACAAAUUGGACUUGAAUGGAGCCUACCAAUUCAGGAUCAAAGCUGAAAACAAGUAUGGUGUCAGUGAUGGCUGUGAUUCAGAAAAAGUCCAGCUUAGGGAUCCGUUUGGCCUUCCUGGACCUCCACGUAACCCUAAAAUCAUAGCUGCAACAGCAACCACUAUGACCGUCACCUGGGAUCCCCCUCUGGACAAUGGCGGCUCCACCAUCCAGGGCUAUUGGUUGGAGAAGAGGGAGCGUGGUGCCGUAUACUGGGGUCGUGUUAACCGGGCUCCGGUCACCAAACCAGCGGUUAAAGGCCUGCAGUACACAGUGUUGAGGCUCAUAGAAGGAACAGAGUAUCAGUUCAGGAUUGCGGCCUGCAACGCCGCUGGAGUCGGACCACACAGUGAACCCACUGAAUGCCGCUUCGCCACCGAUCCAUGCAAUCCUCCAAGCCCACCUGGCAGCCCAGAGGUUAAAGAUAAGACCAAGAGCAGCAUCACACUCACCUGGACUCCUCCAGAAAGAGAUGGUGGAAGCCCAAUCAAGGGUUACAUUGUUGAGGUUCACGAGGAGGGCUCUCCAGAUUGGAGGAGGGUCAACCCAGCCGACAAGCUCCACCCAUCCACUGAAAUUACCGUCCCUGACCUGAAAGAGGGCAAGAAGUGCAAGUUCAGGAUUUAUGCAGUGAACGCCGCAGGAAACUCAGAGCCUGCUAGGACAGGCGAUAUCCUGGUUCAGGACAUCCUGAUUGAACCCACAGUGACACUGGAUGUGAGUGCUCACGACCUGCUGAACUGCAGAGCAGGAACCACCAUCAGAAUUCCUGCGACCAUAAAAGGACGACCCAUUCCCAAAGUCACCUGGACAUUCGUUGAUGGAACUGCCGAGACUGAAAAGAAGAACGACCUUCACACACUGCCCAUUGACUCAGAGAUCCAUUCUACUGACACAACAUCAUUGGUGGUGAUCCCAGAAAGCAAGCUGAGCCACACUGGUCGAUUCAUCCUCAAUGCAGAGAGCCCGGCUGGACACAAAGUAGUCAAAAUCAGAGUCAAUGUGCUCGACCUCCCUGGACCUGUUAGAAAUCUGAAGGUGAGUGAUGUGACCAGAGGAACCUGCAGACUCUCCUGGAAACCUCCAGAAAGUGAUGGAGGAGAGAGGGUGAAGAGCUACUUUAUUGAGAAGAAGACUGUGGAAGGCAAAGCCUGGACCAAGGUAAACCCAAACUGCGCUACCCAGUCUCUGGUGGUUCCAGACCUCAUUAAUGGUGAGGAGUACCUUUUCCGUGUCAAAGCUGAAAACCGCUUUGGCUUUGGCCCGUUUGUUGAGACUACUGAAGGAACCAAAGCUAAAGAUCCCAUCCAUCCUCCGGAUCCUCCAACAAGGCUCAAGAUCCACAAUAUAAGAAAGGGAACUCUCACUUUGACCUGGAAGGCUCCGAAGAACGACGGAGGUUCUCCAGUCACACACUACAGUGUUGAUCUUCUCUGCUGGGAUUCCAGCGGUGCCCAAAAGGAGUCUUGGAGGAGGUGCAACAGGAGAGAUGUCGACACCACAAACUUUAAAGUGGAGGACCUGACAGAGGGAGAUGAGUAUGAGUUCAGAGUGAUAGCUUACAAUGAGGCUGGACCCAGCCGGCCAUCAACGACUGCUGGACCUGUCAUCAUCCAGGACCAGACCUGUGCUCCAUCCAUUGAGCUGGAGGAGUUUAUGGAAGUGGAGCAGGGCUCUGACAUCAGCAUUGUGGCCAAGCUUCGUGGCUGUCCCUUCCCAACACUCACCUGGUACAAGGCUCCUCCCCACAAGCCUGACGACAAGGUCGAGGUCCAGUAUGACGAGCACAUCAACAAGAUUGUAUCAGAUGACAGCUGCACGCUGCUCAUCCAGCAGGGCAAACGCCAUGACACAGGCCUGUACACUCUGGUGGCCUCCAACAGUCUUGGCAAAGCAUCCAAGGAAAUGAGGCUCAACGUGCUCGGCCGACCUGGUCCUCCCUCAGCUCCUAUUAAGUUUGAAGAAAUUAGCGCAGCGAGGAUUACACUCUCCUGGCUACCACCAAAGGAUGAUGGUGGUUCUAAAAUCACAAACUAUGUCAUCUGGAGGCGUGUGGCCAAUAGGAAGACCUGGGUGCCUGUGACAAAUGAGCCCAAAGACCGAAUCUGGACAGUGGAAAACCUCAUGGAGGGGCACGAAUAUGUGUUUCGCAUUAUGGCACAAAAUAAGUAUGGAGUUGGUGAGCCGCUGGACAGUGACCCUGAGGUUGCCCGAAACCGUUGCACUGUUCCUGGUCAGUGUGAGAAGCCAACAGUAACCAACAUCACCAUGGAUUCAAUGACAGUCAACUGGGAGGAGCCUGAGGAUGACGGCGGCACCCCGAUCACUGGCUACUGGCUGGAGCGCAAAGAGACCACAGGCAAACGUUGGGCUCGUGUUACCAGGGACCCUAUCCGUCCCAUGGGCCUUGGAGAGUCCUUCGUAGUGAGUGGUCUUGUUGAGGGGUCUCAGUAUUUAUUCAGAGUUUCUGCCGUCAACGCCGCAGGCCCUGGUCUUGCUAGUCCUCCAACAGACCCUCUCUUUGCCAGAGACCCUAUCUGUCCCCCGUCUCCUCCGACCCCAAAGGUUUCUGAUUGGACGAAAUCCACAGUAGAUCUCGAGUGGAUUCCACCUUUAAAAGAUGGUGGAUCCAAGAUAAUCGGGUACUGGGUGGAGUACAAGGAGGAGGGAACUGAGGCCUGGGUCAAGGCUAAGGAAACUGAAAUCCGAGGGACACGUUUUGUGAUCAGUGGUCUAAAGACAGGUGGUCAGUACAGGUUCAGGGUGACUGCCUUCAAUGCUGCUGGUAACAGUGAACCAGGUGAAGUCCCAGAGGUGCUUGAGGUCAACGACAGAGCCAUUGCUCCUGAGGUGGAUCUGGAUGCCUCGAUUAAGGAAAGGAUGGUGGUCCAUGCAGGCGGUGUGAUCCGUCUGAUUGCCUAUGUGUCAGGGCAGCCAACACCUGACAUCACCUGGACCAGAGAUGGUGCUGGACUGCCAACAGAAGCUAAAGUGGAGACCACUGCCAUCAGCUCUUCACUGGUCAUCAAGCCCUGUGCAAGGAAACACCUUGGUGUUUAUACCCUGACUGCCAAGAAUGCCAGUGGGGAGAAAACAAAGAAUGUCACAGUAGAAGUUCUAGAUGUUCCCGGACCUGUUGGCAUUCCAUUCCUGGCUGAAAACCUGAGCAUCGACUCCUGCAAGCUCAGCUGGUUCUUCCCUGACAAUGAUGGAGGUUCACCCAUCAGCAAUUACAUCAUUGAAAAACGUGAAGCAGAGCGUAAAGCCUGGACAUCACUGUCCUAUAGUGCCAGCAGGCAGAAUGCCAUUGCUCGCGAUCUCACCCUCGGAAAGGCCUUCUUUUUCAGAGUGGCUGCCGAGAAUGCCAUUGGCAUUGGACCUUUUGUUGAGACUGCAGCUGAGAUUAUAAUCAAGGAGCCAAUUAGUGUACCGGACCGUCCUGAAGAACUGGAAGUCACCACGGUUACCAAACAUUUGAUCAGUGUCGCUUGGAAAGCGCCCAAAUUUGACGGAGGCUCUGAGAUUACCAUGUACAUUCUUGAAGCACGUAUGAUUGGCAAAGACAAGUUCACCAGACUUACCAAAGAGAAGUUAAUGGACAGGAAGUUCACAUACGACGGUCUCAGAGAGGGAGACACUUAUGAGUUCAGGGUGAUUGCUGUAAAUGAAGUUGGACAGAGUAAACCAUCAUUCUGCACUAAACCAAUCACUUGCAAGGAUGCACUUGAGCCACCAACCAUUGAGUUGGACUUCCGUGAUAAGAUCAUUAUACGUGUGGGAGAGAGCUGCCUACUACAGGGUCGCUACACAGGCAAACCAGCUCCAUCUAUUGUUUGGUACAGAGAUGAUGAGGAGCUGAAGGCUGACAAACACAUCAUAUUCAAAAACACUCCAACCAUGAUGUCGCUUGGCCUGGUGAAGGCAGAGCGACAGCACAGUGGCAAAUAUGUGGUGGUUGUGGAAAACAGUACCGGAUCCAGGAAGGGAGUCUGCAACGUCAUAGUCGUAGAUCGUCCAACUCCUCCUGUUGGCCCUGUGGUGUUUGAGGAGGUUCACAGGGAAUACAUGGUUAUCUCCUGGAAGCCUCCUCUGGAUAGUGGAGGUGUUGAGGUCUCAAAUUACAUAAUUGAGAAGAGAGAUGUCAACCGAGAAAUCUGGACCACAGUAACAUCUGCCACAACUAAGACCACAUGCAAGAUUCCAAAGCUAACCGAAGGCAAGGAGUACAUCAUGAGAAUAUCUGCAGAGAAUAUGUAUGGUAUCAGCGAUGCUCUGGAGUCUGAGGAGAUGAAAGCUAAAGAUCUGUUCAGAGUCCCUGAAGCCCCUGAGAUGCCAACAGUCAGAGAGGUAUAUGCUACCAAUGCUUUGGUUCUGUGGAACCGGCCCCGUGAUGGUGGUAAACCCAUCACUAACUACAUCCUGGAAAAGAAGGAGCCUGGAGCCAAGAGGUGGUCAAGAGUCACCAGAGACCCACUUUACCCAGCCACUCAGUACCGUGUACAGGACUUGGUAGAGGGCUGCGAGUAUGAAUUCAGGGUGAUGGCUGAGAAUGAGUUGGGAACUGGAGAUCCUAGUCCCCCAUCCAAACCAAUUCUUGCCAAGGAUCCCAUUGUGCGUCCAAGUCCUCCAGUUACCCCUGAAGCUUAUGACAAAACCAAAGACUCAGUCAGUCUGAAGUGGCAGAUGCCGCGCCACGAUGGAAAAGGGCGAAUCUUUGGCUACCUUGUGGAGUAUCAGAGCCCUGGUGCCGUAGAGUGGAUUCAGGCCAACACGACUCCAGAGCAGUGUCCUGACCUCCAUUAUGUGGUGACAGGUCUGACUGAAGGACAGGAGUACACCUUCAGGAUCUUUACAGUAAAUGCAGCAGGCAAAUCCGACCCUGCCUUUGUCAAACAGACCAUCAAAGUUCAUGACAGGCUAGAGGAGCCAGAGUUACUCUUGGAUGCCAACAUGGCUCGUGACCACUUAGCCAUGCUGGGCACUGAUAUCACACUUAGUGCUACAAUUAAGGGUGUACCGACACCGACAGUGUCUUGGAAGAAAAAUGAUGGAGAUGUUCCUUCUCACAUCACUGUUGCAGUUACAGCCACUGGUAGCAAAGCCUUCAUUCCCAAGUGUGUCCGUGCAGAUUCUGGCAACUACACUAUUACAGUUGAGAAUGCUGGUGGAAAGAAAUCUGCAACCGUUGCCGUGCUUGUGCUGAAUAAGCCUUCUCCUCCAAGAGAUCUUGUGGUGUCUGAGGUGACCAGUGAGUCUGCUUAUUUGACAUGGAAGGCUCCAGAGGACAAUGGCGGUGCAGUCAUCUCCCAUUAUGUCGUGCAAAAGAAGGAUGUAGCUGUAGAGCAAUGGGUACCAGUUGCUCCAGCCAAUAAGAAGCUUAGUCUUAUGGCAAUGUACCUGAUGGAGGGAAUCCAGUACUUAUUUAGGGUGGCUGCUGAAAACCAGUUUGGCAGGAGUGACUUUGUCAUGACCAAGACACCUAUCAAGGCUCUUGAUCCUCUAUAUCCACCUGGCCCACCCAAAAACCUCCACCAUACUGAUGCAGACAAGACAGAGGUGUGGUUGGCCUGGGAGUGGCCCGACCGCACUGGUGGAAGUGAAAUUACUGGGUUCAUUGUAGAACACCAAGAAGAGGGCCAAACUGACUGGGUUACCUUCAAAACUGUGAGCAACAACCACAGUCAUGUAACAGGUCUGGUUGAAGGCAAGACUUACCGCUUCAGGGUCAAAGCUCAGAAUGCUAUAGGUGUUAGCAGCCCUGACACCAGUGUCCCUGUUACUUGUCAGGAGAAGACAUUACCACCUACUAUUGAAGUUGAUGUGAAGCUUAUUGAGGGUCUCGUAGUCAAAGCUGGCAGUACUAUCACUCUACCAGCUAAGAUGACAGGAAUCCCUCUUCCCACUGCCAAAUGGAUCAGUGAUGGCAAGGAGAUCACUCCCGAGGGCCGACUUAAAAUUGAGUCUGCUGGACCUUCAACCACCUUAAGUAUCACAGAAUGCCAGAGAGGAGAUACUGGAGAGUACAUAGUCACUGUGUCAAAUCCUGCAGGUAGUAAGACUGCUGCCCUACAUGUCACUGUAUUGGAUCUACCAGGACCACCAAUCGGACCCAUCAAUAUCUUGGAGGUCACCCCAGAUCACAUGAUGAUACAGUGGAGGGCACCUAAAGAUGAUGGUGGCACACCUAUCACUAACUAUGUGGUAGAAAAGAAGGAUGUCAAGAAGCCAUGGGAGCCCUGGUCAGUGGUUAGCUCUAGUGGCACAAGUACAAAGGCCAAGGUGACAAGGUUGGAGAAAGGGCGUGAGUACAUUGUCAGGGUUCGAGCAGAGAACAAGAUUGGGAUUGGUGCUAGCCUUGAAAGUCCUCCUACUAUUGCCAAGCAUAUGUUCAACCCUCCUGGACCUCCAGGCUUUCCUGAGUGUUCUGAUGUCACAGAAAAUGCUGUAACAGUAGAAUGGGCCCUACCUGACCAUGAUGGAGGCAGCCCCAUUAGUGGCUAUGUUGUUGAACGCAGAGAGAUGACAGGAAAGUGGAUUCGUGUCAACAAAACUCCUGUGCUAGACCUAAGAUACAGAGUUUCUGGUCUGUUUGAAGGCAAUAGCUAUGAAUUCCGAGUGUUUGCUGAGAAUGUUGCUGGUAUCAGUGAACCUUCACUCACAUCUGACCCAAUCAAAGCCACCCGUGCCAUCACAAAACCUGGACCUCCUGGUAACCCUAAGCUUAAGGAUUGGAGUAAAUCUUAUGCAGACAUCUGCUGGACCAAACCCACAAGAGAUGGAGGGAGUCCAAUUCUGGGCUAUGUCAUUGAGAUUCAGAAGUCAGGAUCUGCCCAGUGGGACAGAAUCAACAAGGAUCUAAUCAAGAUCUGUGCUUACAGAGUGCCUGGGCUGAUUGAAGGAAUGGAGUACAGAAUACGUAUCAGAGCUACAAACCAGGUUGGAGACAGUGAGCCCAGGGAGGUACCUGAGACUGUUUUGGCGAAAGACAUCCUGGUGCCUCCUGAAGUUGUGGUUGAUGUCUCCUGUCGUGACUCUGUGACAGUCAGAGCAGGUCAGAUAAUCAGUUUGAUUACUAGAGUAAAAGGCAGACCAGAUCCAGAGAUCACAUGGACCAAGGAUGCCAGAGCCUUGUCUCGAGAAAAGCGCCUUGAAAUGAAUAACAACUACCCUGUUUGUGAACUAAUUAUCAGUGAUGCAGUCAGGUCAGAUUAUGGAAAAUAUGGUAUUGUUGCAAAGAACAGCAGUGGACAGGCUCAAGCCACCAUUUUGGUCAAUGUCUUGGACACACCAGGGACUUGUCAAAAUUUGAAAGUGGCUUAUGUGACAAAGAAGUCUUGCAUGGUCUCCUGGGAAAACCCUGAGGACAAUGGAGGAACUGAGAUUACUCAGUAUAUAAUUGAAUGCCGUCAGCCAAGUCAAAGAGGGUGGACAGUGGUCUCCAAUGACUGGACCAAGCGCUUGAUAAAGGCUCCUCUUACUGAGGGCUGUGAAUAUUUCUUUCGUGUAAGUGCUCAAAAUAAGAUAGGAGUCGGUCCAUCCACAGAGACAAAGUCACCUGUCUUGGCAGUUGAUCCUAUUGAGAAACCUGGGGAACCCAUAGAUUUCCAUAUAUCUGAAAUCGGAAAGACCUUCUGCUUCUUGAAGUGGAAGAAACCUGAUUACGAUGGUGGUAGUAGAAACAUAGCUUAUCAUAUUGAAAAGAAACCAAAAGAAGCUGAAGAGUGGGAGAGGCUUCACAAGGGUGCUAUCAAGGAGACCUACUUUAUGGCAGACAGGUGUAUUGAAAAUCAAAUCUAUCAGUUCAGAGUUCAGACUAAAAAUGAGGGAGGCGAAAGUAAUUGGGUGACAACAGGUGAAGUACUAGUUAAGGAACAACUGGUAUUGCCUGAGGUUAAGAUUAAACUGGAUGGAACCCUUGUUGUUAGAGCAGGAGAUUCUAUUGCAGUCGAAGCAAUAGUCAAGGGCAAACCUCAACCUGAUGUCAAAUGGACAAAGGAUGAGACCACAGAGGAGAUUAAGAAAGGCCCCAGACUGCAACUUGAAACUGGUGCAGACUUUUCCAAACUGUUGAUUACUGGUGGUAGACGCACAGACAGUGGCAAAUAUGUUGUCACAGCCUCCAACAGUGCAGGAACCAGCUCUGCUAAAUGCACAAUUAAUGUAUUAGACAGACCUGGUCCCAUCAGGGACCUCAAGGUGUCUGAUAUCACCAUUGACAGGUGCAACCUGGCCUGGGAAGUUCCUGAAGAUGAUGGUGGCUGUGAUAUUUACAAUUACAUUAUCGAGAAAUGUGAGACAAAGAGAGGGGUUUGGUCUGUACAUUCUAAUGCUGUCAUCACCAAUAAAGCUAAAGUAACACGACUUAUUGAGGGUAAUGAGUACAUCUUCAGGGUUAGAGCUGAGAAUAAAAUGGGCCCUGGACCUGCAGUUCAGAGUGAGGCUAUUGUUGCUGGCACGCAGUUCAAUGUCCCUGAUGCCCCUGAAGCACCAGAGGUCACCAAGAUCGGAAAAGAGGAGAUGACUGUACAAUGGUCAGAGCCUGAUAGAGAUGGAGGAAAACCAAUCAUAGGCUAUCUUUUGGAGAAGAGAGAGGAGCAUGCAGUCAGGUGGUCCCCUGUCAACAAGGAUCCAGCCCCUGGAACUCGUUUCACAGUCACUGGACUAUUACCUCUCCAUGACUACCAGUAUAGAGUCAAAGCUGUGAAUGAAAUUGGUGUUGGUACUCCAAGUAAGGCUUCUCGUGCAAUCACUGCAAAGGAUGCAGUUGAGCCUCCUUCACCACCUACCAACUUAAAGGUUGUGGACAGCACAAAAUCCACAGUGACCCUGAACUGGACAAAGUCUGUGUCUGAUGGAGGAGCCCCUCUCAUUGGCUACGUUGUGGAAAUGAGGGCACAGGGGAGUGCAAAGAAAGGAGAUGAUGGCUGGAAGAGAUGCAAUGUGGCAGCACAACUUACUGUGUGCGAGUUUACAGUCACAAGUCUAGAUGAGAAGCUAGUUUAUGAAUUCAGGGUGUCUGCUCAAAACCAAGUGGGCAUGAGCCUGCCAUGUAACCUGGAGGGUGCUGUGAUUCCAAGGGAAAUUUUAGAGGCACCAGAGAUUGACUUGGAUGCUAACCUGAAGCAGGGCCUCACAGUUCGUGCUGGUUGUCCCAUUAGACUUUGCGCCACCAUCAGAGGGCGACCACAUCCAACAGUCACUUGGAGAAGAAUGGGUAUUGAUAAUGUUAUUAGGAAGGGUAAAGUCGACAUCAUCGACACAAUGACCUUCCUGGUCAUCCCUGACAGCACACGUGAUGACUCUGGGAAAUAUUGCCUGACUCUACAGAGCCCUGCAGGAGAAAAAGCCGUGUUUGUCACUGUUAAAGUUCUUGAUACUCCUGGGCCAGUACUAAAUCUUGAAGGUACAGACAUUAAGCAGACCUCAGUCAUGUUGUCUUGGAAUCCUCCAGAGAUCACUGGUGGCAGUGAGGUGACACACUACAUAGUUGAAAAACGAGAGAUUGACCGCAAGACAUGGGCAACUGUCAAGACUGAAGUUCAGCCAGAUAAGAUUCCUCUCAAAGUCAGUGGUCUGAUACCUGGCACUGAAUACUACUUUAGAGUCCUAGCUGUCAAUGAGUAUGGUUCUGGAGUUCCCAAAAUGACACCUACUUCCUACCUGGCUUCCGAUCCUGUCAGCAAACCAGACCCUUGCCAGAAGAUUGAAAUUCUGGAGAUAACCAAGAACAGUGCAAUGAUUGGCUGGGUGAAGCCUGAAAGAGAUGGUGGUGCCAAAAUUGAUGGCUAUGUCAUUGAAUACAUUGAAGUAAAACCUCCACCGGCGCCACCAGCCCCUGUUGAGGUGGUUGAAGGAGAGGGAGCACCUCCACCACCUCCACCUCCACCCGUAGUAGAGGAGGAAGAAGAAGCUGAACCAGAAAAAGAAGUGUGGAAUGCCUACACAACAGUUAAAGGUUUAUCAGUCAGUGUCAGUGGCCUCAAGGAGGGGAAAAGGUACAAGUUCAGAGUGGCUGCCAAGAACAUCAUGGGGAUGAGUUCUUUCACUGAGACAAGAGAGCCAACCGAGAUCAAGGAACAGAUGAUUGAGCCAAAGAUUGUUAUGCCAGAGACUGCAAGUGCUAGAGCUGGAGCCAAGCUUAGAGUGGAGGCACUUGUUUCAGGAAAACCUGUUCCAACAUGCAAGUGGAUACGUGGUGAGAAAGCAGUGGUCCCAUCCAGUCGCUUGGCUGUGCAUCAGUCGGGCAACUUGUGUGUCCUAAUCAUCAAAGAUGUGACAAGGAAUGACAGUGGAGAUUAUAGUCUUGUUGCUGAGAACAGCACUGGACAGAUUUCCCAGGCAAUAAAGAUCAUCAUUAGAGACAUCCCUGGUCCUCCCGAAGGCCCUGUGGAGAUCAGUGACAUUGAUUCAGAUGCUUGUUCCCUGUCUUGGAACAAACCUCUGGAGGAUGGCGGCAGUAAUAUCACAAACUACGUCAUUGAAAAAUGUGAUGUGGGUAGAGGUGAUUGGGUGACAGCCCUUUCCUCCUGCGCAAAAACCAGUUGUAGAUUGGGAAAACUUGUUCCUGGAAAAGAAUAUGCAUUCCGCAUCCGCGCUGAAAACCGUUAUGGUGUGUCAGACUUCCUUCAAUCAGAAAGAAUGGUUGCAAAGUUCCCUUUUGAUGUUCCAAGUGAGCCCCUAAAUUGUCAUGUCAACAAGACCAACAAGGAUUGUAUGUUCAUUGGCUGGGAUAAACCGGAGAGUGAUGGGGGCAGUCCCAUCACAGGGUAUUACAUUGAGCGCAAGGAGAGAAACAGUCUUCUGUGGGUGAAAGCCAAUGACACUGUGGUCCGCACAACUGAAUACCCCUGUGCUGGUCUUAUUGAAGGCUUGGAGUAUACUUUCAGAGUAUCAGCCAUUAACCGUGCUGGUCAGGGCAAACCAAGCAAGAAAACCGACUUUGUAACAGCAAGAACACCUGUUGACACUCCUGGUAAACCUGAAGUUUUGGAUGUAACCAAAAACUCUGUCACUUUGGUUUGGGCCCGUCCUAAAAAUGAUGGAGGAAGCAAGAUUAUAGGUUAUUAUGUUGAGGCUAUGCGGGUUCCAGGAGACACUUGGAUACGUUGCAAUACCAGCAGUCAGAAUGUUCCCAGGGAGGAGUAUACAGUGACAGGACUUGAAAGAGACCUUCAGUACCAGUUCAGAGUUAUUGCUAAAACUGCAGUGAACAUGAGCAAGCCUUCAGAACCAACAGAUCCAAUCCUGGUCUGUGCUGAGAAUGUUCCUCCAAGGAUUGAACUUAAUGCCAAGAUGCAAAAAGCUUUAACAGUUAAGGCUGGAGCCACAAUCUUGCUGGAAGCAGAUGUGUUUGGUAAGCCUAUGCCCAGAGUCACUUGGAAGAGAGGUGAUGAUACUCUGAAGUCAGGUGAAGGCCAGGUCAUUACACAGCAAAGACAACAUUUCCAAGUAGAAAUUCCAGCUGUCACCAAAGAACACACAGGAACCUACACUGUGUUGGCUGAGAAUGCAAGUGGCUCAAAGACGGCAGAAAUCCAAGUCAAUGUACUAGAUGUGCCUGGGCCCCCUACAAGUGCCACAUAUGCAGAGGUGUUAGCCUCCAGUAUCAAGUUGACAUGGCAACCUCCUUUGAAAGAUGGUGGUGCCCCUGUCAGUAACUACAUUGUAGACAAGCGUGAAACCAGCAGAACUAACUGGGCACAGGUGUCAACAAAGAUAAAGGGUGACAUAUUAGAAUUUAAUGUGGAAAAACUAAUCGAAGGUCAUGAAUACCAGUUCCGAAUUCGUGCUGAAAAUGCAUGGGGAGUUGGAGACCCAUUUAUCACAAACCCAAUCAUCGCUAAAAACCCUUUCACUGUCCCUGGUCCUUGUGAAGCCCCUGUAAUCACCAAUGUAACCAAAGACAAAAUGACUGUGAGCUGGAAGGAGCCUGUUGAUGAUGGAAAGUCUACCAUUCUGGGCUACAUGGUGGAAAAGAAAGAGACCAAGGAGAUGAAGUGGACCAAGAUUAAUAAAACACCCCUAACAGAAAGGUCUCUUGAAGUGACAGGUCUAACAGAGGGAAUUGAGUAUGAGUUUAGAGUCAUUGCUGUCAACAAGGCUGGGCUGGGAAAACCCAGUGAACCCUCUGAAGGCACCACUGCACAGGAUCCUAUUACUCCUCCUGGACCUGUUAUAAACCCGACUGUGACAGAUACCACCAACAGCACAAUCAGUCUCACUUGGACUGUACCAGCUAACAAUGGAGGAAGCUCCAUUAUUGGUUACUUAGUGGAAUGCAAGAGAACCAACACAACAGACUGGAUCCGCUGCAAUGUCCCCAGGAACCUACAGGACACUAACUAUGUCAUUCAGAACUUAAUUGACAAAGCAGAGUACCAGUGUCGCAUCACUGCUGUGAAUAAAGUAGGCUUCAGUGAGCCAGCUGAAGUCCCAGGCAAACAUGUUGCCAAGGACAUCAUAGUUGCUCCUGAGGCAGAGCUAAGUGCUGACCUGAAAGAACUCCUUGAACUUAAUGCUGGCAGCAAUAUGAAGUUGUAUGCAACCAUCAAGGGUCGUCCCACUCCCAAGGUCACAUGGGCAAAGAUGAACACCAACAUUAAGGACCGUCAGGGCAUUGUCAUCAAAUCCAGCAACAUUGACACCAUGGUCAUGGUGGAGAAAGUCAACAGAUAUGAUGCUGGCAAAUACAUUUUGUCUCUGGACAGCUCGGCUGGCAUGAAGAUGUAUACCAUUGUUGUCAAAGUUCUUGAUACACCUGGUCCACCAGUAAACCUGAUGGUGAAAGAGACAUCCAAAGACAGUGCAGACAUCCUCUGGGAUGCUCCUCUGAUUGAUGGGGGUUUUGAAGUCACCCACUAUAUUGUAGAAAAACGUGACACUGAAAGAAAGGCCUGGUCUAUUGUCUCAAACAACUGCACCAAGACUUCUUUUAAGGUUCCAGACCUAGAUGCUGGGCGAUCCUACUGCUUUAGAGUGUCAGCAGUCAACAAGCUUGGUACUGGAGAAUCUUGUGAAACAGCUGAUUCUGUCAGAGCAACAGAGGAGCCUGGGCCUGUCAUGGACUUCAAAACCUUGCUGGUGACCAAGGACUCAUGCACUCUAAGCUGGAAGAAACCCCUCACUGAUGGAGGCAGUCGCAUUAUCUGCUAUGUGUUAGAGGUUCUCAAUGGUGAAGACAAAUACAAGGAACUUAUGAGGUCCAAGAACAUGCAGUAUAGUGCCAAGGACCUUGUGGAGGGUAGAGAGUACAAGUAUCGGGUCAAAGCUAUAAAUGAUUCAGGAGAAAGCUCUGCUAAGGAGCUGACUGUGAUUGCUAAGGACCAAAUUAUUCUUCCAAGUUGUGACUUAAGAGAGUUGCCCAACAUGUGCUACAUUGCCAAAGAGGGCAGCAGUGUUCGUUUAAAGAUUCCAAUUGUUGGGAAACCUACACCCAAGGUCACCUGGAAAAAGGGAGAUGAUGAAGAUUUGACAGAUACUGGCAGGGUUUGUGCUGAGUCAUCUGUAGUCAACACCACCCUCCUAAUCAGGGACUGUCAGAGAACUGAUGCUUCCAAGUACACCAUCACCUUAAGAAAUAGUGCUGGCACCAAAGAAUCCACCAUCUUCAUCAGGGUGGUAGGCAAACCAGGCAUCCCUGGUGGACCAAUGAAAUUCAAGGAUGUUAGUGCUGAUGGUGCUACACUAAAGUGGGGUGUUCCUAAGGAUGAUGGCGGCUCUGAAAUCACAAACUACAUCCUGGAAAAAAGGGACUCCAUCACCAACAUGUGGGUGAAUGUUUCAUCCUCUGUAGAGACAAAUACAAUGAGGGUGACAGGUCUCCAUGAGGGCACAGAAUAUAUCUUCAGAGUCAGUGCAGAGAACAAAUAUGGUGUUGGGGAGGGACUGAAGUCUGACCCUGUUGUUGCAAAACAUCCAUUUAAUGUACCUGAUGCACCACCUCCUCCUCAAAUCAUGAGUAUGCGGCAUGAUUCUGCAUAUCUUGCCUGGUCUGACCCCAGAAAGACGGGAGGAUCUCCUAUUACAGGAUACCAUGUUGAAUUUAAGGAGAGGAACAGUAUGUUGUGGAAAAGGGCCAGUCUAUCUGCCUUAAAGAUGAAGGAACACAAAGUCACUGGACUAACUGAAGGCUUGGAGUAUGAGUUCAGAGUAAUGGCCAUUAACUUGGCUGGAAUUGGCAGACCAAGUGCUCCAACUGAUCCACAGGUAGCCCUAGAUCCCAUCGAUGCACCUGGUAAACCGGAUGUAAUCAGCAUUACUAGAAGCAGUGUGACCCUCCAGUGGACUGAACCUCAAUUUGACGGUGGCCACAGGUUGACUGGAUACAUUGUAGAGAAGCGUGAUUUGCCUUCCAAGAUCUGGGUGAAAGCCAACAAUGUGAAUGUUGUGGAACCUGCAUUUACUGUUGCUGAUCUACAAGAGGGCUGCAAAUAUGAGUUCAGGAUCAGGGCAAAGAAUGCUGCAGGUGCCCUCAGCCCACCCUCUGAGCAGACAGAUACUAUUUUGUGUACAGAUGAAUAUGCUGCACCAACCAUUAUCAUUGAUGCUCAAGUAAAAGAAGGUCUGACCGUCAGGGCAGGUGAUACGAUUGUUGUGACUGCAACAAGCAUUUUAGGAAAACCUGCACCAACCUCAUGCUGGUCAAAGGGAGGAAAAUACUUCAAACCCUCUGACCUAGUUCAAAUUGAAACCACUCCAACAUCAUCCACUUUAUCUGUAAAAUAUGCUAGCAGAAAGGACUCUGGAGAAUAUAUCAUCACAGCCACCAAUCCCUUUGGUGUAAAGGAGGAAACUGUCAAGGUCAAAGUUUUGGAUGUUCCUAGUGCUCCUGGACCCAUUGAAUGUAGUGGUGUAUCCUCUGAAAAGGUGAUUCUUACUUGGACAGCCCCUACAGAGGAUGGAGGCUCUCCUAUCAAAUAUUACACCCUGGAAAAGAGGGAAACUAGCCGUCUGCUCUGGACAGUCCUGGAAGAGAACGUUAUUGACUGUCACUAUGUGGCCAACAAACUCAUUCAGGGCAAUGAAUAUUUCUUCAGAGUCUCUGCUGUGAACCAGUACGGAGCUAGUGAGCCAUCUCAUUCUGAAGCUGUCAAGAUGGUUGACAGAUUUGGUCCCCCUGGUCCACCAUCUAAACCUGAAGUUGAGAAAGUUGAUGGACAUUCAGUAACUUUGACUUGGAGAAGACCUGCUGAAGAUGGAGGAAGUGACAUUAUUGGCUAUAGUAUUGAGAAAAAGGAAAAGAAAGCAAUGCGCUGGGUUAGGGCAUCCAAGAAAAGCAUUGCUGAGCUCAGUUUUGAAGUCACUGGACUCACUGAGGAUGUUGAAUAUGAGUUCCGUGUUCUUGCUGAGAACAGAGCUGGUUUUGGAGAGCCAAGUGAGCCAUCUGUGCCUGUCAAAACAAUAGUUGCUGCCUAUGUUCCAGGACCUCCUGUCAAUCCAAGAGUAACAGACACAACCAAAACUACUGCUACACUGAACUGGGGGAAACCUCUGGAUAAUGGUGGACUUGAAGUCACUGGAUAUGUAAUUGAGCACAGAAAAGAGGCAACAGAAGAAUGGAUUAAGGAUACCCCUUCGUCACUACUCAGAAUCACAGAGUUUGUUGUCCCUGGCUUGGAAACUGGUGCCAAGUACCAUUUCAGGAUUAGCGCUGUAAAUGCCAAAGGACCUGGUGAACCUGGUGAAACCCAGGAAUUGGUUCAAAUUGUAGAACAUCCUGCUGAGCCUGAUUUAGAGUUGGAUAUUGAGCUGAGGAGAACCCUUGUUGUUAGAGCUGGUUGCUCCAUUCGUCUUUUUGUGCCAAUCAAAGGUCGUCCUGCUCCCAAAGUCACUUGGAGUAAAGAGGGUGGCCCUGUUCCACGCGCAGUCAUUGAUAGCACUGAAUCUUUCACAAUGCUACUUAUUCCAGAGAGUUCAAGGGUUGAUGCUGGAAAAUAUGAGAUUACCCUUGAAAACUCUGCUGGAAAGAAAAGUGCUGACAUUCAUGUGAGAGUUUUGGAUUCACCUGGACCUCCUCUUAACCUCAAGCCAGUAAAGAUAGACAAAGACAGUAUUACACUUCAGUGGGAUGUUCCUUUAAUUGAUGGAGGAGCCAAAAUCACAAAUUACAUAGUUGAGAAAAGAGAAUCAACACGCAAGGCUUUUGCUACUGCAAUUACAAAGUGCCCCACAACAUCAGUUAGAAUUGGUGACUUAGGGGAAGGCUGUGAGUACUACUUCAGAGUGUCUGCUGAGAAUGAAUUUGGCAUUGGAGAGUCAGUUGAAACUACUGAUCCAAUUCGUGCAUCUCAAGCACCUAUGCCUCCAGAAAGUAUUAUUCCCACUGACAUCACAAAGAACUCUGUGAGCCUGGCAUGGACCAAACCCAAACAUGAUGGUGGGAGCAGAAUUUCAGGAUAUGUUUUAGAAGCCAAGAAGAAGGGAACAGACCAGUGGGCACAUGUUACAACAGUGAAGACCAUGGACUUCAUAGUGAAGAACCUUAAUGAAAAUGAGGAAUAUAUUUUCCAUGUCAUGGCUGUCAAUCAAUCUGGCAGAAGUGCUCCACGUGAGAGCAAGCCCAUUAUUGUCAAAGAUUCUACAUCACUUCCUGAGUUUGAUUUACGUGGUGUAUGUCAGAAGACUGUUAUUGCCAAAGCAGGGGACGACAUUAAGGUUGAAAUUCCAGUUAUGGGGCGUCCUAGACCAACAAUUUCUUGGCAGAAAGAUGGAGCAGCCCUAAAACUCACCCAAAGAAUCAAUGUAGAAACUACUGCAGCCACUGUUAUUAUCAGCAUCAAUGAAUGCACCAGAGCUGACAGUGGUGUUUACACCAUGACAGCCAAGAAUAUUGUUGGAUCUGUGACAGAGAACAUAAUCAUCAAAGUGCAUGACAUACCUGGGCCACCAAAAGGACCAGUGAAGAUUGUGGAAAUAUCACGCACCUAUUGUACCUUUUCUUGGGAUGCUCCUGAGAAUGAUGGAGGUAUCCCAAUUAAUAACUAUGUGGUUGAAAUUAGAGACACCACUUCCCAAACAUGGACUGAACUCUCAUCCACUGUCAUUCGCACAGUAUUUAAAGCUAUUCGACUAACCACUGGAUCAGAGUACCAGUUUAGAAUAAAAGCUAAAAAUAGAUAUGGUGUUGGACCUCCCAUCACCUCAGAGGCAGUGGUUGCUGCCUAUCCAUUCAAAGUACCUGGGCCACCAGGAACUCCCAGUGUAGUUGCGUUCACCAAAGACUCAAUAACAAUUGGCUGGAAUGAACCUGUCUCUGAUGGUGGAAAUGAAGUUAUUGGUUAUCAUGUUGAGAGGAAGGAAAGAAGUGGCAUUGUAUGGCAUAGGAUCAGCAAUAGUCUUGUGAAAGGUAAUGUUUUUAAGACAACAGGACUUGAAGACGGAGUUGCCUAUGAAUUCCGUGUCAUGGCCGAAAACAUGGCUGGAAUUGGUAAACCCAGUAAAGCUUCAGAGCCGAUACUAGCCUUGGACCCUGUGGAUCCACCAGGUCAGCCUGUGCCCAUUUUUGUUAACAAGAAUGCCAUCACAAUUCAGUGGACAAAGCCUGCCUACGAUGGCGGCUUUAAGAUCACUGGUUACACAGUAGAAAAAAGAGAAUUGCCUGCUGGUCGUUGGACCAGAGCUAACUUUACCAACAUUAUUGAAACGACAUUCACUGUCAGUGGACUCACUCAGGACAUCUCUUAUGAGUUCCGUGUCAUAGCCAGAAACUCAGCAGGAGCUGUGAGCAUACCAUCUGAACCAUCUGACCCAAUUAUAUGUAAAGAUAACAUAAUUGAGCCACGUAUUAUGGUCGAUGCCAUCUUUAAGGACACAGUUCUUUUGAAAGCAGGAGAGUCUUUUAAGCUUGAAGCUGAUAUUGCUGGUCAGCCAAUCCCAUCUAUGGCUUGGACAAAGGAUGGAAAGGAAGUUGAGAACACAAUGAAACUGGAGGUUAGGUUUACCGAGCUGGCAACUAUUCUGACUAACAAGGACUCUGUUAGAUCAGAUGGAGGUGAAUUUGUGUUGACGGCUACAAAUGUUGGUGGAUUUGCAAAACAUGUCUUUAACGUAAAAGUGCUUGACAGACCUGGACCACCAAUUGGCCCUCUGAAAGUGUCUGAUGUAACUGCUGACAACUGUGUACUUACGUGGGCUCCACCAGCGGAUGAUGGUGGUGCCAAAAUCGAAGGAUAUGUUGUUGAGAAACGCGAAUCAAGUCGACUGGUUUGGACCAAUGUAAUUUCAGGUUUGCAGGUUACACAGCACAAAGUGACUAAGCUACUCAAAGGAAAUGAAUAUAUAUUCAGAGUAAUGGCUGUGAACAAAUAUGGUCUUGGAGAAUCUCUUGAAUCAGAACCCACUAUUGCAGACAACCCGUACGUGAAACCUGACCCCCCAGAAAACCCUGAGGUGACAGCUAUUACUAAAGAUUCAAUGGUUGUCAUGUGGCAAGCACCUAAGAGUGAUGGUGGAACUCCCAUCACCAACUACAGUAUUGAAAGAAAAGACAGAGCUGGCCUUCGAUGGGUUAAAUGCAAUAUAAGAAAAGUUAAGGACCUACAGUUCAAGGCAACAGGGCUUACUACAGGACAUGAAUAUGAAUUUAGAAUAUUUGCUGAGAAUGCUGCUGGAGUGAGUGUACCAAGUGUGCCCAGUCUAUUUUAUAGAGCCACAGAUGGGCUGUACAAGCCAGGGGCUCCAUGUAACCCCAGAAUCCUGGACACGACCAAAUCCUCAAUUACUGUUGCCUGGAACAAACCUGUAUAUAGUGGUGGCUCUGAAAUCACUGGUUACAUUGUUGAGAGAUGCAUCCCAUGUGAAAAAGAAGAAGAGGAGGAAUGGACCAUUGUUACUCCUAAGGAAGGUCUUCUUGCAACUUCAUUUACCCUCACUAAUCUUAAAGAAAACCAGGAGUAUAAGAUAAGUAUUUCCGCCAUGAAUAGCGAAGGAGUUGGAGAAGCAGCAUUUAUUCCUGGAAAUCCAAAAGCUGAGGACAGACUCCUUCCUCCUGAGAUGGACUUGGAUGCUGAGCUCCGCAAAGUGGUUAGUCUAAGAGCUUGCUGCACACUUAGACUGUUUGUUCCAAUAAGAGGCAGACCAGCUCCUCAGGCUAAGUGGUCUAAAGGUGAUGGUGAGCCUUUAGAGAGAGCAACCAUUGAUAGCACGUCAUCAUACACAUCACUUGUAAUUGAAAACGUAAACAGAUUUGACAGUGGAAAAUAUAACCUCGCCAUUGAAAACAGCUCUGGUUCCAAAACUGUGACAGUUCAGGUAAGGGUUCUUGAUACACCAAGUGCGCCACAAAAUCUAAAAAUGACCUCUGUCACAAACGAAGCUGUCACAUUAACAUGGGAUCCACCAAUGAAUGACGGAGGAGUUAAAAUUAAGAAUUAUAUAGUUGAAAAGCGUGAGUCAACACGGAAAGCAUAUGCCACAGUUAAUGCCAAUUGCCAUAGUACUUCCUUUACAGUUGACCAACUUCUGGAAGGCUGCAAUUAUUAUUUUAGAGUUUUAGCUGAAAAUGAAUAUGGCAUUGGCUUGCCCAUCGAAACGCCUGAAUCAGUUAAAGUGUCUGAGAAGCCACAGCCACCUGGUAAAAUCACUCUUAAAGAUGUCACCAAAAACAGUGUAACUCUAUCAUGGGAAAAACCAGAACAUGAUGGUGGCAGUAGAGUAGGCUGUUAUGUUGUUGAGAUUCAGCCUAAGGGUGUGGAUAAGUGGACCCAGGCUAUGAUUGUGAAAGACACAGAAGCUACUAUAAGUGGACUAAAUGCAGGGGAAGAGUAUAUGUUCCGUGUAGCAGCAAAGAAUGAGAAAGGAACUAGUGACCCUCGUCAAAUUGGCGUCCCUGUGAUAGUCAAAGAUCUCAUCAUUGCUCCAGUUGCUAAAAUGUUGUUCAAUACAUUUAGUGUGUUGGCAGGAGAAGACUUGACAGUGGAGGUUCCAUUUGUGGCACGACCUAAAGCAGCUGUUACCUGGGUAAAAGAUGGUCAGCCUCUGAAAAGAACUACCAGGGUCAACUUUGGUGCAUCAGACACAAUGCUGGACCUCAACAUUAAAGAGGCAGCUAAAGAUGAUGUUGGCCAAUACAUUAUUACUCUUGGCAAUACAGCUGGAGAAACAACAGUAAAUAUUGGUAUUGUUGUGCUAGACAAACCUAGCCAGCCCAGAGGGCCAGUUAAAGUAGAGGAAGUUACUUCUGAUAGUAUAACAAUCUCCUGGAAUCCACCUGAAUAUGAUGGUGGAUGCACCAUUAAAAACUAUGUCGUGGAGAAAAGGGACACAUCCACAACAAACUGGAUGGCUGUAACUAACAAUCUAGCAAGAACAAAAAUUAAGGCAGGCAGACUUAAGACUGGCUCUGAAUAUCAGUUUAGGAUUGUGGCUGAAAACAGAUAUGGAAAAGGCCCAGCUCUUUCUUCAGAAUGUAUUGUUGCUCAGUACCCAUACAAGCUCCCAGGACCACCAGGAACACCAAACAUUGCAGCCUGUUCUAAGGACAACAUGGUUGUAGCCUGGAAUGAGCCUGUGAAUGAUGGUGGAACUGCUAUCUUAGGCUAUCAUCUUGAACGUAAAGAGAGAAAUAGCAUCUUAUGGGUCAAACUAAACAAAUCUCUCAUUACUGACCAAACAUUUAAAACGACAGGUCUAGAACCAGGAAUGGAGUAUGAAUACAGAGUUUAUGCAGAAAACAUUGUAGGAAUAGGCAAAGCAAGCAAAGUGUCUGAAGGGCAUAUUGCAAGAGAUCCUUGUGAUCCUCCUGGCACUCCAGAAGCAACAAAGAUCACCAAAGACUCGAUUACAAUUAUUUGGACCAAGCCUGAAUAUGAUGGUGGUGCAAAGGUAACUGGUUAUGUUGUUGAAAAGAAGGAACUUCCUGAGGGUCGUUGGUUGAAGGCCAAUUUCACAAAUGUGAUUGAGACAGAAUAUGUUGCAACUGGACUUGUGCAAGAUAACCAAUAUGAGUUUCGGGUUAUUGCUAGAAAUGCUGCUGGUGUUUUCAGUUUACCCUCAUACAGCACUGGCCCUAUAACCGCCAGGGAUGAGAUUGAACCACCACGCAUCAGCAUUGACCCUGAAUAUACACAGACUCUUGUGGUUAAUGCUGGAGACAACUUCAAAAUUGAUGCUGAUGUUCAUGGCAAACCAUUGCCCUCCAUUCACUGGCUGAAGGGAGAACAAGAGCUUGGCAAUACAAUUCAUAGAGAAAUUAAGAACACACCCACUAAAGCUUACAUAUCUGUAAAGGAAUCUAAACUUUCAGAUGGAGGACAAUACACACUGUUGCUGAAAAAUCCUGGAGGAGAAAAGGCUACACAAAUCAACGUUGUUGUCCUUGAUAAACCUGGGGAACCACAAGGACCUCUUAUUAUUACAGGCAUCGCCAAAGAUCAUUGCUCUCUUGCUUGGAAACCACCACUUCAGGAUGGUGGCAGCAAAAUAUCUCACUAUAUUGUUGAGAGAAGAGAGACAAGUCGGCUUGUCUGGACUGUUGUUGAUUCAAAAGUAAAGAAUGUUUGUCUCAAAGUAAAUAAACUUCUUGAAGGAGAUGAGUAUAUCUUCAGAGUUCAUGCAGUCAACCAGUUUGGAGUUGGUGCACCACUUGAGUCUGCUCCUGUUCUAAUGAAAGAUCCAUUUGUCCUACCUGGAACACCAAAGACUGUAGAAGUUUCCAAUGUUAAAAAGGAUUCCAUGGUGCUCAGUUGGGAGGCUCCUUCUGAAGAUGGUGGUAGUCCCAUUACUGGAUACAUAAUUGAGAAACAUGACAAGGAAGGAGUGAGAUGGACAAGAUGCAAUAGACAAACAGUUAUAGAUCUGACCUUUAAAGUAACUGGAUUACUGGAAAGCCAUAUUUAUGAAUUUAGAGUUGCUGCUGAAAAUGCUGUGGGUGUUGGUGAGCCAAGCACCUCAACUGUUUUCUACAAAGCUCUUGAUCCCAUCUUCCGACCAGGCCCACCACAAAAUCCCAAGGUCACUGACACAACAAAAUCAUCAGUACUUUUGUCAUGGGGAAAGCCUGUAUGUGAUGGAGGUUGUGAGAUUCAGGCAUAUAUCGUUGAGUGUUGCAUUACCACAGAACCAGUGGUGCAACCUGAAGCACCAGAUGCAUCAGCCUCUGCCACAGAUGUACCUGCUGAGAACUGGAUAAUAUGCACAGCCCCGACAGGUGUAAAGACAACUAAAUUUGAAGUUGGAAAUCUGAAGGAAAACCAAACGUACAAGUUUAGAGUGUGUGCUAUCAACAAGGUAGGAGUUGGUGAGCAUGCUGAUCUCUCUGGAGCUGUUGUUGUGCAGGACAGGACAGAAGAGCCAGACCUUGACAUUGACCCAGAACUUAGAAAGAUUGUGUCUAUCAAAGCUGGUGCUUCCCUUAGAUUGUUUAUUCCCAUUAAAGGAAGACCCAUUCCUACCAUUAAGUGGGACAAAGAUGAAGAGACUCUCAAAGAAACUGCUCAGGUUGAAAUAACCAGCAGUUAUACAUCCCUUGUAAUUGAUAAAAUGAGCAGAAGUGACAGUGGAAAAUAUAUAGUUACUGCUCAGAACUCCAGUGGUACCAAGUCUGCCUUUGUUGUUGUCCGUGUUCUAGAUACACCCAGCGCCCCGGUUGCUCUCAAAGUGAAAGAAAUUACAAAUCAGUCAGUGACACUGGUGUGGGAGCCACCUCUUUUAGAUGGUGGAUCCAAGAUUAAGAACUACAUUAUUGAAAAGAGAGAAAGCACACGUAAAACCUAUGCUGCUGUUGUGACAAACUGUCAUACUCUUUCAUGCAAGAUUGAACCCCUUCAAGAAGGCUGUAGCUACUAUUUCAGAGUCCUAGCUGAAAAUACUUAUGGUGUUGGCUUGCCUGCAGCAACAGUAGACCCUCUUAAGGUUUCAGAAGUGCCUCAGUCUCCAAAAAGUUUGAUUGUUACAGAUCAGACAAAAACGAGCAUCUCUCUGGCAUGGGAGAGGCCAGAAUAUGAUGGUGGAAGCAGAGUUCAACAAUAUCUGCUUGAGGUACAGUUGAAGGGCCAGGACAAAUGGUCUGGUGUAAAUACAUUUAAGACUAUGGAAACUACAGUGUCCAAUCUGAAUCCAGGACAGGAAUAUCUGUUUAGAGUUACUGCAAUCAAUGACAAAGGAAAGAGUGACCCAAAAGCCCUUGCUGGUCCAGUGAUGACCAAGGAUCUGGUCUUUGAGCCAGAUAUCCGGCCUGCAUUCAGCAGCUACAGUGUUCAUGUUGGCAAAGACAUGAAUGUUGAUAUUCCCAUCUUUGGUCGCCCUAAGCCAACAAUUGCAUGGACAAAGGAUGGAGCCCCAUUGAAAUUUACCACCAGAGUAAAUAUUCACAAUACAACUACACAUACAACUCUAAGCAUUAAGGAGGCGGCAAGUGACGAUAUUGGUAUGUAUACUAUAACUGCCACUAACUCAGCAGGAAAGAAGGAAAGUGCAAUCGAAAUAAUUGUUCUGGACAAACCUGGACCUCCAUCUGGUCCAGUGAGGUUUGAUGAAAUCACAACACAGAGUGUCACAAUUUCAUGGAACCCACCAAAACUUAUUGGUGGGUGCCAAAUCUCAAACUACAUUGUGCAAAAAAGAGAUACUACCACAACAACAUGGGAGAAUGUGACCACCAACUGUGCUAGAACAAGCAUGAAGGUUACUAGACUAAAGACGGGAGCUGAGUACCAGUUUAGGAUCAUUGCCCAGAAUCGCUAUGGAAAAAGUCAAGGUCUAGAGUCAUCAGCUGUAGUGGCUCAAUAUCCUUACAGAGAGCCAGGCCCACCAGGGACUCCCUUUAUUACUUCUCUCUCCAGAGACCACCAAAUUGUUGAGUGGCAUGAACCUAUAAUAGAUGGAGGAAGUACUGUUCUUGGAUACCAUCUUGAAAGAAAGGAGAGGAAUAGUAUUCUCUGGGUCAAGAUCAAUAAGACACUUAUUCAUGGGACUACUUUCAAGAGUCAUCCAUUGGAGGAGGGUAUAGAAUAUGAAUAUAGGGUCUAUGCUGAAAAUAUUGUUGGCAUUGGAAGAAGCAGUAAGAUUUCAGAGGGUUGUGUUGCCCGUGACCCAUGUGAUCCCCCUGGCACACCAGAAGCUGUCCAUGUGACCAAGGAUACAAUUGUCAUUCAGUGGACUAAACCAGAAUAUGAUGGAGGCAGCAAUAUUACUGGCUACAUUAUAGAGAAACGUGAUCUGCCAGAAGGCAGGUGGGUAAGGGCAAACUUCACGAAUGUGAUUGAGACUCAGUUUACCGUUUCUGGUCUCACAGAAAAUGCACAGUAUGACUUUAGAGUCGUUGCUAAAAAUUCAGUUGGAACAGUCAGCAAGCCAUCAUACAACAGUGGACCUAUAACAGCAAGUGACAAGGUCGAGUCUCCUAAAUACUCAAUUGACCCUGCUUUUACAAAGACUGUUAUCGUAAAUGCUGGAGAGACAUUCCGGUUGGAUGCAGAUGUCUAUGGCAAGCCACUGCCUUCAAUCCAGUGGUUCAAGGAUGAAAAGCCCGUUGAGAAUACAAUCAGACUAGAGAUCAAAAACACAGAAAAUCAUGGAAUGAUCAUUGUUAAGGACUGUGUUAGAGUUGAUGGUGGAAUUUACACACUUCUGCUGACAAAUGAGGCUGGCAGUGAAACUGUUCCAUUUAAGGUUUUGGUGAUGGAUAGACCUAGUUCAUGUGAAGGGCCUCUCCAUAUCACUGGAGUAGCUGAGGAUAGAUGCACACUGGCAUGGCGGGCCCCACUACAUGAUGGAGGUAGUCCUAUUACACAUUACAUAAUUGAGAGGAGAGAGACAAGUCGCCUAGCUUGGACUGUUGUUUCUACUACCUGUAACACCACAUGCUACAAAGUUACUAAAUUACUGGAGGGCAAUGAGUAUAUAUUUCGUGUAAUGGCAGUUAACAGCCAUGGAGUCAGUGAGGCACUGGAGUCUGCUGCAGUUACUAUGAAGAAUCCUUUUGUUCCACCUGGUUCACCUCACAUUGAAGACAUAUUCAACAUUACCCAUGAUGGCCUGACAAUAACUUGGUCUGCCCCUGAGACUGAUGGUGGCACUGAGAUUAUAGGUUAUAUAAUUGAAAAGAAGGACAGGGCUGGAGUCAAGUGGACCAGAUGUAACAGACAAAAAAUAACUGAUUUAUCAUACAGAGUUACAGGCCUAACCAAAGGUCAUGAGUAUGAGUUCAGAGUAUCCGCUGAGAAUAUUGUUGGUCCAGGAGAACCAAGCCUUCCUAGUUCAUACUACAAGGCAUCUGACCCCAAGUACAAACCGGGUGCCCCAGCAUAUGUCAAUGUAAUUGACUCUACAAAAACCUCCAUCACAGUUUCUUGGGGAAAACCUCUGUCUGAUGGUGGUAGUACAAUCCAAGGAUACAUUGUUGAAGUAUGCAAAGCUGAAGAGGAAGAAUGGAAGAUGGUUACACCCCCUACUGGUCUCCGUGUCAACAAAUAUGAAAUUCCCAAACUUAAUGAGGGCCAGGAAUACAAAAUUCAAGUGUGUGCUUUGAACAAAAUGGGAGUUGGUGAACCAGUUGUUCUUUCUGGAACGGCGAAGCCAGAGGAAAGGAUGGAUCCACCACAAAUUCAUCUUGACUCCAAGCUGAGAAAAGGCAUCACUGUAAAAGCUGGUGGAUCUGUUAGAAUCUAUAUUCCUUUCAAGGGCAGGCCAACACCUGAGAUUAAAUGGACAAAGGAUGAUGGAGACCUUUCUGAAAAAGCUGUGGUUGAGAAAGCUGUGAACUUCACACAGCUCUCAAUUGACAGUUCUGACAGACAUGACUCAGGGAAAUACACCCUAAGCCUGACAAAUAGUAGUGGCUCAGUCUCUGAGUUUGUCUCAGUAAAAGUCCUGGACACACCUGGGGCUCCACAGAACCUUGUGGUUAAAGACAUCAAAAAGGAUUCUGUUACACUUGUAUGGGAUGCACCAGCAAUUGAUGGAGGUUCAAAAAUCAAGAACUAUGUCAUUGAUAAGCGUGAAUCAACAAGGAAGGCAUACGCAAAUGUGUCCACAAAAUGCACCAAGACCACAUUUAAAGUUGACAAUUUAGUUGAAGGAGCUAUGUACUACUUCAGAGUCAUGGCUGAGAAUGAUUAUGGAAUUGGUCUGUGUGUAGAGACAAAAACUGCUUCAAAAGCCUCUGAAGUGCCACUGCCUGUUGGAAAAGUGUUUCUUACAGAUGUCACAAAAAACAGUGCCACACUGGCCUGGGAGAAACCUGAACAUGACGGUGGCAGUAGGAUUGGUGGUUACCUGAUUGAGAUGCAGCCUAAGGGCACAGAUAAGUGGGGAGUUGCAGGAAACCCAAAGACUUGUGAAGGAACUGUUACAGGCCUAACAGCAGGCACAGAAUACUUAUUCCGGAUCAUUGCUUACAAUGAGAAAGGAAAGAGUGAGCCAAAGGCACUUGCUGCACCGGUGAUUGCAAAUGACAUGACCAUAGAACCAAGCAUCAAGAUGCAAUUUAAUACCUACAAUGUGUUAGCUGGAAAAGAUCUUAAACUGGAAUUCCCUGUACUUGGAAGGCCCAAACCUAAAAUCACCUGGGCAAAGGACGGUCAGGCUUUAAAGGUGACCUCUAGAGUUAAUGUUUUUAACACUCCAUUAACUACUGGAAUUCAGAUUACUGAGGCAUGUAAGGAAGAUUUUGGCAAAUAUUCAAUUACUGCAACAAGCACUGUCAGCACCACCACAGAAGAUGUGACUAUUAUUAUCCUUGACAAGCCUGGCCCACCGAAAGGUCCAAUUAAAGUGGUGGAAGUAAGCAACACUUUUGUCCAUCUAUCUUGGGAGCCCCCAGCAUACACUGGUGGUUGUCAAGUGAAGAACUACAUAGUAGAAAAGAGAGAUACCACAACCACAACAUGGCAACCAGUUGUUACACAGCUGGCUAGAACAGCUCUUAAGGUGACAAACCUGAAAACUGGAGCAGAAUAUCAGUUUAGAAUUAUAGCAGAAAACAGAUAUGGAAAGAGUGCACCUCUGGACUCCAAGACCAUUGUAGUGCAGUAUCCUUACAAGCCACCUGGGCCUCCUGGUACACCAUAUGUUAAAUCUGCAACUAAGGACAUGAUGAUCAUUGAAUGGAAUGAGCCAGUUAGUGAUGGUGGGAGUGCAGUUAUUGGUUACCACCUUGAAAGUAAAGAGAGAAGCAGCAUCCUCUGGAACAAACUAAACAAAACUCGAAUUACAGAUACUCAAUUCAAGAUCUGUAAUCUUGAAGAAGGCAUUGGUUAUGAAUUCAGAGUUUUUGCUGAAAAUAUUGUUGGCAUUGGACGAUGCAGUAAAGUAUCUGAGUCCUUUGUUGCUCGUGACCCAUGUGAUCCUCCUGGUGCUCCAGAAGCUAUUUAUAUUUCUAAAAAUCUAAUUAAAAUUCAGUGGCUCAAACCUCAGUAUGAUGGUGGUAGUAAAAUAAAUGGAUACAUUGUAGAAAGAAAAGACCUCUCUUCCCCUGAUUGUCGCUGGGUAAGAUCCAACUUUACUAAUAUAAUUGAGACAGAGUACACAGUGACUUCUCUGACAGAGAGUGAGCAGUAUGAAUUUAGAGUUAUUGCAAGAAAUGCUGCUGGAGUCUUCAGUGGGCCAUCAGAUAGCUCUGGACCUAUCACUGCCACAGAUGACAUUGAAGCACCAAGGGCCUCAAUGGACCCCAAAUACAAGGAUAUAAUUGUUGUUUGUGCUGGGGAGAGUUUGCGUUUCGAAGCAGACAUUUAUGGAAGUCCACAACCUGAGGUUGUGUGGCUUAAAGAGGGCAAAGAAAUGGAGAAAGCCUUGCGCAUUGAAGUUAAAACUACACACAAAUGUGCAGCUAUGACCAUAAAGGAUGUUACCAAACUAGAUAGUGGCCACUAUGACCUUGUUCUCAAAAAUAUUGGUGGUACAAAAACCUUCCCCAUCACUGUUAAAGUCCUUGACAAACCAGGUCCACCAAUUGGUCCCAUUAAAGUGUCUGAAAUCAUGGCUGAUAGGUGCAUCCUUGCCUGGUCUGAACCAUCUCUAGAUGGUGGAGCUAGCAUCAGUCACUAUGUUUUAGAAAAGAGAGAGACCAGCAGGUUGUCUUGGACUGUAGUUGCACCAGAUGUAAAAACCCUGCACCAUAAAGUAAAAAAUUUGCUUUCAGGAAAUGAGUACAUUUUCAGAGUCAGAGCAGUGAACAAAUAUGGGGCUGGUGAUUACCUUCAGAGUGAACCUAUUAUUGCUCGCAAUCCUUACAAGCCACCAAGUGCUCCUGGAACUCCUGAAGCAAGUCAAAUCACAAGGGACUCCAUGGUUCUGUCUUGGACAGCUCCAGAAAAUACAGGUGGAGUUGACAUCCAAGCUUACCAUCUUGAAAAGCAUGACAAAGAUAGUGUGAGGUGGACAAAAUGCAACAGGCAAAAGUUGACAGAAACAAACUUCAAGGUCACAGGUCUUAUGCCAGACCACUUUUAUGAGUUCCGUGUUGCUGCUGAAAAUGAGACUGGAAUAGGAGACCUCAGUGAAUUAUCCCUUUUCUAUAGAGCAUGUGAUGCUACAACACCACCUGGACCUCCACGCCACCCUAAGGUGACAGACUACACAAAGUCUUCUGUGUCCCUCUCGUGGGGUAAGCCUGACUUUGAUGGUGGAGCCUACAUCAAGGGAUACAUUGUUGAAAUGAGGGAGUAUACACCACAACCAGAAUUAACUGAGGAAGCAGAAGUAGCGCCAGCAGUACAAGCACCAGUUGAAAAAGAAUGGACCAUGUGUACGCCACCAACAGGUAUUCAGGUGACUAAACUCACUAUCACAGACCUGAAGGAUGGUGGAGAGUAUCAGUUCCGUGUUUGUGCCAUUAACUCAGAAGGAGUUGGGGAAGCAGCUAAUUUCCAUGGCACAGUACUAACCUCUGACAGAGCAGAUCCACCAGAGAUGGAGUUGGAUGCAGACCUCAAAAAGGUGGUGUCUGUACGGGCUGGUGGAACUCUGCGCUUGUUUGUCCCUAUUAGAGGGAGACCUGAACCAUCUGUGAAAUGGGAGAAACUUGAGAGCACUUUAACAGAGCACGCUGCAAUUGACACUACUACUUCAUACACCAUGCUUGUCAUUGACAAUGUUAAUCGCUUUGACAGUGGGAAAUAUUCUUUAACACUGGAGAACAGCAGUGGUACAAAAUCUGCAGUUAUUUCAGUAAGAAUUUUGGACACACCAAGUGCACCACAAAACUUCACUGUUAAAGAGCUCAAGAAAGAUUCAGUAACUCUUGCCUGGGACACACCACUCAAUGAUGGUGGUGCAAAAAUUACAAACUAUAUUGUAGAGAAAAGGGAAUCUGUGAGAAAGGCCUAUACUACCAUCGCAAGCAAUUGCACUGCCAACUCAUUCAAAAUUGAAGACCUCCCUGAAGGUGGAAUAUUCUAUUUUAGAGUGUGUGCUGUCAAUGCAUAUGGUCAGGGACAGGCAGUUGAAACUAAAGAAACCAAAGUGUCUGAGGUGCCUCAACCACCAAACAAGGUAACUCUUGUGGAUGUAACAAAAACCAGUGCAUCACUGGCCUGGGAGAAGCCUGCUCAUGAUGGUGGCAGUAAAGUAAUGUGCUACAAUGUAGAAUUCAAACCUAAGAGUGGUGACAAGUGGGGCACAGCAUGUACAGUUAAAGUACCAGAAGCAACUGUUCCUAAUCUGAAUCCCAACGAAGCAUAUCUCUUCAGAGUUGUUGCAAUAAAUGAGAAGGGAAAGAGUGAGCCAAAAGAUCUUGGAUUGCCAGUGGUGGCAAAAGAUGUUGCAAUAGAACCAUCCAUAAAUUUACUGUUUACAACAUAUAGCGUCAAGGUUGGGGAUGAUCUCACUCUUGAAAUGCCUGUGAGAGGCAGACCAAAACCUGUUGUAUCAUGGAAGAAGGAUGGCCUUCCUUUGAAACAAACAUCAUCAUUAACAAUCAUAAAUACAGCAAUGUCAUCUAAAAUUAUUAUUAAAGGAGCUAACAGAGAACAUGUGGGCAAGUAUGAGAUCACUUUGGCUAACACUGCUGGAACAGUAACAGCUAGUAUUGGAGUUGUUGUCCUGGACAAACCCGGUCCACCUAAAGGAAUUAAGGUGGAUGCUGUGACUUCAGACAGCAUUACACUGUCUUGGUCCCCACCAGAAUAUGAUGGUGGCUGUUCCAUCAGCAACUAUAUUGUGGAGAAGAGAGAUACAAACACACAGGAGUGGCAAAUAGUGGCAAGUAAUGUUGCCAGAACAUCUUUCAAAGCUGGCCGCCUUACACAUGGAGCAGAGUACCAGUUCCGCAUAUAUGCAGUUAACCGUUAUGGAAAGAGUAGUUCCCUUGAUUCUCCAGGAAUUACUGCUCAAUAUAACUUCAAACAACCUGGACCUCCAUCAACGCCUAUUGUCAAACUGGCUACUAAGUCAUACAUGUUGGUGACCUGGAAUGAGCCAGUCAGUGAUGGUGGUAGUCCUGUUCUGGGCUAUCAUUUAGAAAGGAAGGAGCGUUCUAGCAUUCUUUGGACAAAGAUGAACAGAGGAAUGAUCAAAGACACAGAAUUCAAAGUCACUGGCAUUGAAGAGGGAAUGCUCUAUGAAUAUCGUGCCUAUGCAGAAAAUAUUGCUGGCAUUGGUAAAUGCAGCAAGGCCUGUGAACCUGUUGCAGCAAGAGAUCCAUGUGAUCCUCCAGGCACACCUGUGGUAACUGCUAUUACAAGAACAUCUGUCUCAUUAUCUUGGGAUAAACCAGAAUAUGAUGGUGGAUCCAAGGUUUCUGGCUACAUUAUUGAACGGAGAGACCUUCCUGAGGGUAGAUGGACCAGGUGCAACUUCACCAAUGUGCCAGAGACCUACUAUGAUGCUACAGGCCUUACAGAGAACAGUCAGUAUGAUUUUCGUGUCAUUGCAAAGAAUGCUGCCGGACAGUUCAGUAUCCCAUCAUUCAAUACAGGCCCAAUUACUGUCAAGGAUGAUGUUGAUCCACCACGCAUUAUGAUGGAUGUCAAGUUUAGAGAGACUGUGUUUGUGAAAGCAGGAGAAAUACUGAAGAUUAAUGCUGACCUUGCUGGGCGUCCUGCCCCUGUCAUCUGCUGGACAAAGGAUGGCAAUGAGAUUGAGCUCAGAGCCAGAAUUCAGAUUAUUUCAACAGAUACAAGCACUUGUGUUGUCAUAAAGGACUGUGUCAAAAGAGAUUCUGGACAGUAUGUGCUAACUCUCCAGAAUAUUGGGGGAACAGUUACUAUGCCAAUUAAUUGUGUGAUAAUCGAUAAACCAGGGCCCCCCGCAGGCCCUCUCCAGAUCACUGGUCUUACAGCUGAGGACUGCACUCUGUCAUGGGGUCCUUCUCAGGAAACUGGUGGUGCUAAAAUCACACAUUAUGUUGUUGAGAAGCGUGAGACCAGUCGUUUGGCCUGGACAUUGGUAAAGGGCGAUGUCACAAAGACCUACUUUAAAGUGACAGGUCUGCUUAAGGGUAAUGAAUAUAUCUUUAGAGUUCUAGCUGUUAACAAGCAUGGCGUCGGGGAGGCUCUGGAGAGUGAAGUUAUAAAAAUUACAGAUCCAUACACAAUUCCAACUGCUCCCGCAGGUGUUGAUGUCACUGACAUAACUGGAGAUUCUAUGACCCUUACGUGGUGUAAGCCAGCCAAUGAUGGAGGUAGUCCCAUUGCUGGAUAUGUAAUUGAACGUCGUGAGAAGACAGGCAUGCGCUGGGUCCGUGUGAACAGAGAUCUAGUUAAAGAGGUUACUACAGUGGUGACAAAACUUCGCAGGGGUUGUGAGUAUGACUUCAGAGUCUAUGCUGAAAAUGCAGCUGGCCUGAGUCCUGCCAGUGAGCCAUCUGCAACAUUCAGAGCACUAGAUCCCCUGAUUGCUCCUUGUCGUCCAACCAAGCCAAAAAUUAUCAACUCCACUAAAGACACUGUGUCUAUCCUCUGGAGGCCACCAACAAAUGAUGGUGGUGCUCCCAUCUUAGGAUAUAGUGUAGAAUACAGAGAAUUUAUUCGCAAACCAGAGCCAGACAUUGACGAUGAAGAGGAAUAUGAGGAGGAAGAAGUACCUGAGUCACCUGAAGAACUAGCCAGAUGGAUUGAGGCAAUACCUCUUACCAAAAGCUUGGAGUUCACAGUCACUGGAUUAAAGACAGAUGUAGAGUAUGAAUUCUGUGUAAAGGCAAUAAAUAAAGUGGGCAGCAGUGUGCGUAGCCCAUACUCAGAUCCAGGUGCAGCAGCGGACAGAACAUCAGAGCCAUCAUUUGAUGCUGAUAUUGAGAUGCGCAAGGUUCUCAUUGUAAAACAUGGUAUGUCAUUCACUCUUUGUGCACCAUUCAAAGGAAAACCAGCACCAACAGUUCAAUGGAGCAAAGAAGGUGUUGAUCUAACAGUAAGAGGAACCAUUGAAGCAACAGAAUCCAGCACAUCGCUGACUAUUGAGAAGUCAACUAGGAAUGACUCUGGAGAGUACUGUGUCACAAUUGAAUCACCAUUGGGUAAAGCAACUUUGCCCAUGGUAGUAAAAGUCCUUGACUCUCCUGGACCUCCAAUCAAUGUCAAAGUUUCAUCUGUGACUAGAGAUUCUGCAACACUGACGUGGGAGGCUCCAGAAAAUGAUGGUGGAGAUGCAGUAAAAGCCUACCAUGUUGAGAAACGUGAAGCAAGUAAGAAGGCCUGGGUGUCUGUGACGAGCAAUUGUCAUACUUUGACCUAUAAAGUGGAAGACUUGCAGGAGGGUGCUGUCUAUUACUUCAGAAUUAUAGCAGAAAAUGAGAAUGGAGUGGGUACACCUCAAGAGGCGAAGGGAGGAACAAAGAUUACAGAGGUACCAAGUGCACCACUGAAACUUGGAGUUGCAAAUGUCACUAAAGAUAGUGUUACACUUGCCUGGACAAGACCAGAAUAUGAUGGUGGAAGCAGGGUCACUGGUUACCUCAUUGAUGCUGUAGAGAAGGGUCAGACCAAGUGGGUGAAAUGUGCAACUGUGAGGACCUUGACGCAUACCAUUAAGAGCCUGAGAGAAGGGGCUGAGUACUUCUUCAGAGUUCGUGCUGAAAACCAUGCUGGACUCAGUGAACCUAAGGAGAUGAUUGUUCCAGUUAUUGUCAAGGAGAUACAGGAAGCUCCAGAGUUUGACUUAAAGAACUACCCCAAGAAUACAGUAUAUGUAAAAGCAGGAUCUGACCUGACAUUUGAGAUUCCUCUUACUGGCAAACCCAUGCCAAAGGUGACAGUAUCCAAAAACAAUGUUGUCAUCAAAGGGUCCAAGAGACUUCUGACAGAAGUGACUCCUGACAGCCUACUUAUUACUCUAAAUGAAAGCAUGUCUAGUGAUGCUGGAAAAUAUGAAGUCACUGCCUCAAAUGCAGGGGGAACAACCAAGAUCUCUCUUAUUUUCAUUGUGCUGGAUAAACCUGGACCUCCAGUUGGUCCAGUUCAGAUUGGAGAGGUUGGAGAGACCACAGUAUGUCUAAAGUGGGAUCCUCCAGAAUAUGAUGGUGGAAGUCCUGUUACCAACUAUGUUGUUCUGAAACGUGAAACAAGUACUCCCGCUUGGGUAGAGGUGUCAUCUAACGUCGCCAGGAGUGCUAUCAAGGUGAACAAACUAACCAAGGGGGAGGAGUAUCAAUUCAGAAUCAAGGCUGAGAAUCGCUAUGGUCUAAGCAACCACAUUGACAGUAAAUCAGUCAUGAUUCAACUACCUUACAUAAUCCCGGGUCCUCCAUCCACCCCAUGGGUUAGCUUUGUUUCCAGAGAGAGUUUGACAGUGUGCUGGAAUGAGCCAGUCAGUGAUGGCGGAAGUCCUGUAAUUGGAUAUCACCUUCAAAUGAAAGAGAGAAGCAGCAGCAUCUGGCAGAAGGUUAAUAAAACAUCAAUACCUGGAAACCAGUGGCGAGUUACAAAUAUCUGUCCAGGCCUCAUCUAUGAAUUCAAGGUAGCAGCUGAAAAUGCUGCUGGUAUCGGAAAGCUGAGCAAGACUUCUGAAGAGGUGCUUGCGAUUGAUGCCUGUGAGCCCCCAGCAAAUGUUCGUGUCACAGAAGUCACAAAGAACUCUGUCAGCCUGACUUGGCAGAGACCACCAUUUGAUGGAGGCAGCAAGAUAACUGGCUAUAGUGUGGAGAGAAGGGAAGCUCCUAAUGGUAGAUGGGUGAAGGCCAACUUUACAAACAUCAUUGAAUUGGGCUUCACUGCUUAUGGACUCACUCAAGAUGAAUCUUAUGAGUUCAGAGUUUAUGCUAAGAAUGCUUUUGGAUCUGUCAGCAACCCUUCUCUUAUUGCUGGCCCCAUCACCUGUGUUGAUGCAUGUGGUGCCCCAGCUAUUGAUCUUCCUCCUGAGUAUCUGGAUGUGGUCCAGUAUAAAGCUGGGGCUUCAGUAAAACUGAGAGUAGGAAUUAUUGCCAAGCCUCUGCCAACUAUUGUGUGGCUCAAGGAAGGAAAGGAGCUGGUAACCUCUUCUACUGUGUCUGUUGAAAGCACAACAGACUCCUCCGCUGUUCUGAUUAAGGAUGCAACUCGCUUUGACACAGGCUCAUAUGAGAUUAAGAUCAAAAAUGUUUUGGGAUCUGCUUCUGCUACAAUCAGGAUUGAAAUCCUUGACAAACCUGGACCCCCCUCUGGCCUUAUCAAUUUCAACUCCAUAACAGCAGACCGGAUAAUCUUCAGCUGGGAACCAGUUCCAGAGUCUGACCAGGGAGGUUCCAAAGUUACCCACUAUGUUGUUGAGAAGCGUGAAACCAGCAGAGUGGUCUGGUCAACUGUUUCAGAUAGACAUGAGAAUACACACAUCACAGUCGGAAAAUUGGUGCGUGGAAAUGAGUAUGUUUUCAGAGUGAUGGGAGUUAACAAAUUUGGAGUUGGAGAGCCACUCGAGUCUGAACCUGUCAUCGCUAAGAAUGCCUUUGUAACUCCUGGCCAACCUCAUACUCCGGAAGUAAACACGACUACCAAGACCACGAUGCUAGUAGAAUGGGACAAACCCGGAGUGGAUGGUGGUAGCCCUGUGGUUGGCUACUAUCUAGAGAGACGGGAUAAGAAGAGCUUGCGCUGGAUCAGAGUGUAUAAAGAUCCCAUUACUGACAUCAAACAGAUGGUGUACCACCUGACAGAAGGAAAUGAGUAUCAAUAUCGUGUCUGUGCCAUUAACAAAGCUGGGGAGGGACCAUUCUCUGAUGUAUCAGACUAUUAUAAAGCUGCUGACCCAGUUGAUCCACCAGAUGAGCCUUGCAAGCUAAAGGUGGUGGACUCAACAAAGACAUCCAUCACCCUGGGUUGGUCUAAGCCUGAAUGGGAUGGAGGUAGCGAGGUUACCAGCUAUAUGGUGGAGAAGCUUGUUGAAGGAGAGAAAGACUGGGCCAUGGUUACUUCUAAGGGUGAAGUUAAGACUACAGAGUACACAGUUCACAAUCUGAAACCAGAUACAAACUACUUCUUCAGAGUCUCUGCUGUGAACUGUGCUGGCCGUGGAGAACCUUUAGAGAUGACUGAGCCUGUGCAGGCCAAAGAUAUCCUGGAGGAAGCACAGAUUGACUCAGAUGUUGCCAUGAGAACUCACUAUAUUGUCAAGGCUGGUAAAGAUGUGGAGUUGUCUGUUCCAUUGAAGGGCAGACCUGCUCCCACUGCUUCCUGGAGCAAAGGAGAAGAAUGCAUAGAUCGCAAUCCCAAAUAUGAGUUCCAUCACUCAGACACAACAACUGUGCUUAUCAUGCGUGAUGUGACCAGACUUGACACUGGAAAGUACACAGUCAAGAUAGAGAAUGGUGUCGGAGAACCAAAAACACUAUCUCUGUCUGUGAAGGUACAGGAUACCCCAGCUCAGUGCAGAAACUUGGUUAUGAAGGAUGUUACCCGUGGAAAAGUCACCCUCUGCUGGGACCCGCCACUCCUUGAUGGUGGUGCUGAGAUCACAAACUACAUUGUUGAGAAGAGGGACUCCUCUAAGAGAUCAUACUCUGCUGUGACAAACAAAUGCACAAAUACUACAUACACUAUUGAAGAUCUCUCAGAAAAGACAACUUUCUUCUUCCGUGUCUUAGCAGAAAAUGAGAAUGGUAUUGGUGAUCCAUGUGAAACACAGGAACCUGUAAAGGCUACAGAAACUCCAGGACCAGUCAAAGAAAUUUCUAUGAAAGAUUCAUCUAAGACCUCUGUGACACUACAGUGGCUAAAGCCUGAUUAUGAUGGAGGCAGCAUCAUCUCUGACUAUGUCAUUGAGAAAAAGCUGAAGGAUGAGGAGUGGUCAAUGGGCGGAGUCAGCAGACAAUGUGAAUUUGAAGUCAAGAAACUCAAGGAGCACUCUGAGGUAAUCUUCAGAGUUGCAGCCAGAAAUGAGAAGGGACAGGGUGAUUUUGUUGAGCAUGGCCCUAUCAAGGUCAUUGACUACAUCAUCACUCCUGAGGCAGACCUCAGAGAAUACCCAGGAGGCAGCCUCAGUGUCCGUUUGGGUCAUAAUGUGCAUAUUGAGUUGCCAUACAGAGGCAAGCCUAGACCUGCUGUGCAGUGGUUAAAGGACAGCCUGCCUCUGAAGGAAAGUGACCAAGUUCGAUUUAAGACAACGGAAAACAAAGCCACUCUAAUGAUUAAGAAUGUAAAGAAGGAGAAUGAAGGUAAAUACACCCUGAGUCUUGACAACAAGGUCAACAGAAAAUCCUUCCACGUCUUUGUCAUUACUCUUGGUCCACCAUCAAAGCCAGUUGGACCCAUUCGCCUGGAUGAAGUCAGAGCUGACAAUAUCAUGAUCUCCUGGGAUGAGCCUAAUGAUGAUGGUGGUGGAAACAUUACUUGUUACACAGUGGAGAAACGUGACACCUCCCAAUCUAACUGGAAGAUGGCUUCCUCCCAUGUUGAGAGUACUCAGUUUAGAGUCCCCAAUUUGAUCAAGGGUGUCCAAUACCAGUUCAGAGUGUGUGCUGAAAACCAAUAUGGUGUGAGUGAGCCUCUAAUCUCACAAAUGGUUAUUGCCAAGCACCAAUUCAGACCUCCAGGACCACCAGGAAAACCAGUUGUUUAUAAUGUUACUAAUGAUGGCAUGACAAUCCAGUGGGAAAAACCAAUCUAUGAUGGUGGAAUUCCCAUCCAGGGAUACCAUGUGGAGAAAAAAGAAAAGAAUAGCCUCAUGUGGCAAAAAGUGAACACUGUCCUUAUAAAAGAAAUGGAUUACAGGAUUUUGGAACUCAUAGAAGGUCUUGAGUACUCUUUUAGAGUCUAUGCUCAAAAUGAUGCUGGCUUUAGCCGAAUGAGUGACGAAAGCAAGACAACAAUGGCUGUGAGUCCUGUUGACCCACCUGGCCAACCAGAUUACAUCGAUGUAACCAGUGACUCAGUAACACUAAAAUGGGAUGCCCCUAAACGUGAUGGUGGUAGCAAGAUAACAAGCUACAGCAUUGAGAAACGUCAAGGACACGGUCGCUGGUUCAAGGCCAAUCUGACUGAAGUACAUGACUGUCAGUACACUGUCACAGGAUUGACAACAAAUGAGCGCUACGAGUUCAGAGUCAUUGCUAGAAAUGCUAUAGGCAUUGUCAGUCCCCCAUCCAACUCCUCUGGUUUUAUUGCUGUACGAAGUGAAAAUGCUCCUCCCAAUAUAGAGUUUGGCCCAGAGUACUUUGAGGGUUUGACAGUAAAGGCAGGAGAUAACAUCCGGGUGAAAGUGACCAUCAUUGGACGCCCAGUUCCAAAAGUUGUCUGGUUCAAAGAUGAUGUGGAGAUUACCAAAAAGAUGAUGGACAUUAUUACCGUUCCUGGAUCCAGCACUCUGUUUGUCAGAGAUGCUGACCGCACACAUCGUGGCCUAUACAGUGUAGAAGCUACCAAUGGAUCUGGAACCAAAAAGGAGACUAUUCUAAUUCAAGUACAAGACACACCAGGGGAGCCAGUAGGACCAAUCACCUUCACAAAUAUUUCAGAGGGCAAGUGCACUCUGUCUUGGAACCCACCAGAAAAUGAUGGCUGCUCUGAGAUUACACAUUACAUUAUUGAAAAACGUGAAACUGCCAAAAUUUCCUGGGCCUUAGUGUCUGAUGAAUGUAAGGAGUGUACUUUUAAUGCAACCAAGCUCAUCAAGACCAAUGAGUACCAGUUCAGGGUGUGUGCAGUUAACAAGUUUGGUGUUGGUAGACCCCUGGAAUCCAGUCCUAUCAUUGCACAACUGCAAUACACUACUCCUGAUGCCCCAGGAACUCCUGAUGCCACUGAGGUGUCAGGAGAGAGCAUAACACUGUCGUGGACUUCUCCGACAUCUGAUGGAGGCAACCCUAUUCAGCACUAUAUUCUAGAGAAAAGAGAAAAGAAAACUGUUCAGUUCUACAAGGUGAUUACCAAAAAACCUAUCAUUGAAUGCGCUCACAAGGUGCUUAACCUAUCAGAAGAUAUGGAAUAUGAGUUCCGAGUCAUGGCUGUCAAUGAUGCUGGAGUUGGGCCUCCUAGCAACAUCUCUUUGCCAAUCAAGGCUGCUGAACCUAAAGACAUUCCUUGUGCUCCAUCUGUGGUUUGUGUGUCAGACUCCACAAAUACUUCCAUUAGUUUGGAAUGGACUAAACCAGUUGAUGAUGGAGGCAUGGAGAUCAUUGGCUACAUCAUUGAAAUGGUGAAGGGAGAAGGCACUGAAUGGAAGAGAGCAAAUGAGGAACUUGUGUCAGAAACUAAUUAUGUGGUGACAGGUCUACAGACAGGAGCUGAGUACAAAUUCCGUGUAGCAGCAGUUAAUCAUGUAGGCAGAGGUGAAGACAAGGAGAUUCCAGAACCUGCUCAGGCUGUUGAUAGGUUAACACCACCACAGGUGGACAUUGAUGCCACAUUUAAACAGACACACAUAGUCAAGGCUGGAGGUUCUAUAUGUUUGGGCAUUCACUUCAGAGGAAAGCCCAUUCCUUCUGCUACAUGGGUGAAGGAGGAAGGAGACCUAAGCGGAAUGUCAGAGAUCACAACUGUUGAUGGUUACAGCUCUUUAAGCAUCGAAAACUGCUCUAGAUAUGACACGGGCAAAUACACUGUCAACCUGGAGAACUCCAGUGGUAGUAAGGCUGUUACCUUUGUGGUAAAAGUAAUGGAUACACCUGGACCGCCACAGGCUGUAGCUUUCAAGGAAGUCUCCAGAGGAUCAGUCACACUUGUCUGGGAGCCACCUGUCAAUGACGGUGGAGCUCGUAUUCAUCACUAUAUUGUGGAGAGGCGUGAGGCUAGUCGACGGACAUGGCAGCAAUCUGGUGGCAAAUGCACACAGAGUAUUCUCAAGAUCCAGGACUUGCUGGAGGGAGUUCCUUAUUUCUUCAGAGUCUCAGCUGAAAACCACCAUGGUCUGGGUGAGGCCUUUGAGCUAACUGAACCAGUCAUUGCCACAGCAGAGCCAUCCUCUCCAAAGAGACUGGAUAUCCUCGAUACCACAGAUAAUUCUGUGUUACUAGGCUGGUUGAAGCCAGAACAUGAUGGUGGCAGUCGCAUUCAGGGUUAUGUUAUUGAGGCUAGACCAAAGGAUGGAGACAAAUGGGUAGUGGUUGGAAAUACCAAGAAUCUUACCUUUGCUGUUGAAAAGCUCAAUAAGGGUGAUGAGUAUGACUUCCGUGUGAAAGCUAAAAAUGAAGCUGGUUAUAGUAUACCAAAGAAAACUCUGGCGCCUGUGCUGGUAAAGGAGCCUCACAUUGAGCCUGCUGCUGACCUUAGUGAGAUACCCAACCAGCUUAUCACAUGCAGGUCUGGCAGCACAUUCACCAUCGACGUUCCUAUCAGUGGUAGGCCUGCUCCUAAGGUCUCAUGGAAGUUGGAAGAAAUGAGACUAAAGAACUCUGACAGAGUCACCAUCAAAGUAACUAAAGACAGAGCUAGUAUCUCAGUCAAAGAAGCCAUGAGAGGAGAUGGAGGAAAAUAUUAUCUUACGCUGGAAAAUGUAACAGGAACCAAGACAUUUACGGUUGAAGUUAACGUUACAGGUAGACCAAGUCCUCCGUCUGGACCAAUUGAAAUUUCUUCCAUCACCUCUGAGUCUUGCGUUUUGAAUUGGCAACCACCUGAGGAUGAUGGUGGCACAGACAUCACCAACUACAUUGUGGAGAAGCGUGAAUCUGGCUCCACAGCUUGGCAGUUGAUCAACUCUAGUGUGAAGCGCACAUCUCUUCAAGUUAGUCACCUGACCAAAUAUAUGCAGUACACAUUCAGAAUCUCAGCUGAGAACCGAUUUGGGGUCAGCAAGCCUACUGAGUCCGAGACGAUCGUUGCAGAACAUCCCUUCUCACCUCCAGGACCCCCAACAAAACCUUCAGUCUUUAAUGUCACAGCAAACACAAUGACCCUAAGAUGGGAGGAACCCUACCAUGAUGGUGGAAGCAAGGUGACCGGCUACUGGAUUGAAAAGAAGGAGAGGAACAAUAUAUUAUGGUUUAGGGAAAAUAAGAUUCCAUGCUUUGAAUGCUACUACAAGGUGGAAGGCCUAGUUGAAGGCCUGGAAUACCAGUUCAGGGUCUAUGCCAUGAACAGUGGAGGACUCAGCAAAGCCAGUGAGGCCUCUAAGGGAGUAGUUGCUCAAAAUCCAGUUGAUCCACCUAGUAAACCUGAAGUCACCAAGGUUACAAGAACCACUGUCUCCUUGAAAUGGUCAGCUCCAUUGAAUGAUGGUGGUAGUCCAAUUGUUGGCUACAUCAUCGAACGAAAGCCCUACACUUUGACAGGCGAGGGCCGCUGGCUCAAGUGUAACUACACCAAUGUAACAGAUAAUUUCUUCACCGUUACUGCCCUGGGAGAGGGAGAGGCCUAUGAAUUUAGGGUGAUUGCAAAAAAUGCCAACCAAGUCUUCAGCACACCAUCUGAAUCCACAGGUUCUGUGCAGUGCAAGACUGAUUUUGAACCACCAAAGGCCAAUUUGGACAGCAAACUUCUCUCUGAAACUGUAAUGGUCAGAGCCGGUUCAGACCUGGUUCUGGAUGCUGCAGUGGGAGGUAGACCUGAUCCAAAGGCUUUCUGGUCCAAGGGCAACAGGGAAUUGGAGAUGUGUGAAAAAUAUCACCUGCAGUACAGCCCUACCAGAGCUAUGGCCAUUAUAAAAUUUUGUGACAGAGAUGAUACUGGAAAAUACAUCCUAACAGCCAGAAACGUGAGUGGAACCAAGACUGCAGAGGUCAAUGUCAAAGUGCUUGACACACCUGGAGUGUGUGAAGGCAAAAUUGAAAUCAGCAAGAUAACAGAAGAGUCAUGCACUCUAAGCUGGAAGCCUCCUCUUGAGGAUGGCGGAGAUGACAUUACACACUACAUUGUAGAGAGGCGUGAUACCAACAGGCUGAACUGGGUGAUCAUGAAUGCUGAGUGCAAGGAGCUGACAUGCAACAUUACUGGUCUGUUCAAGAACACAGAGUACUUGUUCAGAGUUCGUGGAGUCAACAAGUAUGGUUCCGGCAUUUACCUCCAGUCACAGCCAAUGGUGGCCAAAAACACAUUCACUGUGCCCACUCCUCCUGGAGCCCCAGAGAUCCUAGUUUCAGGAAAGGAUUUUGCCACUAUAGAGUGGCUAAAGCCAGAAAAUGAUGGUGGUAGCCCAAUAACUCAUUACCUGGUUGAAAGACAUGAGAGAAAGAGUGCCCGCUGGGUAAAGGUGAACAGGGAUGGUGCUCAACUGGAUACCACUCUAAAGGUGGCCGGUUUGACUGAAGGCAACGUCUAUCAGUUCAGAGUAACAGCCAUUAACAAGGCCGGCGAGAGUGAACCCAGUGAGGUUUCUCUGUAUGUUGUCUGCAGAGUGCCAACAAGCACUCCUGCACCUCCUUCUAUUCCUCGAAUCAUCGACACACAUGCUGACAGCAUUAGCCUUGCUUGGUCUCGACCUGUGGAAGAUGGAGGUGCUGAUGUCAUUGGCUACAUUCUGGAAAUGCAGGAAGCUGGGGCAGAGGAAUGGAAGAAGGCCCAUGAAAAGACCUUGCGUGCUGCAGAGUAUGUGGUGACUGGACUUUCUGCAGGCAAGAAGUAUUAUUUUAGAGUAGCUGGUAUUAACGUCAAUGGAACAGGAGACUUUAGUGAACCAUGUGCUGAGACUGAGCCAGUGGAAAGAAUUGAACCUCCUGACUUUGAGCUCCACGAUGACCUCAAAAAGACAAUCUGUUUGCGUGCUGGUGGCUCCCUCCGCCUUUUUGUCAGAGUCACAGGCCGUCCUGCCCCUACCAUAACAUGGAGCAAACCUGGUGUUGAUAUCCAUAACAGAGGCUUCAUUGAGGUCACAAACAAAUCCACCACUCUCAUAAUUGACAAGGUUCAUCGCUAUGAUGCUGGCAAGUACACGCUGUUGGCUGAGAACACUGCUGGGAAGCAGGAAGUCGGUAUUCUUGUCAAGGUUUAUGACACACCUGGACCAACUGGGCCAAUCAAGAUGAAAGAGCUCACUAAGGACUCUGCCACCAUUUCCUGGGAAGCCCCAGCUGUGGAUGGUGGUGCUCCUGUCAAUAACUACAUCAUUGAAAGACGAGAGGCCUCAAUGAGAGCCUACAAGACAGUAACUUCCAAGUGCAGUAAAACUUCCUAUAAGAUUGAUAAUCUAAUGGAGGGAAUGCUAUAUUACUUCCGUGUCCUCCCUGAAAACAUUUAUGGAAUUGGAGAGCCCUGCGAGACUCCAGAUGUCAUCCUGGUUUGUGACGUUCCUCUUCCACCACAUAAGUUUGAGGUGUCAGAUGUCACCAAGAGCACAGUCACUCUGUCUUGGGAAAAGCCAGAGCAUGAUGGUGGCAGUAGGUUGACAGGUUACAUCAUUGAAGCUUGCAAGUUUGGUACUGACAAGUGGAUGAAGGUGGCAACACUGAAGCUCACAGACUUUGAGCACACCAUAGAGAAACUGAAUGAGAAAGAACAAUAUUUGUUCAGAAUUAAAGCUGUCAACAGCAGAGGAGCCAGUGAGCCAAAGGAACUUGUUGCUGCUGUCACUGUCCAGGAACAGAGAGUGAUGCCUGCAGUAGAUUUGUCCAACAUUCCCCAGAAGGUUGUUAAUGUUUUGGCUGGUAAGACACUGGAGCUGGACUUGCCAAUCAUUGGCAGGCCUCCCCCUGUUUCAUCCUGGUAUUUUGCGGACAACAAGAUAAAGAUAACAGAUCGGGUGAAGGUCAAAAGCACUGGCAAGUUCUCCAAGCUAUCUGUGUCUGACACAACCAUUAAUGACAGUGGUGACUACACACUUGAAGUCAAGAAUGCUGUUGGAGUCAUCACUGAGGUCAUCAAGGUCAUCAUUCUCUCUAAACCAGAUGAACCAAAAGGGCCCAUACGAUUUGAUGAGAUUGAUGCCACUACAGUCACCUGCAGCUGGGAUCCCCCUGUCAGAGAUGGUGGAGCUCCCAUUAGUGGUUAUUUAGUAGAACAGCGUGAUGCUCACAGACCUGGCUGGGUGACGGUUUCUGACUCUGUGAGCAGACCGUUGUUCAGGUUUCAGAAUCUUAUUGAGGGAGAUGAAUAUGUCUUCCGUGCAGCUGCUGUGAAUCGCUAUGGCACCGGAGAGUUUCUCCAGUCUGAGAUUGUCACUUGUAGGAGCUUGAAAAAUGUGCCUGGACCUCCUGGUCGUCCAAUUACUUUUGAUGUGUCUCGUGAUGGAAUGACUGUGGCUUGGGAGCCACCAGAUGAAGACGGUGGUCUUGAGGUUUCUGGAUACAUCAUUGAGCGCAAAGAAGUAAGGGCUGACCGAUGGGUGCGUGCAAACAAGAACCCUGUCACUAUGACCAGGUACAGGUCAACUGGGUUGAUUGAAGGUCUGGAAUAUGAACAUAGAAUCACAGCCAUUAACGCAAGAGGCCUGAGCAAGCCAAGUUUGCCAUCCAAACCAGCAGUAGCAACAGAUCCCAUUGAUCCACCUGGCUGUCCUCAAAACCCAAGAAUCACAGAUACUACCAAGUCAUCUGUGUCGCUUGCUUGGAGUCCACCUGAUGAUGAGGGAGAUGCUAGAGUAGAUGGUUAUUUGAUUGAAAUGCAGAAGGUGGGCUCCGUGGCCUGGAUCAAGUGCAACACCACACCAUCUCUCAUAUGCGAGUACACACUGACCAACAUGCCACAAGGAGAGGAGUUCAAAUUCCGUGUAAUGGCUUGUAAUGCUGGUGGUUCUGGAGAACCUGCAGAAGUACCAGGAACGGUCAAAGUAACAGAAAUGCUCGAACCUCCUGAUUAUGAACUGGAGUUGAAAUACAAAGAUGUGUAUGUUGUCCGUCAUGGAGGAGUGGUUAGACUCUCUGUACCCAUUAAAGGCAAACCCCUUCCAUCUUGUAAAUGGUCAAAGGAUACAGGAGCUAUCGCUGUGAAGGCAAUGAUUGCCUCCACCGAGGACUCCAGUGAGUUGGUGAUAAAGGGAGCAGAGAGGAGUGACUCUGGUCUGUAUGAGCUCCUGCUGGAAAAUAAGGUUGGAAAGAAGAAAGCCCAGAUUAAGGUCAGAGUCAUCGGCCGCCCAAGUGCUCCAGAGGGACCGAUGGUCUUUGAGGAAAUCCAAGCCAACUCUGUAAAGGUCUCUUGGAAGCCACCCAAGGAUGAUGGUGGCUCAGAGAUUCUUGGCUACAUUGUAGAAAGGCGUGAAGCAGCCAGAAAUGCCUGGUACACCGUGGACUCUAGAGUAACUGAGACCCAGCUUGUUGUUAAGGGCUUAAAAGAAGGAACAGAAUACCACUUCAAAGUUACUGCUGAAAACUCAUUUGGCAUCAGUGCAUCUCUAAAAUCUGAACAACCACUGGUACCAAAGACUCCUCUCUGUCCUCCUGAGCCUUCAACUGCCCCCCCUGAGAUAAUGGAUGUUACCAAAAGCUCAGUGGCACUUGCCUGGUCCAGACCAAAGGACGAUGGAGGAUCUGCCAUCAAUGGUUAUUUUGUUGAGUACAAGGAGGUUUCCGCUGAGACAUGGAUCCGCCAUGAGACCAAGAUCACCUCUACUAUGUUUACUUUACAUGGACUUACUCCUGAUACAGACUACCAAUUCCACAUUAUUGCUGUCAACAAUAUAGGUGAAAGUGAGGCUGGUCCAGCAUCUGAUCCUGUCACAUGCAAAGAUCCAUUUGACAAGCCCAGUCAACCAGGAGAGAUUGACACAGUGAAUGUAAGUAACAACUUUAUUACUAUUUCCUGGCAACCUCCUGAGUGUGAUGGCGGAAAGGAAGUCCUGGGCUACUGGGUUGAGUACAGAAAGUCUAUUGAGAGCACCUGGAAGAAGUGCAAUAAACAGAGGGUUAAGGAAAAGGAAUUCACCAUGGUAGGCCUGGCUGAGGCCACCGAAUAUGAAUUCAGAGUCUUUGCUGAGAAUGAAACAGGAAUGAGUAGACCCCGUAGGACUGCCACAUGCAUCAAGACAAAACUAAUAGCUGAAAGUAAACCAAGCCUAAGGAAAGAAAUGGAUGAAGCCACUGCCAAGCUUGGCCAGCCUGCUAUCAUGAAAUGCCAGAUUGUUGGCCGACCUGUUCCAGAAAUUAAGUGGUAUCACGCUGGCAAGGAAAUUGUUGAGUCCCGCAAGUAUGAGAUGAGCUCUGAUGGCCGCAACCACUCCCUGUCUAUCAUGACAGACCAGCAAGAAGAUGAAGGAGAAUAUACCUGCAAGGCAGUGAAUGAAGCAGGAGAAGUUGAGACCACUGGCAUCCUAGUGUUGGAGGCUGCUCCAUCCUUCCACCCCGAUUACCCACUUAAGGAAACAUAUUAUGCUGGACUGGGAACAACUCUACGCAUCCAUGCCGUUUAUAUUGGUCGUCCUCAGCCAAAGAUCAUGUGGCUGCAUGGAGCUAAGACACUGGAAAACACAGAGGAAAUUAGCAUUGAGACCACUGAGCACUACACACACCUAGUAGUAAAGAACGCCCAGCGCAGAGUGAAUGGAGGAAAAUAUAGGAUCAGACUGCAUAACCACUUUGGCAGGGCUGACACUGCAUUCAAUGUUGAAAUUUAUGACAAACCUGAUAUACCUCAGGGACCCAUUGUCCUGGAAGCCCUCCUUAAGAAUUCUGUCGUUAUCAGCUGGAAACCUCCUAAGGAUGAUGGAGGCUGUAUGAUCACCAACUAUAUUGUAGAAAAAAGAGAAGACAAAGAGGGCAUGGAGUGGGAACUUGUGUCUUCCUCCAUUAACAGCACAUCUUGUCGUGUGCCCAACCUCAUUGACAGUGCUGGAUACUUUUUCCGUGUUUAUGCCCAGAAUAGAUAUGGCAACAGUGAGCCACUGGAGCUCAUCUCCCCCAUUCUGAUCAAGAGCCAACUGGAGAGACCAUCACCACCUUUGGCCCCAGUUGUUUCUGGUAUCACUAAGGAUUCUUGCGUGGUUUCCUGGAAGCCCCCUCUAAGUGAUGGGGGAUCUAAAAUCAAGAGCUAUUGCCUUGAAAAGAAACAUAAAAAAGAUAAGAAGGAAUGGACCGAAUGGACUCCAGUUACCACAGAUGAGAUCAAGCAAACUGUGUUCUCUGUCAAACGCCUAACUGAGGGCAUUGAAUACAUCUUCCGUGUCAAGUGUGAAAACCUUGGAGGAGAAAGUGAUUACAGUGAGGAGACCCCUGCCAUCAUACCUGCAACUGCCAUAGACAUCCGCGCUCCUGCCUUCAAGGAGGAGCUGAGGAACAUGAGUGUCAAAUACAAGAGCAAUGCUACCCUUGUGUGCAAGAUUACAGGACAACCUAAGCCUGUGAUUAAAUGGUUUAGACGAGGAAAGGAGAUCCACUCAGAUGGAAAGAAGAUCAAGAUCCAGGAGUUUAAGGGAGGAUACCACCAGCUGGUCAUCACUGAGGCUGAAGAGGAAGACUCCACUGUUUAUCAGAUCAGAGCCACCAACCAAGGGGGCUCAAUAUGUGCUACAGUCUCUCUAGAUGUUGAAAUCCCUGCCAAGAUCCAUUUGCCAAAGAACCUGAAAGACAAGGAAGCCAUCCCAGCUUUACGUGGGGAGGUGGUCAAUAUCAAGAUUCCCUUCAGUGGUAAACCAGAUCCUGUUAUUACAUGGCAGAAGGGACAAGAUCUUAUUGACAGUAAUGGUCACUACCAGGUGAUCGUCACUAGAUCAUUCACUUCCCUGGUGUUUGCCAAUGGAGUGGAAAAGAAGGAUGCCGGUUUCUACAUUGUCUGUGCCAAGAACAGAUUUGGUAUUGAUCAACAAACUGUUGAAUUGGAUGUUGCUGAUGUUCCUGAUCCACCUCGUGGCGUCAAAGCCAGUGAUGUGUCCAGAGACUCAGUCACACUGAACUGGGUGGCUCCAGCAAAUGAUGGUGGCAGCAAGGUUGUAAGCUACAUCAUUGAAAAAUGUCCGACCACUGCUGAGAGGUGGGAACGUGUUGUACAGUCCCGUGACACCCACUACACCGUAAUUAAUUUGUUUGGAGGUACAAGCUAUCAGUUCAGAGUUAUUGCUGAAAACAAAUUUGGACAGAGUGCUCCAUCUGAAAGCAGUGGACCUGUCAUGACUAAAGAAGACAAGUCCAGAGUUUUGCUUUAUGACAGGGAGGUUGGUGAUACUGAACGAGUCCCCAAGGGCAAAGCUCAACACUCCGACACCAAGAAUCUGCACAACAAAUAUUCCAUUGCAGAAGAACUGGGCAGAGGCCAAUUUGGCAUUGUUCACCGCUGUGUUGAUAUUAGCUCUGAAAACACCUAUAUGGCCAAAUUUGUCAAAGUGAGAGGUGCUGAUCAGGCAAUAAUUAAAAAGGAAAUUGCAACACUCAAUUUGGCCAAGCACGCUAACUUCCUGCUUCUUCAUGAGUCCUUUGAAAGCCCUGAGGAAUUGGUCCUGAUCUAUGACUUCAUUUCUGGCCUUGACAUCUUUGAGCGCCUUAAUACAGCAGAGUUUGAGCUCAAUGAACGGGAGAUUGUUAAUUAUAUCAGGCAGAUCUGUUCAGCUCUGGAGUAUCUUCAUUCUCAGAGGUAUGGGCACUUUGAUAUCAGACCUGAAAACAUUGUAUAUACAACUAGAAGCAGCUCAACUGUGAAGAUUAUUGAACUGGGGCAGUCCAGGCAUCUGACACCUGGAGAACAAAUUAAGAUUCAGUACACUACUGCAGAGUAUGCUGCCCCUGAGAUCCACCACUGUGACAUGGUUAGUACAGUUACUGACAUGUGGUCUGUGGGUGUCCUUACCUACGUGCUUCUCAGUGGUCUUAAUCCAUUCACAGCUGAAACCAACCAACAAAUGAUUGAUAACAUUUCAAAUGCAGCCUAUGGCUAUGAUGAUGAGUCAUUUAAGCAAGUCAGUGUAGAAGCCUUAGACUUUACAGAUCGUUUAAUGACGAAAGAACGCAAGCACCGUAUGACUGCAGCUGAGGCUCUGCUGCAUCCUUGGCUAACAAAACCUGCAGAAGAAAUAAGUGCCAGGGCAAUCCCAGUAGGUAGACACAAGAGAUACUACCAGGCAAUGGUCAAGAAAGAAUGGAGUGCUGUAAUUUCUGCUGCCCGUGUGGCCAGCGGUGGUUCAAUCAGGUCUCAGCGUGGUGUCUUUGUCUCUAAAGUAAAGAUUGCUCCAUUUGAACAUGGUCCUCUUGCAGGCCAAGUUAGCCAUGCAGUGGUCAAUGAAGGAGAUAAUGUGAAGUUUAUCUGCAACAUUGAAAAUUAUGACAGCACCACUGAAGUUACAUGGUACUGUGGUGUCAGGCAACUUGAAGCUGGAGACAAGUAUGAAAUUGAAUAUGAAGAUGGUCUGGCUGUAAUUACCAUCAACAAGAUCACUAGAGCAGAUGAUGGCACUUACAGAUGCAAGGUUGUGAAUGAGUAUGGUGAAGAUAGUGCUUAUGCAGAGCUUUUUGUCAGUGGGGUUAGAUCCUACCGUGACUUCUUCACUACUCGUGUGGUUAGAAGAACAAAGCGAAGAGUUGACACUGCUAGAAUGCUUCAGAAGCCACCAGAAUUUACUCUUCCUCUAGUCAACCGCACAGCCUAUCUUGGUGAGGAUGUGCGCUUUGGAGUAACCAUCACUGUUCAUCCUGAGCCUCGUGUUAUCUGGCAUAAAUCUGGACAAAAGCUUAUCCCUGGACAUGAUGACAGGAAAUACACCUUCACUACUGACAAAGGCUUGUACCAGCUUAUAAUCCACAAUUUGGAAAAGGGGGAUGAUGCUGAGUACAGUGUUGUAGCCCGUAACAGGUAUGGCGAUGACAGCUGCAAGGCCCGCCUCACUGUUGUUCCUCGCCCUAAACCAGCAGACCUCACUUUGAGGCCCAUGUUCAAACGGUUGCUUGCAAACAUUGAGUGCAAGGAGGGUCAGAAUGUUCGGUUUGAGAUUAGAGUUUCUGGCCACCCAACACUGAAGUGGGAGAAAGAUGGCACACCUUUAGCCUUUGGACCAUCCAUAGAGGUUGUUCAUGAAGGCUUGGACUACUACAUCCUUCAUGUAAAAGACACUCUCCCUGAGGACUCUGGUGUAUACAGGGUUACAGCAACCAACUCUGCUGGAUCUGCCAGCUGCCAAGCAACUCUUAAAGUGGAGAGAGUAACUCAUGUAAAGAAGGAAUAUGAGCCCAGUGAAAAGGAGAGGCAAAGGAUAGCUGGACAAGAGGAACUGGAUAAAAAGGUUAGACUGGCUCAGAUUUUGGCAGGCACUGUUGUUACACCUCUUCCACCUGCAGCAGUAGAAGCUGUCAGGGAGGCAGCCACUAUGUUUAAACCUGCUGUCACAACUAAGAAAGGUGAGAAAACUGAGGCUGAGAUUAAGAAAGAACAAGAGGAGAGAAAGAAGAGAGCAGAUGAGAAAAGACUUCGUAUGCCAUAUGUUGUUCCUGCACCUCGUGUCAUUAAUCCAGCUGUUCUCGAGGAAGAUGUGGAAAUUAAACACUUCCAGCCACUGUCUGACAUGAAAUGGUACAAGAAGCUGCGGGAUCAAUAUGAAUUCCCUGAGCCAAUGGAAAAAAUCAGGCAAAAGAGAAUGAAACGUAUCCGUCUGUCACGGUGGGAACAGUUUUAUGAGGUGCCCAUCAGGAUCAAGGAACAGUAUAAACCUAAGUGGCGCAUCUCUGCUAUGACUCAGGACGACUUGGAGACUGUGAGACCUGCAAGGCAUCGUACUCCUUCUCCUGAAAUGGAGGCCUACCACAGGCUCAGGAGGCGUUCUCUGGGAGACCUCUCAGAUGAGGAGCUACUGCUACCUGUAGGUGAAUAUCUCUCUAUGAAGAGAACAGAAGAAGAAAGACUUCGCCUGGAGGAAGAGUUGGAGCUUGGUUACUCUGCUUCUCCGCCUAGUCUAAGUCCAGUUCGCUUUGAGCUGUCUACUUUGCGCCGAACAUCUCCAAGGAGAGUCUACAGUGAUGAGGAAGAAGGGGAAGAGAUUAAAAGAUAUGAUUCAUACAGAAUUCCUUCUAAAUAUGAGGCUGGCCCAAGUUUUGUUGAUCUCCGCCAACGUCAUGACAAGACAACAUACAGGCCUCCGAGACAGAAACAACGGGUCUAUGAAGAAAAAGAAGAUUUAGAGCUCCUACGUCCACAUGCAACCACUGAGAGAAUCUCUUCUUACAAGAGUCAACUCAAGCACAUGGAAUUUGAGGAGAAGACACGUACCUCUAAAAAGGAAGCCGUUACAGUUUCAACCUACUCCGAGAGCACUGAAUCUGAGCAUCUAACAACUUUUGCUACAGAAUAUAUUCCUAAACCUAUAAAAAAGAUUCCAUUACCUGAACCACAGGUAGAAAAAUCAUAUGAAGCAGAAAAGGCUUUAAAGACAGAUGUCACACUUCCAAAAGUGGACUUUUUGUCCAGGUAUGAGGAGAGAAAACAGGCACUCAGAUCAGAGAGAAGAUCUGUUGAGAAGAAAGUUGAGGUUGUAACCCAGACUCCCUUCAGCCUGGACCACGGCCCACGUAUUACCAUCAGGAUGCGAUCUCAUCGUGUACCCUACGGUUCCAACACAAAAUUUACCCUGAAUAUCCAAGCCAAACCUGAGCCUGAGAUCAAAUGGUUCCACAAUGGGAAGGAGAUUCAUCAGAGCACAAAAUACUACAUGACCAACAUCAGUGGAGUUUUAACUCUCCAGAUCAACAAUUGUGUGACAGAAGAUUCAGGUACCUACCGUGUAGUCUGCAAGAAUGCUAAAGGAGAAACUUCUGAUUAUGCUACAUUAGAUGUGGCAGGGGAAGAGUAUGUUGCUUUUUCAUCACUCCGCAAAGAUGAGGAACCACCAUCAGCUCAUCUGCCAGAGAUGACUCGAACAGAGGUGUAUCAUGUUUCUUCAUCCAAAACAACUGUAGAGGAAACAGUCACUGAAAUUGUAAAAGAGACAACUACUGUUGUUGAGGAGCCAAGGGAGAAACCAGGAGUCCCUGCCACAAUCCUGACUAAACCACAGUCCUUGACUGUGGAGGAAGGAGACAAUGCCCGAUUUGAGUGUGACGUUGAUGGGGAACCAGCACCUUCUAUGUCCUGGCUUCAUGAAGGAACCACCGUUGCUCCUUCUGCUCGUCACCACAUUGUAUCCACUCAGUACAAUUCCACCUUUGAGAUUUCUGCAGUUGAGGUGUCAGAUGAAGGGAGUUACACCUUGCUUGUAGAAAAUGCGAGUGGAAAGCAGGAAACCCAUUUCACUUUAAAAAUAAAAAAGUCUGAGUCAAAGGAGAAAGUAGUUGCUACUCCCAGAGUUACUUCUCCUGAGGCUAAAUCACCAUUACCCAAGUCCCCAGAACCAGUCAAAUCCCCUCAGAGAGUCAAGUCACCUGAUCCAGUCAAAUCACCCCAAAGAGUAAAGUCUCCAGUUUCCCCAAAAUCCCCGACACCAAAGUCCCCAACUCCGAAGUCUCCUACUCCAAAGUCCCCAACUCCCAAAUCCCCAACUCCAUCUGAAAGGGAGCAAAUGAUCCCACCAAUCAAGUCACCCAAGAGGGUGAUGUCACCAACUAUUGAAAAGAAGCCCUUUUUUUCAACAGGACUCAAUGAUGUCACUGCAUCCUGUGACUCUAUUGUCAAACUGUCUGUGAAGAUGACAGGAGAGCCCAAACCUACUGUCUCUUGGUCAAAGGAUGGAAAGGCAUUAUCUCAAGGUGGAAAGUAUGAAUUAUUUGAGGACCAAUGUUCAGCUCAUCUAGAGAUCUAUGAAUCAGAGGUAUCCGAUAGUGGUGUCUACAAGUGCACGGCCAUAAACUCCUCUGGUGCAGUAUCAACAACCUGCACAGUCACUGUGACAGAAUUAAAGAGCCCUGUUCCAAUCUCUGAGGAAAUUCUAAGAAAGAAAAUGGUGCAUGAGGAAAUAUUGUCUUGCGUGAAGGAUAUGAAGUCCUCUGAAAUCCAGAAAUCAAUCAAAGAAGGUCAAUCUGUGACUCUUAGGGCCAACAUUCAUGGGGCUUCUGACAUCAGAUGGAUUCUAAACGGGCAGGAACUGGACAACUCAGAGCAGUACAAAUAUGGAGUAUCUGGAAAUGACCAGACUCUGACCAUCAAGUGUGUCAGUCAGCGAGAGCAAGGGAUUAUCACCUGUCAAGCUCAAACAGAGCAAGGCCUGAUUCGGUGUCAGUUUAACAUCAAUGUCACACUCAAAAGCUCUGAUGCACCCUACUUUCUGGUGCAACCAAGGUCUCAAAAUGUGAACGAGGGACAAAAUGUUAUGUUUACCUGUGAAAUUGGUGGAGACCUUUCCCCUGAACUGGAGUGGUUGAAAGACAACACGCUUAUAUGUGUCACUCCAAACAUCAAACUGAGCCGUUCUAAGAACUUAUACACUCUGGAGAUUUGUGAAGCCACAAUUGCAGAUAGUGGGAAAUAUACAGUAAAAGCCAGGAAUAAGUUCGGACAGUGCUCUGCAACAUCAUCACUCAACGUCCUUCCUCUUGUUGAGGAACCAAUACAAAUGGCUAUUGUGGAGCAAAGAGCUUCUACUGAGGCUGCUAUGAGCAUGCAGAAAAGUUUCUUAGCCUCGUCAGUUCAUGUGGAAGCUUCCUCAAUGCAGGCCAGCAGUUACAGCAGCAGUUCCCACUCUGCUGUUGGCCAGUAUUCAUUUGACAGCAUGUCUGCAGCAAGCAUGUCUGCCAUGAUGGCUGAGUCAGUGGUUUCUAUGAGUUCCAGCAGCAAAACAAUUGGAAUGUCUGCCUGCUCGCAUGUAAAGGCGCUCUCUACCGGGGCUAAAACAGGCACUCCACCAAAGAUCGAAGCUCUUCCACGGGAUGUUAGUGCAGAGCCGGGGAAGUUUCUGACAGUGGCAGGCAUGUUCUCUGGAGAUCCUGCCCCCUCAGUUCAGUGGGUCCGCUCAGGCCGGACCCUUCCCAAUGGAGAUGAGCGGUUCCACGUGGAUAACACAGCAGAUCUCUCCACACUAAUGAUCUCUCGGGUGAAGGAAGACGAUGCCGGAGCAUACACACUCCGACUGUCCAACGAUCUUGGCUCUGACUCUGCAACUGUCAACGUGCACAUCCGGUCCAUGUAAAAAAUGAGAAAAACAAUCAUAUCCCCUAUUCCCUUAGUUCGCAACUUUUUAUUUACAAUAAUCUUACUUGAUAAAGAUCUGGAAUAUUCUUGUAAAUAGGAACUAUUUUUGUACCAAACUUGACGUUAAUUUAUGCCAAACUAGACUAAAGUCUAAAGUUGUAAAAUGUACCAUAUUGGAUAACUAUGACUCAAUUUUUCUGUGACAUGUACAUAAUGUAUAUAGCCGAGUUUACCGGUUAUGGGAAAUGUAUGCAUUGUUAUUUAUGACAAUAAUAUUAACUGAAACUUAAAGAAAGUAAAAGUAGCUAACAGGAGAAAGUUUCCGCUGGAACGAAUACCCUGUUAAACUAAGAAACUAAACUCUGUGCCUCAACGAUAAGUUGAAGUCUCAAGAUUGCCUCAACAGGUAGAGAGGCUCCCUGUUGAUGUUACAAAGCAGAAGCAAAAAGACAAAGUUCUUGUUUGGACACGCGUCUAUGCGUGUGAUAUUACAGUUUAAUAUGAGUUGUACCAUGAACAUAAGACCCUGAGUGCUGUUUGCAUCACCCUCAUGUAAGCAGCAUAAACUGGUCUUGUGCUCAGACUGACUGUGUCAUACCACCACGAUUUGAUGACCAGCAAAGAGGGCGAGCGGCCUGCUCUCUUUGGGCUUAGAUUAAUUUUGAUAAAGAGCGCUGUUUCUGGCACAGGAUGGCUGGAUUGGCUUCACUAAAGCAACAUCUCCUGGCCAUAAAAAACACAGGGAGUCAAAGCCAGUUCUGCUGUGCAGAAGCAGCGCUAUCUCUUGGAGGAUUGUAGCUGAUGUGUUAUUGUUUUUGAGUGUGAGUGUCUGUAGUUUGUAGAUGUUUCACCUUGUCAUUAGUCAGGGUUUUUUUUUUUUUUCUUUAUUCACAUCACUGAGCCCAUCUGUGGUGAGAAGAGAAGCAGUUAUGGUUUUACCCUGCACUUUGACUUUAUUGAUAUGCUGAUGUAGAACUUAUAUAUCAUCCUCCUUGAGUUUUACUGAUUUAAUAAAGCAUGAUUUCAGCACUACUAAA